GCUGUCGCGAGGCGGAGCGAAGCGCUGCAAGUUUGGAUGAACUUCUGAUUUAGAGAAACCGAGAGGCGGUCGGUGGAGUGAGCACGGACAACAACAGACGGAAAGGUGAAGAGACCCAUAGGUUUUCUGCUACGAAUUCUCUACAUUCGGUUUCGUUUUCUUCCCCGGUUUGAAAUUGGCGAAGACUUAACAGAGGGAGCGUUAUUUUUCUUCGCGAAAACGCCGACAAGGUGGAAACUGAUAAAGGUAAGUGCGCCUACUGCUCCCCUGAAUGUCUCCCUACUCUCAUGCAGGCGAUAUAAACACCAUAGGUUUUUUUUUAUUCAAAGUCAGUUUUUUAUAUUUUUUUGUGAUAAAUGUUAUUUAAGUGUUUAGGUGAGCGCCCUUGUUGCAUAUGCGAAGACUACAGGUAACGCUUUGGAGGGAAAACUUGACUAAAAAGUUUAACUGCUAGUCGCCCAGUGUUAGUAAAACCGCUCUUGCUCAUUGUCUUACUUUUUUCAUUUCAGUUAGUUGCACAUUAAGAAACCAUUCUUUAAUGGCUUCACAUGAGUGGCUUUUGUUGCCUCCAUUCAUUUACAUGUCGCCUGUAGCCUCUUUAGUGGACAGCUCGCAGUCAAAAACACAGACGUGUUUUUUUAAAGACACAGGAAACCAAGGCAAAGUGACCAUCAGAUAAAUGUAAUGGUUGUUUAGUUUGGACCCUGCGUGGCUGCUGUGUAAUUGGGAUGGCCAGCUGCAGUCUCCCUUGCAGGUUUCCUGUCAUACUCAAGUUCCCGUCUACCUUUUUCCCUGCAAUUGAUGCCCCUGUCAUAGUUUUCUUGCACAAUUGUGCACAAUUUCCUGCCAUGCAUUUUUUGUGUGUGGACGUUUGCAGCCCUAUACUCAAGCUUUGUAGGGUGUGGAUUCACUUAAAAAUAUGUUGUUUUGUGGGAUUUUGUUCUCCUAAAACAGGCUUCUAGUUUAUUAAAAUGCCAAUCAUUACGAGUGACUGGAGAAAACAGUGAAAAAAUAGAAAGUUGCAAGAAAUCACGCAUCAUUUUGAAGCAUCACUUCUGCUCAGUGCUCUGUCAAAACCACUCAUUAAUCAAAAUGGCCGUCCCUGUAGCCUUGUCAAAUUUGAACAGUGAUGUAACAAUGCUUCACUAAAGUGAUGCAGGUGACAAGAAGGCUGUGAUAAUCCAAGGACCAAAACAUCGAUGUGGCUUCAUGGGAAAAUGUCUCACCAAAGUUUGCCUAUGUUAAAGUUAAUUGUCAGAGCUCGUGCCUGGGCUCUCCUCUACCCCCAAUGACACUGUUUGAGGGAUUUUUAUUGUAAGUGGACCCCCUGUAGAUCCUCUGUCUUCUAUUAUCGCAGCUAUCUCCACCUGUGGAGUCUGCCCCAAGGCUGCUAGCCUCAGCCCGCCAGGGAGCUUACACACACUGAAAAUCCACAGCUUCCUCCUAAAUAGACGCGUCAAAGAGAUCACACCUGUAUUCAUCGGCUGUCCUGGGUUGGUUAAAUGCUCAACUACAACAGACAACAGCGGCAUUAGAGGUUUACUCUUUCAAGUGCUUUGUCCGCCUUGCUGUGGCUUUUCAGCUCUAUCAUCAAAAACUCCCCCAAAACUCGCCUAUCUAUCAGCUGCCGAUCAUCUCAUGUCACACAGCCCUCCCUCAGUGUUCCCUGUGAAUGCCAAGGCUGUGCAGAUCUGGAGGCUGCGUUGCAUUUAUAAUAUUAAGUCGCCUUUUGAAAUUGAGUGUGUAGGUGGAAGCGCACAUGUUCUGUAACACAUGUAGCUGCUGAGUGGAAGGGAAGGUCGGAGAAAUGGGAAGGGAACAUAAAAAUGUAGGGGUUCCUGUUGUGUAGCAGUAAGAUAAUCAAAAGGCUUGUUGGAUGGAGGGCGGCAGAAACAUCUCUCCAGGUGGUCCAGGGUGAAGCUCCUGGAUGUGGCUGUAACACUCCUGCUGCUGCUGCUGCCUCUCCUUUCUAAGGACAGUGGGCUCUUUGAAGGCAUGGCUAUCAUUUUUUUGCCUCAACUGAUUUUAUGCUUAAUCUAGCAAGAUGUGCUUAGGUGCAACUCUGAAGGUGUACUGGCAACUACCUAUGAGACCUACAAUCUGAUAUUUCUCAUCAGUUGUAAGGUGCAAUAAAAUCUAAGGAAAAGGUUUAUGCUUCAAAAACACAGCUGAAAGGGUGCAAAUUCACCAAGUGUUCUAAGUCAUUCAAGUCCUACAACAAUAGUAAGAAUGGCGAUCGCAUUUGCAGGGUUGUUGGUCUGUAGUGGGAUUAGAUUAUUACUCAUUUUGCUGAAUACUUGAGUUCAGAAAUCAAAGUCAGUGCUGAAAAAGAAAAGAAAUAUGUGUAACUGUAGCUGAACCUGACUGGCUCACAACAUCCUAUGGUUUAAAUGUGUAUCAGAUGCACUGUGAUUGGGAUGUGGUCACUCUUUCAAAAACUCUCUAAUGUGCAGCCCAGGCCUGUCUGGAACAGGCAAGGUUUUUGGCAGUCCACAUACACAGAAAUCUGGCGAGUGCAAAGUCAGUAAAAAGGAGGACAUUUCAAUCCCAUAGCAGGCUAGCUAGUGCUUUCACUGUGUCUGGAUGUGAUGCUAAACACUAGCAGGAGCUGAAAAUGGGGUCCUACCUGUUUAUGGCCUCACACAUUAGCCUCACUUUGCCCCCUUUUUUUUUUCUUACCCAGCCACUCUCCUGCAUCUGUCUUUCCUUUCCUCUUUCUGUCUUGCUUCUGUUACUGCUUCUUUCCACUCAACCUCCCACGGCUCCCUCCUACCGUCACUGACAGUUCCUUUUCCUCUUGUCUUGCUUCCUUCCUGUUGUGGAAAUCUGCCAGGAGGACUCUGACAUUCUGGCCAUUUCUGUCCACAUCCUUCACCUUAUCUUUUCUUCCCUCGUUUCUCCCUCUCUCUGUCUCUCUUGUAUCAUUUCUGUGUGUUUUUUCUGUUUCUCUUUCCCCCUCCCUUUCUUCUCUGUCUCGCUGCAUGCUGGAGAUUGGAAUGUGAGUUCCCCCUGUUUAAGGUCUUGGGGUGGGCUGUGCUUUGAGAAACAGCAGAGCAAAAAAUGCUCAUUAACAGUGACUAGAUCCCACUGUAGGACGGAGUGAUUUAAUAAAACCACAGGUCCCAAUAGAUGAGGGUUUUUCCUGCAGAAGAAUUCAGAGGUGGCCUUCUUAUUCUCACUCUCAUCUUGUGCAGAUUACUACCGUAAUGUGAAUGUGAUAUCACACAUAUUUCAGGAGCGUUGUGUUAUAUGCAUCAUCGCCGACUGUAAUUGCAUCAGCAGACUCACUCCAGGAUGACUCCAGGAUAGCACACUGGCUAAUUAGUACUGCCCAUUAUAAGCAUAAUUCACACUGCAAACACAGUGUGGUUUUUUUGUCAGGCCUGACAGUCAACAGAAUAGAGCACAAAUGCUCUGACGAUGCAGCCUGGACUGAAAGCACCAACAUUUUUGCUGUGAAUGUGUCCUUCAGUUCACAAUUGUUGAUUUUCCUGGGAACAGAUAGGUGAGGGCUGACGUUGGAAAAAAGACACACCUGUUCUGCAGAGGUGCAGAACAACACAGAAUUUAAAUUCUAUAUUUGAAAAUUGAUGCAUUUAUUCAAGUUCUAUUUACACGGUUAAAAUGGAAAAAUACUAUUUUUUGGAAAUGCUUUCACUCUGUAAUACGCCCAGUCAUUGGAACUGUUGCACUGUGACAACAAACAGCAGAUGAAUCUUGAGUUAAAGAUCAUGGACUCUUAGGUUGUAGGGAAGGAUAACUACUGCAGAUGUAAACUAUAAAACAAGUUUAAAAAAUGACAUAAAACUGACCUUUAGUGAGGGGUGUGGAAUUUUAAGGAAAGAUGACUAAAACUGUAUUAUGAUGCAACCAAACUGAAAAAAAAAAAAAACCCCAACUUGACCAGACAAUGACACAGUGAAUAAUCUAGUGUUAGUCAGACUGUGAACAAUCAAACUGCAACUGAAGUUUCUCCUGCACAUCUAACAUGCUGAGUUUAAGGCAAUAACUGUAAUUCUCAUUUUGCUCAAGCUAACAUUACAACAACACCACACCUUGGCAAAUGAAACAAAAAGCUGGAUGUCCGUGGGAACGAUUGUUUUGCUUGCUACCAGCCAGAGCAGUAUACAAAAACAGACCUUUUAUAGCACGCAGCUUGAAAACUGUGAGGAGAUCUUCACUGGAAUAAGAGGAAAAGAUUCAAGGGUUAGACUCCCACAUCCAACCUUGAAAUCCCAUGGUUUUGUUUUUUAGCUUUGCAUCCACAUAUCCAACUACCACCUAUCUUCAGUGGUUACACAGCCAAUGCACUGCCUGUUUUCUAUUACUACAAAAAAUAGUUUGGUCUGUCUGGGUACUUUGCCAUCAUCAUGACAAAAUCAGGAAAGUAUUUUUAAAUGUUUAAUCCCUGAAGAGUUAAGCGCAGUGUUUUUAGGAAGACUGGGUCUGUGUGUGCCCUGACACAUUUGAAGUGCAAGCCAGCAUAUUGUUUUCGCUUAACAAACAGCCCUCGCGGUGUUUUCUCUGAUAUGUGAAACUGCAUAUCUCUUUGAUCCGUGGUCUUGUGCAGCACCUCACCGUUGAGGCUUUCAAUCAGAGGAAGGGAAGAGGGGGCUCCAAAAGAAGCAACUGAGGUGAGGGGACUAAAAACGUUGAAAUGUCCCUGUCUUGUAUCCCUUUUCUAUUUCACUAAAGGGAAAGUAACUUCUUAAUUAGGGCUGCAAUAGGGGAUUAUAGCACAUGAAAGCAGAAAGGAUUACAACCCUCCUUCUCCCCUUCCCCUCCAGUUUCAGUUGUGACAGAUGAGCAAAAAUCUGUAAAAACAUGAUGAAACAAUGACUAGGCAGGCUAAUCCACGCAGAAGUAAACAGAAGGAACAUACUGUACAGAUGCAGAGAGAGAGAGAGAGAGAAAGAGAGACAGCUGAGAUACUAUGAGAAUGAAUAAAUGCUGUCAGCUCUAGCUGAGAAUCAUAAUUCCUACUAUAGUAUAAGCUGAGGACAAUAGUUAACACGACCACAACAGUCAAAACUUCAAUUUGAGAUAGAAAGACUCUGGAUGUAAUGUUUGGACAACAUAAAGUAUUAGUGGGACGUGGAUCCAGUUCUAAACUUUGUUUAACCCUGAUGUCUGUUGGAUGGAUCAAUGCAGCAGUGAUGAUUUAGUUGAAGAUAUAUUACCCAACUUCUCAUUUAGUUUUUUUUUUUCAUUCGUGUAGCUGCAGAAGACCUCUUUACACUGAUUUAUUGAUCCUGGAUGAACCAGUGUUUGCAUCUGCUCCUGGGGAGGGGUCUAUAAGCCUGGAGCUGCUCACCCCUGGAUAUGCAUCUCGAUAUUGGUUUCAACAAAGUCUUGCUGUAUAGCUCUUUUUUAACAUUUAUUUAUUUUCACCAACCCAUGGCCUGUAACCCCCCCAGCUGGUCACUUGUCCCUAAUCAUAGCACAUUUGAACAAUACAAUGCAAGGACUGUAUUUAUCCCAUUAAGGAGAAUUAAUUCGUCUGGAAACUCAGUAAAACUGCAGAUAAACUGAGCAAUGAUCUGACCUGCCCAGUGGUGGUGAGAUGUUGGCUACGUAAACUUCCUUGAUGUUCGCAUACAGCAGAUCCAGGGGUUUGUUUUCUCUGGAUAGACAGUGAACAAACUGUGUAAAUCAAAUCAGGUGGGAGAAAGAGAAAGAUGAUUGAAGCCUCCUGAUAUUAUUACAAAUGUCUCAGGCUGUUGAGUCUGUAUCCUAGGAACGGUAUCAUGGAGAACAGCACACUGAACUUCAGCCGUUGCCUUGGGUGGGAUGUAUACAAGUAUUGUUAUGAUAUGACUGAACUCCCUUGGAACAUCAUAUAGCCAAAGGGUAACUGCCAACAGUUCAGGUUUAUUUACUUAAUAACCUACCACUGCUGUCGUAAAAUGCAUGUAGAUAUUAAAAUGUGUAUUAUAAGUUGACUUUGAUAGUGAUUGUAGGAUUUUUUUAAACUUUGCUGCGUAAAAGGUUGUAAUGUGGUAAAAUUACUGCAGUAAAUAUGGGUAUCAAGCUGUUACUAAUGCAACACUGCCGGGGUAUUAGGUGGCCACAUACACAUUUGCUAUUUUAAGAUGUAAAAUGUAAAAGUCAAUAGUUCAUGUUGUCAUAGUGGCAUUAUGUGACUCUUACUACUUUUUUAAACAGAAGAAGUUUAGUGAAGCAAGGAGAGAUUCCGGUUUAUAAAACAUUGAUCUGCAGGUAAAAGUGUGAACUGUAUUCUGCAUCAAAAAUGGGUUUGAGUGAGAAAUGGAGGACUGUGUCUUUCAGCAUCUCCUCGGCUCUUCCUCCCCUAAAUUCCAUGAUGACAUCGUAAGAACGCAACUGUGAGCGGGGAACUGUAAAUCUGAUCCCCAAACAUGCAUGGGAGCAUUGCCGACAUUCCCACCAACUGCCUUGCCAUCUGUUUCCAAGCAGACAGCGCUCAUAUGUCUGUCUUGCUGUAUGACUAAAGGGAUGUCACCACUGUUUGCCGCCAGGGCUAGUAUUGGUGAUUGAAGUACUUUGCUGCUGUCUGUCUUGUGUCAUUUUAGGUGAACCAGAGUGAGUGUGUGAAGCCUUUACCUGAAAUGUAUGCAAACAUUUAUAUAGAAAAUGGUACCAGAGUUUCGACACCGAAAGUCUGGCUCUAGAUUAAAUGUCUUGAAAACAUGUAGCUUUUAGCUGAGCUGAGGGGGGUAUUUUUAAUGAGGAAAAACACGUUUUUUGCGUAUUUUCUGCCAUUUGCCUAAAAAACUGAUCAAAUUAAUGAUUGCUCGUAUGAUUAAUCAAUCAAGAGACUUUCCUAAAAUGCCCAUUCCUAGUAGGAUGUGUACAAGUAUUGUUAUGAUAUAACUGAACUCACUUGGAACAUGAUAUUAUGAUAUGGCCAAAGAGCAAAUGCCAACAGUUCAAUAUUUGGACAACACAACUUCUCCUUGACAGUUAUUUGUGAAAGGUUACACCAUCUCUGGUUAACAAACAAAGCCUGACGUCCUCUUUUCUUCUUGCUACUAGCUUUAGCAUCUCUGUCUGACCUUAUGAGAUUGAAGCCAAGUAGAUCCACACUGGAGUCCCAGUUGUUUUUAUUCAACCAGGCUUUGAGUAAAACACAGGGGAUUCUGUAUCUGUGCAUGAACCUGCAUCUUUUGAAGUCUGAUCAUGAGACAAGGGGGUAUACUCACGGUUCUUAGAGUUUGAUUUUUGUUGUAUAUGGCAUUAAUUUUUACUAGUAUUGAAUCAAAGUUUAAAAUUCUGGCAUUGUGACAAUUUUAGUUAGGAGGCCACUUAAAUUCAGCCAGCCCACUGAUGAUGCACUUCCUAGAAAAAUGGUCACUAAUCUAAUUUUAACAAAAUAUAAUGAUGCAAAACAAUCCGGCUGGAAAUGAGCACAGCCAACUUUUAACACCCAUGUCCUCCUGGAACAUUUGACCCAUCCUCAUUGGACUGUGUCGGCAUUCAAGCAUCAUGAUGGCAUGAGAGGCCACCUAAUUUAAUGCCUGAAUUACUCAUGGCUAAUUCUGUUACAUAAUCCACCCAGUUCAGAUAUUUAAAAUGACAUCCCUGCCCUCUCGAUGCUCUGUAGACCUUUUCUGUGUUUGAAUCUAUACACUUGAUGGUGGUUGGCAGUUUUUGCUUUUGUAGCCAGUGAUCACGUUUUUGGGUACAAACUGUCCAGACACUCUGUAUAUUCAGACAGGACUAGCAUGAUAAGGCAAGUUUAGAGAUUGCUAGAAAAAAAAGAAUCAGUCAAUGAAGAGUUAAGACUAUACAGAUGAGUUUGGAUUGUGUCCGUAGGCUAAAAAUCACAUCUAUGAUUUCCUUGACAUAUUCUUGCUUUUCUAACAUGCUGCUGUAGGGAAACGUCCUCUGACGACAGAUACAUAAGAAGAGGAAACAGAGGCAGAGGAAUAAAAGAAGACAUAUCCUGGUCAUUGUUCAUCACUGCUGGAUGGAGUCGCCUCCCUGAUCUGAAGGAAACUGUUACGACUUGGAGUUAGCAAAGCUGUCAUCUGUUUGCAGUAAGUUUUCCUUUUGAUCAAACCCCAUCUCCACCACAUGUAGAGUCUAAAACUUUCACCCAGGUUUGAAGCAGCUGCCUGUUUUAUGUGCUAAAGAAGAUGCAAGGGAGGUUGUGUUCUUCUAUGUCAUAUCAUAUAUCGCAGAGCCGCCGCAGCAGCGUGAGGAGUAGGUUCAGAGGGAGGAAUCUAGCUUUAAACUCUGCAGGCUUUCAAGUUGUUUCCUAUCCUUGAAAUUGAUUUAUUAAGUUGUGCUAUAAUUGACAGAUUCAGUGAUUUUGUUGUCACUUUGAGUUCUGUUCCUCACCUUUAAUGUCCCACUGAGUCUUAACAAGCUAAACCCAUUAUUUUGUGCCCAUGUUUACGUCUCUGGUAAUACAGCUGUCCUCUGAGGGUUAUGUUUAGAUACUGAAGCUCACAUCUCAAGUAGAGCUGCACUCCUGGAAGACAAAAAUCAGUCUGCUGCGUUAAUGAAGCUUCUUGAUAAUUUUGCUGUUUCUCAGGGCUGCUCCCUUAAAGUCAACGACAUGUUUUGCAAUGGCUUCAGCAUGGUAAGCUGUAAACUUGGUCUAAUAAAAUAGAAUUGUUCAUUGGAACGCUGUCAACUCCGGUGUAACGUCAUUCCCGGCUCCGACAUCUGACUUCCGAGGUAACUGGAACGCAGCAUUAGUCUACAUGAACCACUGUCUGCAUGUAGUACAACAGGCCCUGAAGUAGCAGGGUCCAUGUGCUGAGCUAACCUGCCUGUAGUCUCAUCUAUUAAAAAUAUCUGGUUCAUUAGAUAAAACAGUAGUACCUCAUACAGGACCCUGAACUACUGAGCAGAUGAAAUUAUAAAUCAGGCAAGAACGGAGCAGCAUUUUACUUUCAAAACACCGGAAGCUGUUGUCAAAGCACAGGUGCCCCAAUCCCAUGUUUUGUAUAUGAGUUGCUCGGGUUUAAGUCACUUAUGAACAAUCCAAUUCUUUUUUCUAAUUACCAUUUUACUGACUGUUUUGAAAGUGGGGGUUUAAAGCUGAUCCUGCCAAAAUCUAUGUUAAUAUGAAUCUUGUUCAGCUAGCACAAGACAUCAGGAGUGGAAAGUCUAGCCUGAAUUAAGUACUUUGAUUUUUUUUAAGGAUAGGUUUCAGCCAGUGAUUUCAGCUUUGCAGGGAUAUCCUUCUUGUCAAUACAAAUAGGCCCUGUAAUUAAAACCAGAUCAAACACUGUAAAGCAGUCUCUGAUUCAAAUUGGCUUUGGAGGCUUUAAAAUCUCAGGGAUUGACUGGUGGAGUUGUUUAUGGAGAAGUCUUUUCCUCUGAUGUCUUAUAUGUAAAACACAUGUCUCCUACAUGCUGAAAUAUGAAGAGAAUAGUUGAAAUCCAAUGUUGGAUUGGAUUUCUACUCUGCAUACUAAUAUUCAUCAUUAAAUUAACAACAAUCUUAAUUAUAAGUUGUCUUAAAUGUGUUUCUAUCUAGAGUCUGCUGCACUCACAGAGAAGGCUAAGCUGCAGGAUUGUCUGGAUGUGGUUUGAUCACAUUUGACUGACAGCUCCGACAAGAUUUGUCUUUUCCAUCCCAAUUAGAGUUAAAGCUUUACCCGGCAGGCUCUGAAUAUUUGAUGAAACGUAGUACACCUAUAACCUCAAACACUGGAGGAAGCAAACACAGAGCUGAUUAUGUCUUGCGCUUGCAGAGCGGGUCCUGUCUUGAUUUUUGUCGUCUGUCAUUCAGCAGAACACACACUGGUACAAAAUUUGAUUGUCCAUAUCAGAGCGGGGAUUACAGGGUACUCUGAGAAAGUGGUAUUUUAUACACGAAGAAUGAAAAAUGAGGUUAUAUGCAACCGAGUGUAUUAGCAUUGAUGUCAAGUCAAGCUAAGUCACGCUGCUUUAGGAUAAAAGAGCUCUGGUGGAUCCUUGUAAUCACUGAUAUCUUGCUUGAGUUUGAGGGUUUCAGGAGGUCCUAGACUGUGCCAAAGGAGGUAAACACAUAAAUCCAUCCUGAUGCACUGAGAGCUGCAGCAGCUGUUAGCUGAAUCCUCAACAGUCUUCCUGCUUCGCAGCUCCACGUACUGACAGAGAGCCAGAGAUAGUGCUGAUAGCAGAGAAUUCCUCACAGACACUUGAUAGAGGCCGGAUAUAAAGCUCAUUUGUGGGGAGGACGGGACUUUCUUUUUGGUCUUCAAAACUUUGAUGCAUUCAUCUACAGUGCCAUAAAACAAUAACGGAGGAUAAUGAAACAGUUGGAGCAGCUAAUGUUUGGCAUCAUAAUAUAUAUUAUUAAUUACAUAUACGGUGAUUCAUGAAAAUGACUGACUCACUGAGUGGCUGAGUCAUUGUUUUAUUCUCUCGUGUCCAGUAUCUAACCCAGUGUCCAAAGUAAACUAGACUGGCUUACGUGGAUCUGAAGACUAUUUUCCUGGGAGGCCACAAGAGCCAGUCAAACCACAUCUGGCUUGCAGGUGGUGGAAGCAGAAACCCAAACAGGAAAGUGGCCUGUCAUGAUCUGUAGUCCUCACUGCAACCUUUCAGAGCUCAUCCAAGAAGGGGAGUGUUUUCGUGUGUAAGGUGAUGGCCUCACAAUCUGGAGUGGAGUUUCCAGUCUUAGGCUUAAUAGAUCUCAGGUUCAUGGCUUUGUGAAGAUCAAAUGUUUGCUUUAAGUGUCUUUUACUACUUUCACCGUACCAUGCUUUUAGCUGAGCAAUGGCUGCUCUACGGCACGCAGAGGAAUGUGUGAGAAUGCCGUGUGUACACAAUAGGGAUGACCUCAUUGUUUUGAACUUCCAUCGAGCUCUACACGCUGGAGAACAAUGAGAUCUUCAUGCCACAUUAGCCCACAUCCCCACGUCAUACCUACACUGUGUGCAUAUGUGCGUGUUUACAUUCUGAUCUCUGAGGUGUGUGUUUACCUUCUAGUUUACAGAGGUUCUUAAAAUAUUUACCAAGGGCUGAACUGGUUAAUGAUUAUUUGAACAACAGGAUUGGAAGCGUUGGGCUCCACACACUGAGAAACCGACUCCAAUGGGCUUUGUUCCUGCUGUCACGUAGUGAAUGCAGCCCCAACCUUGCUGACCCUCUGAGGGUUAGAGGGCGAACCUUUUUCUGAGAUAGCUUGUAAACUGAAAAAAAGUCGAGGCUAUUUUAUUCGUUCACUUUCAAUAACAAAAGCUUGAUGGAGAGAAAAAGCCUCUUAUGAGUUGCUGUGAUUUUUUUUCCCGUUUCCCUUGAAGACAAAAAAAGUGAUAACUGAAAAAUGACUUUUAAAUGUCCUGAUAAACUUUUUUUUUUACAUGGUGCUAAACUUGAUAUUCCUAGAUUUUAGACAGAGAUUAGAGAUGACAUCUUGCACCCUUGUAGUGGAAGGAAAAAAAAGGUCAAGUUGGUAGGGGUGGGAAUCACCAGUGGUCCCACAGUACGAUAUCAUCACGACACUUGGGCCAUGAUACGAUAUUAUUGCGAUUUUUAACAUUUUGCAAUACAGUGAGUAUUGGGAUACAAUAUAUUGCGAUUGAUAUAAUUUUUUCAACUGUUUAACUAAUUAAGUAUAUAUCUUUUCUUCAUGUUUGUCUUAUUUACACAGUAUUUUAUUUUCAUGUAGCAUCUUGCAAACCUUUUAUAUAUUUGUUGUACUAACUUUCUCCUGCUCUAUGAUGUCACCUCUGCCAACCUCACUGGACUAACAGUUGAUUUUAUUUUUCCAUUAGCAUACAUUUGACUUUAUAUUAACCAUUAAUUUGAAAAAUCCAUACUACAAUAUAUCACUAGACAAAAUAUCGCGAUACUACGCUGUAUCAAUUGUUUUCUCUCACCCCUACUAGUUUGUAGAGAAAGUUAUCGGCAGAUUUCCCCUUUUAUGUCUUUUUUUGGAGAUAGGACGGAGAAGGAAACAAUGCUGCUGCUUGCUGAAAGCUUAAUGCUAGGUUAUGUAAAGUGGCCUGUCCCCUUUAUCAGCACCUUUGUUGAUGCUGUAGCCACAUACAUGAGCAAUUAACCAAGCGUGCAUGCUGUGCAUGCUGCCGUUCUUUAUUCUCAGUGGUUACACCUGCAGCGCACAUACACACACUGAUGUGUUUGGGUGAGUUAAAGGGAACCUUCCUAGUUUUAGCCUCAAAAAGUUGAUUGUCAUGGUGCUUGACAUGCUAAUUAACACACACUUCGAUCAGUUCAAUAGGAUCAUUUCAAACAUGAUAGAUGGAUUCAUAGUAAAAUAGCUAACACGACAGCCUAGCAUAGGAAGUGUGUACCUGUCAUUGCAAAAGUUUCCUCCUGUCACAGGGACUUCAUGCAAUCGUAUUCAGCAUCAUGUGAUCAUGUGGAGAAACACAGGAUUCAGGGUGCAAGUAAUUUUAACCUGGACUGUCAAAGCCUCCCAUGCAGGCUCCCAUCUCCUCCUCCUCCUCCUCCUCACACCUUCAUCCCUCCCUAUCACUAUAAUCUCACACUGUUACUGCCUUGUUACCUAGGCACUCACAUCAAGCGAACCACUCAAUGGCAAGUGCUGUAAAUGGUCAUUGGAGGCGGCUUACCACGUAGCGCUUUGAUCCAUUCCAGUGGCGUCCUGACAACUCCUCGCUAAUGCCUUUGCUGGGUCUCUCCAGCUGUACGGAGGAAGGCACAAUCUGUGGUUUCUGGAUGUGAAGGCUUAAGCAGGCUGCUGUUUUUCAUUAAGAAGUAACUGCUGCAUGGGACAGAGACGACUCCUCUGAUGGUUAUUUCUAAUGACAACAGGCCAGUUUAGAAGUAAAGCUUCUCCAGUGAUGGCCCACAGCAGGGUGUGUGGUUUUAAUGAAAUGACUGCCUGAAGUCCUUGAACAUCUCAUAAAGCACUUGGGGAAAACAGCCAUGGUUGAGAAGAGUUUGAAAUGAAGGGCCUUGCUUCACUGUGACUCUCUUAUUCUCUUUAUUUUAUGGACUCUCAGUAACAUUAGUUUCAAAAGAAUAAGCCUGUAGUUAUUCCACGUGAUUUUUUUCAUUCACUAAGUAACCAAACAUGAGAGAGCACACUGAUUUAAAAGUCAGACGAUUAAUGGCAUUUUGACAUAAUAGGUACCAAAAAGUAGAAAUUACCAUUGUCUUUCUUCAAUAAAAACACGUUUUCCCAUCCUGAAUGACAGCAUAUUGAAUCUAAAACAGUCUCUGGCUGAUGUUUAACAUGAACCCUGUUAUAAUCUAUUGAAUAAGGCAGUUUAAAAGAAAUAUCAGCCAUGUUUUGGGAUAAAUAGGAUAAUAUAAAACAUGUUAUCAGCAACAGAUUUUAAUGCAUAUGGAAUAACAUAUUUCCACUGACUUUCUUUUCUGAAGAGUUUUAACUCUAUUGUUUACUUGUAUUGUUUUUUUCCUUUCCUGAUAAUUUUAGAUAACUGGGCAGAAAUCCAAAACUCUCUUGUGGCAACAUGUUUUAUUUUGUCAAAUGCAGAAAAAACCUCAACUACAAGGUUUAGCAGCUCGGCUCGCUCAUUAUCAGUAUCAGUAUCGGCUGCUAAAAUAGUGAUAUCAGUGACUUCUAGAGCACACCUUUACGAAAUAACCCGCAGAUUUAAGUCAUGAAUUUAUCUUGGGGAAACUAAGGCAGCAAACUCAAAAGUCAAUCGGGGACAAUAUUAUUUGCUUUGGUUGCUGUAGCACUGUUUACUUCUUUGAUUUUAUCCACAAGUCUGUGGUGAGUCGAACACUUCCAAACAGUGCCCUGCUGGCUUGCGAUGCAGCUGCCUGCUGAUAUCUGUCUUCGAAGUCACACCUGUAUGCUUAACUCAUAGAUUGUUGCUUUUUAACUUUUAAACUUCACUAUUUUUAUAUUUCUAAAGGAAAUUUUGCUUUUCUUGAGCGCAGUGGUGUUAUUUUAUAUUAGAGUUGCAGCAAGAGCAGACCGACAAUAUAGUGUGAUUAAAAGAAAUGAAUCAUCUAAUUCUGACUCUGACCACAUUGAUAUUGACAGGUUAAUGAUGGGCUGACAACAUAUUUCUCUUUAACAAACCCCGAUCAAGGUGGUCCAUUGUGAAGCUAAUGAUGCGGAUCUGUGCUUAGAUCUUGUAUCGAUGAUAUUGACAUGUUAACCAUUCAAUGCAGGCUGCAGUUUUUAAUUUCUUAGAUUUCAAAGUGUGAACAUUACUUACUGUGGUGUCUUUUAAAGGUUUCUCUGCUUCUUCUAUGAUGAUAAAGAAAUAGAGCAGCUGUUGUUUGACAUUUUUGCUCAGAUAAGGAGUCAAGUGAUGAACAGAGAAGUAAGAUAGUUGCAUCUGAAUCUUCCUAAGUCUCAAAAUCAGACAUAUAAGAUCUUUACACUUUAUAGGGAUGCUUUUUUACCAAUGAAUGAAAGGAUCAAAUCAUGUCUCUGUGUGUAGGAUAAUAAGAAUGCAUGUGUGGAGAUAUAAUGGGGUGUCAUAUAUGUGGAUGGACAUCAGCCUGUACCUGGGAUGUGAAGAAUAUCUAGAGGUUUGUAGCUCAAAGCAGCAGGGCUUCUCAUCGCUUCCUGAUAUGAGAUUCAAUAAGCUAAUGUUGCCAGGCAACGGGUGCCAUUCCACUUUUGGCAAGUAUUGCUUAGUAACAAAAUUUGUUUCCAAGGAGUAAAGGCAGAAUCACUCAUGGGAUCAAUGAUGGAUACUACUCUGAAAUUUAAUCACCCAAUUUUGAAAUGUAAUGCAGUGACAGAUAAAAACUAAAGUGAUGAAUUGAUUUGUUUUCUACAGAGAUAUGGAUUGAAGGUAAUUGGAGAAAAUAACUGUGUUAAAAAACAGGUAUUCAGAAAUCGAGAAAGGGCCUUGGAGAUGUUUGAGAUUCUCUCCAUGUAAAGGUUUCUUCUUAAAUAUUUUAGUUUCUCACCGCUUUUCAAUCCUCCACAAAUAUCCACACAGGUUGAAAGAGUACUCUUCUCUCACAAUGCACCUCUGCUUGCAAAUGGCCAACGGUGCACCAGUGGGAGGCGGAGUGGGAGGAGAGGGGUAGCGUGAACAGGGCCUGCGGGGGUGGUGCUGCGUUACAUAAUCUCAGAUGAACCCAGCUGUGCUGCAUUGUUUAGCCCAUGGGUGAAGCGGUGCCAGCCAAGCAGACUGAUGUGUCCACCUGUGCUCUUCAGAGUGGGUACAGGACCAGAGCACAGGUCGAUGAACAGACUGACGCUGCACACACUGAUCACAUGGAGCCUGUGAAAACGUGACAUGACAGCAUCCACGUCUUUCUUCCGGCUCUGUGUUGCCAUGGCAGCACAGUUGUUGUGUUGUCAGAAACCUUGCAGUGUAAUAAUGAUAAUGCUGGGUUCUAAUAAUGGUAAUUAGAAGCCAUUUUUCUUCUUCUUCUUCUUUUGAACGACUGAAGUUUCCUCCUGUGGCGCUCUCUCUUAUCAUACAGCCACUCCAGUGCACUAAGGAGAAGUAUCCUUUCAUCAUAUGCUGUCCACAUAGACAGCUUAGCCACUCGUUAGUACUGCCGCACACUGUCUGCUCCCCUCAUGAAGGCAACGUGUGACGCUGUGAUUAUGGACAGGAACUUCUGUGAAGACGUUGUUAUUGCUAAUUUCCCUAGCCAGAGGGUGUUUUUCUUUGAUGCAGGCAGCAUGAAUAAAGACUGCAUAAUGUACUAAAGGUGUCCAUCAGGAAGAAGCCUAUCGACCCACCAGCUCUGUUUUAAAAAGCCUGCAUCAGAGUCACUAUCAUUAAAAGCUCAUCAUGUUGGCCUCCCAGACCUCUGUAAUUAAAGGAAGAGGCGUCUGUGCUUUGUCUUCAGCUCUUUGUCUCUGAAGUGGCAGAACAGCAAGAUUUUCUCCCACGUGCCAUUAAAUAGAAUUUAGUUUGAACAAACCUACAUGCCAUUGGUGAACAUCUCCUAUCAUCAGCAAUCAGGGGUUGAGAGACAUGAGUACCGCUGACAGCGAUCUGCCAUGUCUUCCAUCUGUCAAAUCUGUAGAAUAGAUACACUGAAGUUUGCUUUUUGAUGUUAGUGUUUUUCAUUAGAGCAUACAUUGUCCAGCUGGGCGAAAAGAGCAGCCAGCUGGGCACCCUGAGGGCAGGCGGCGAGCUUCCCAACAUACUUUGGGAUGUUGAGUCACAAGCAGUUAUGGCUUGAUUGUCUGUGUUGUCAAACAAAUUUAUGUCUGAUUAUGGAUAGCUGCGUCUCAUUUCACUUACGUGUAGAAAACACAAACAAGAGAACAUGUUUGUCUGAUAAAAUGACUCAGUUUGGCUAGAGUUAGCAGAGCUAGCACCACCAGCCACAUGUCUGUGUUGAUCAUGUUACAUUUGAGGUUAAAGGGAUAUUCCUUGAGAGAUGAAUAUUGCUGACUGCUUGCUUCUCUCGUUACCAACUUUAGUAAAGACCACACGAUAGAAAUACACAGCAGUCUACGUCUCGACACCCAAAUCAUAGACUGUAUACUAUGGACAACUUGGUUCCGCCUUACAUAUGACAGUAUAUGGAUUUGAAGCUGCAAAGCUCUUAGUAAUUCUGCGUUUUUUCUCCACUUCCUGAAACUAACAUUGUGCAGUAGCGUUGUACGCACUCCACCACUUGUGCAGUAGCAUUGUGGGCAUUUGGUGGAAGAGUCGCUGUGAUGACGCUCGGCUCAAACAGCGUAUCCCCCGGGUGAGCUACGCAAUCUUUGUACGCCCAUAGGCUGUAUCAAGUGUCAAUCAUAGAAAACACGAACCCCCCCGUAUAACUUAGAAAUGGAGCUGUACAGAAAAAAAGAGACUUGAGCACAAACCAGUCCUACAGUUACUACAUGUCAACAUCACAAGCAAGGGGGAGAAAAAUGCAUGUUCUGCGUAAUUAAUUUCUGAAGUUUGUCCACAGCUCCAUUAGGAUGGCUGGCAGAGGUGAGAUUUAUCAAAUCAAAUCAAACUUUAUUUGUAUAGCACUUUUCAGGCAAAAAGAAAUGCAGCACAAAGUGCUUUACAAUUUAAAACUGACCUAUACUUUUAUGACCUAUACUGCAGCCUGUCCCCAGGGUGUGCUGUUCUCGGAGUGGCUUCACACAGCGAGGAGGCAGAUGCUGUCCAUUCUACAUACAGUCUAUGGCGCAAACCUUAACCAAAAAGCCACUCUUUUGCCACAAAUAAUGCUCAGAACAUCACCUAACUUCAUCAACAGUAUAUAUAGUGUCCCCUAACUUCAUUUUACGUUGGAAUAUACCUUCAAGCACACUGUUUCCAUUUUUUCGCUGGUUCCAGAGUGCUCCACAUUUGUGAGAGACAUAAUCUGACCACCCAGAGGAGCCUGCACUGAUUGAUAGAUCAGUGUGUGAAUGUUGCCCAGAAACUUUGUCUUCUGUUAGCUUUUCAUCCAUCCCAGCUUAUCCAGACUUUGACAAUCCGAGAGGAGCAUGGUGAAGAUCGGCAGACACCCUCUGGGUAUCCUGCGCAAAAGUUUGUAUUUUGCCUCUGGCACUGACUGCUUACAUCCAAAGCCUACCCUGCAGCUCUGUUUGAACCCUCAAAUAAGUUUGGGGCGGUUAGACAGGGUGGGAUACAGAGGGAGAUUAGUUAAGAGAGUGGAAAAAACAUAGAAAAACAUGGGCAGAAGAGGAGCUUUAGGUGGCAAAAAGGCGAGGUAGAGAGAAAAAGCAGGGUAAAAGGAGAUUAAAAGACAUUUGAUCUAUGCAGGGGGAAAAGGCAGAGGGACGAGUAAAAUAAGAGCAGAGCUUUUAGAGUCUUGAGUGCGAGAGAGAGGGAGAGGGAAAGGUGAACCUUAAGAAGAUCCAGCCCCCGCACUUAAUUGUUUUCUUUUGCCAGGAAGAGCCCCAGAUGCCUGUAGUCAAGCAACGGCUUGACCCUUUCUUUGGUUGUGAGCUGCAGGGCUGAGGGCACUGCUUAGAAAGCUUAGCAGCGGACCUUUAAUUCAAAGGCCCUUUCUCUGUGCUGCCCCUUUGGGUGGUGCAAAGCCUCACAUCUGCCAAAAGUGUCACAGGGCUUGCUGUCUACAGCCCAAUCCCCCACUCCUCCCAUCCCCUAGAACAGCCAUUACCCAGGAACCCCUGCACACUGUUUCUCACGGCCAUUAAACAUGCACUUGUCAAUCUGCUCUCAUCUUGUGACCAACGGCUUACAGCCAUUAGCCUCUUAGCUGCUUCAUGCUUAAUCAAUACAAGUGCAGAUUUUCUCCAUCAGUGGUCUCAAACUAUGUUCCUCUGUGACACGUGUCUGUGAACAGUCACAUUCAUUUAACUCCAGCUUUUAUUGAGGACUGAUUGAUAGCUAUUUCAAAUUUGCUGCUGUUGAGUUUGAUUGCAAUAAAACCUAAAUAUACCAAGCUUUCUUUAGAUGGGCUGCAAUCACUCGAGUUUGACACCUGUGCGGAGGAGGAGGAGUAGGAGGAGGAGGAGGCCGAGGCCGACAUCAAAUAUAUUAUAUUAUCUGUGUAUGAAAUCUGUUGUUAGGUUUGUUAUAUCUUUGCUAAUUUUUGCAAUGAUUAGUGACAACAGUUGGAGCCUAAAUUUAGUGCUUUUAUAUGGCCGCAAAGUUAAUUAAUUGUUGAGGGUUUUCCUGUAAUUAUCAGCUAGAAACAGUAGAGUGCGGAGAUGGCACAGCAUGCCUCUCAUCUUCUGCUGAUCUGUAUUUGUUGCCUCCCCUUAGUGUUUUUCCCAUCAGCACCCGUCUGUCUGUCUGUCUGUCUGUCUGUCUUAACUGACACAAUAACAGUACGCCAGUUUAACAACAUAAACAAUUGUGAUGAAGUAAAGUAUACAAAAAAUGAGAGAGAAAAUGUAUAAAGCAGUUAUAUGUGUGUAAGGCUUCUGUCUGUAGCCUUAAAGGGAUAUUGCAGCGUAAAUUUAAGUUAGGGACAAACACACCAUAACACAGAGUUAGACACCGCCUUGAGAGAUGAAUGUGGCCGACUGCUUGCCUCUCUUGUUACACCAACUUAAGUAACGACCACACAAUAGCAGUACACAGUGGUCUACAUCUCCAUGUGUAAACCUCAACCAAAAAGCCACUCUAUAGCCACAAAUAAUGCUCAGAACAGCACCUAACUUCAUCAAAAGUACAUGUAGGGUCCCAGCCAUAGUACUAGCCAUCAAACAUCUUUUUAGCUUUGCCUGUUUUUUUUUUUUCAGCAAAGAAACUAAACACAACUAAACCGCUCUCCUCAAGCAGCUGCUUGUUUGUUGGGGAGCCCUGACGAGUCAAUCACAGAGUGCAGUGGAGUUUCGCAGCUCAGGAAAGAACAUUUAUGAUUAUUACUUCAUGGAAAUGCAAUCAGAGUUCUAGUGUCUCUUGUAUGUCCCCCACAAACCAGCAGCCGCUGGAGGGGAGUGGGUGAGUGAAGGAGCAGGAGAGCAAAGUGAUACUGCAGGAGAGAGAGAUGAGAGUAGAGGAGAAAAACCAAAAGGGAGGCUAUCAGGCUGGGACUCUAAAUGGGUUGAAAAAAUAGCCGGUUCCAAUCAUGGCUCUACCACACUGUUCAAUAAAUAAGAAAUAACAUAAUAAAUAAAUUCAGUGUAUUUCCAUUGUAAAAUUAAAAUCUGCAGUCAAGUGUCAUUUGUUUACAUCGCCACAGCUCCUCGGAAAGCCUGCCCUCCUAAAGGAAACACUGCUACGGAAUAUCCCUUUAAGGCUUGGACUUGUCCAAGUAAGCUCUGCUGUGGACAAGUUUUAACUCUGAUUCCCAGAGAUAAAUCAUCACGUUUACCGAUGACCGCUCCCUCCUGUUCAGCUGAUCAGUUAGGUUCAGCUGUCCGCCCACUGAAGCUGUCAGACACUGCAUUUGGUUUGCCUGUUAAUGAUGCUACCUGGGACUACCUCUGGUGGGCUCAGACUCUUUGGAGUGUCAGCACAACAAAGAGAAGAGUGAGAACGAGGCUGUGGGCUAAUUGCUUUAAGUACUGGGCUUUCGUCUCCUCAGAUGUCAGGAUUAAAAGCAUCAGCCUUCACUUCCUCUGUCUCUCUCUAUUGUUUACCUUUGCAAGAGCUGCAAGUUUCUCUUAGUCAUGUUUCAGAGCUCUUCUUCCUUGCACCCGCGCGCGUGCGUGCGUGUGUGUGUGUGUGUGUGUGUGUGUAUAUGUGUGUUUGUGGUUGAUAAAUUGGCACACAUCUCUGAAAGGCAAAUUCCCCGACUUUAUGUCCCAUGAAAUAAUGUUCUAAUUUUGACUUUAACUAGGAGGGCAAAACUCUGAGCAUCAUGUUAAGAAACAGAAAUUGAUCUUUUGGCAAAGUGAUCUUGCUCUCAUUAAAAGCUGGUUCUUCAUCUUGUCAUUAUACACACACAAAUAAACAAACCCUGCGGUUCAUGUGCCACAAAGCCUACUGGUUGACUGACAGAUCAUUAUCCUGGAUCAUAGAUCACACACGCAGCUGCAGUCUAUCCACUUGUUUAAAUAAAGUUGAUCACACAGAGGGCAUGAUCUUUCUCGACUUCAUAUUUGUAACCAAACCUUUUCUGUUGCAUUAUAUGAAAUUUUUAACUCUGAAGUCGCUCCUGUUUUGACUUUCUUCUCUUUUCAGGAAGUGUGUAGAUAAUAUGUUGAACUUCAAAUCAAUCCUCAUGAUCAAAAUGACUGAAUGAUUUUGGUUUGGUUUGGUUCACAGUUUUAAAGUCUCGGGUUGCUUUAUUUUUGGUACCAUGAGGAAAGCAGACUCAGCACAUAUGAUUUAGUCCUUUUAUUAGUAAUCUAAGGAAUUUUUACUGGUCCAAGGUUGACAGUUCAGCCUUGUGGGCUAAACGUGAUUCCUUCUUUAUAAUGUUUUAAAUGACACGUCAUUAUAUUAUAAUAUACAAUUAACUGUGAUAUAAUCUGUAAGGAUCAUAUGCAGGAUUAUGCAGUUCCUGAAUUUCAUCAGUUUAGCACGAAAUGUGCUUUCACUUUGGGAAGAAAAUAUGAGAGAAGUACAAUGAAUAAAUACGAUCACCUUGUGCUUUGCCUUUUUAAAAUUAUACCAUUGUUUUGCAGUUUACAGAUUAUUCCAUAAUGACUGGAUUGUGAUAUUAUUGAGAUCACAUUUGGUACAUAAGGUCUGGCCACUCCAGUGUAGUGCAAAGGGAAUCGUUAAGCACAAAGGCUUAUGAUGAUGAUGGAUUGAACCAUUUCUAAUCGAUUAGAAUUGAUCGAUACCCAUCACUACACCACACUGCACUGUAUCUAACGGCACCACACUGUCUCUUAAGAUCUUCUUUGAUUGUUUUGUAUAAGAUCUCAUCCUAUUAUGAGUCACUUUGAAAGUCUUCAAUCACAGUGCACUCUGGCUCAAACGUUAACAAUGCCCUCAUUACAAUCUGCAAAUACAGUCAGCUGAUGAACCUUUCUUGAGGAUGUAAUUAAUUGGGGUAGGAGAAAAAAUCAUUACAGCACAGUAUUGCGAUAUUUUGUCUGGUGAUAUAUUGUAUCAUCUCAUUGACCAAGUAUUGAUUUUUCAAAUUAAUUGCUAAUAUGAAGUCAAAUCUAUGAUAAUGGAAAAAUAAAAUUAACUGUUUGUCUGGUGAGGUUGGCAGAGGUGACAUCAUAGAGCAGAGUUCAUAGAUCAAAGUAAGAGCAACAAAUAUAUUUAAGGUUUGUAAGGUGUGCUGCAUGAAGAUAAAAUACUGUGUAAAUAAGACAAACCUAAAGGAAAGACAAAUGUUAAUUUAGCUAAACAGUUGUAUAAAUUACAAAAUUUGUUUUGCAAUACUUACUGUAUUGCAAAAUGUUAAAAAUCACAAGAUCAUAUUAGGGAUGUGCCGAUAUACAAUUUAAUUGCGAUAUGCGAUAUUAAACGGCCGCGAUAAUGAAAUCGGAAGGUACUGUAAAAAUCGUUCCACAAUUAUAAGUUAAAGACGAGUGGCAGCGUCACUCAGCCGAGUACUUACCAACCUAACCCACUUGUAGUCUUACCCACGGUGUCAAAGCCUCUGUAGCAAAAUGUACAAACAAACCACCACAAAAGUAGUCCCAUAUCAAAAAAAAAAAAAAGCAAAUAUUCCGAAUCAGAGGGCUAUUGUUUUCGGCUUAUCUGAAUAGUCUGAAUGAAAUCACUAAAGGCACACGCUUUUGAAUCCACCCAACGGAGAAUGACGAAAUGCCUCGGCUGUAUCCUCCUAUUAAAAAGGUGUCGUUGGCAGUAUGGACGUUUUACAGCUUCACAAAACAGACGGAGCAGGUAAACCUGACACCAAUUUGCAGGUUAUGCCGUAAUGAAGUUGCAGCGCCGUUGUCUAACACUUCAAACCUACAUGCCCACCUCCGUGAACACCAUCCAGCAUCAUUCGCCCAAAUCAAGGUAAAAACAACAUGACUGCAACAAAUUUGGUCUACUCUACUGCUUAUUAUUGACGUUAGUGACAUUUCUGCUAACUUAAGCUGCAAAAAGCUAAAGCUACCAACGUCUCGUUAUCUGCCUCUUGCUCAUAUUGUUUGUGUGGUCAUGCUGUGCACAGAGAAGUGAUUUAGUUUUUUGCCAUUUUUAAUAACGUUAAAAGCAAUGCGCCAAUAUCGUGAUAAUAUCGUGAAUCACGAUAUUUUGGGCCACCAAUGUCGUUCGUGAUAUCAAAUUUUUCAUAUCAGCACAUGCCUAGAUCGUAUCAUGGCCCAAGUAUCGUGAUAAUAUUGUAUCGUGGGGCCACUGGUGAUUCCCACCCCUUGUAAAAUAUUGCAAGUUCUUCUUGAGGUUUUUCUGCUCUAACACUCAGUCAGGGCUCAAAAAUCCCCUUUUAGUCCAACAAAACACCUUUAAGGAAUUCUAGUGAAAAGUGUGAUGAAGAUGCCUCUUCAAGUGUCAGGACAAAUGUAACAGAGCGAGACAAGAGGCUGAAGUUUUGGCUGAGGCUUGGCUGUGCCAUGGAUACCGCUGCCUCUGCUGUUGUUUAAAGUGUGAAAUGCCAGAAGUAAGAAAAGAAGACUGAGAAGAAACUUUAAAAGACAGAAGAACUGCAUUUUUUGUUACCAGGCUAUUGUGGGCUGGAGUUUUAUGAGCUUUGAGACUGGGGGCAUGGUAGUGGUGAUUUAUAGCUUUCAUUAUCAUGGUUAUACCACACUGUUGGCUCCCAGUGGACACUGCACACAUACCUACACACUUGAUAGAAAUGUGGAAGCUGGAGUUGUGGCGAGAAAGAAGUGCCGAGCAAUUAAAGCUUUCUUUUGUGCUGCUCUGACAAAAUGAAAUGUUAAUGCUGCUGCAGGUCUGUAUCUGGAGGUGAAGUUUGUGUGGCUUUUUAAGACAGAGCUCACACACAUACACACUCACACAUCGGCAGGCUUUUACAAAAAGACUCACAGACACAGACUUUCCUGGCUACCUGAGUUUGAGAUAUUUUUCUAUUCCUGUGUGUGCUGUAGAGAGCAGACACAUGGGGAAACGAAGAAGAGAGAUUGGGAAGGUCUCCCAGUUGAACUUGUGAACUCAAAGAAAGAGAGAGGUGUCAAAUCCCAGCUCAACAUUUUCUGUCUUCCUUUAUUUUGUUUUAUUUUGAGCUGCGGCACAGUCCUGCCUUUGACCCCUCUCUUUUCUCUCAGAUUUACCUCACCUCCUGGAUAACUUUUCAGAUUCUUCACCUCUCUCUACCACUUUCUUUCUUUCUCUUGCUUGAGCUCUGCUGUGAUUUACUGUCCAGGCGGAGGAUCUGCUACUUUGGUCAUGCUUCUCUUCAUUGCCACAUUUUCCCAGUUCCCUUCUGAGCACAGAUGAUUCCCAGGCUUCUUCAGACACACACAUCAUCACGUCUGAUUCAACUCGUCUUUUUGGCUCGAUGGCAGUGAGACUCUGAUAAAAACGAACCACGUCACUGCCUUGCCACAUCAACAUCCUCCCCUCUGAUUAACAUUAAUUCUCUUAAUAGGCUCUUAGUUUAGUGCUUAUUGAAAAUUACAAUGCUGGAUGAGACGUUCACUGUCUUUUACACACACUUCUGAUGAAGAACCGCUAAGUGAACUUUUCCUGGCAGGUCAAGGGCUUGUCAAAGCUUACUGGUCAUUGGUGCAAGCAAGGUUUGGCUGAAAAGCAUCAGCAGCAGAAGAAGCAGCAGCUAAAAUCAGUCCUAAUCCAGGCUUUUCUCCCAAGAAGGUUUAACAGACAAAUAGAUUUGAUCCAGCGGCCCCACCAGCCUGAAUCCCUUUUUUUAUUUUUAUUUUUUUUUAAAAAAGGCUAAAGAGUGUGGGAGAGGAAAACUGAAGAUUACGUCCCUGAGACUGAGGAAUGUGAAAAAGCAGGCAGCUGAGACUUGAUAGAAAGAACUGUGACCAAAACAACCAAGAGAUAGGUUUAGGAUGAGGAAAAGUGAGGAAAGGUGGCAGAGGAACAAAGCUGCUUAUGCUGGCUCUGGGCGGCUUUGAACCGGCUUUGAAAUGCAAUUCACAGAGUAUUUGAGUUUCUGCAAAUUUCCAGAGCUUCUUCAUACACCUCCAUGAAACUUUGUACAAUAGAGUUCCUCUUGAUCACGUGUGAGUUGUUCUCUUAGCAAGGGGUGCAAGGAUGGUAUUUUUAUGGGCCAUUAAAAAGGUGAUGAUUUUACAUCCGUGCGGUUUCUCUUUUCACACUCUUGGCAUUGGUAAAUCAUUUCCAGCUGAAGAUUACAGCCCGGGCUUAGGUAGAGUGGGUUACAUAAGACCAACUUAAAAGGUGCUAAUUAUUCUUUCAGGUUAAAAUCCUUCUUCUUAAGUCAACAGGAAAUGGGAUCCUAGCGACACACGUGGCAGCGCUUUGUGUCAAAGAAAAGGGGCUGGAGAAGCCAUGUUUUGGCAGGUUAAUUUUGGUCUGAUUUCAUUCAUAUGAGUUUAAUUCUUUUCUAAAAGACACAACACUCAGGAUUAGUAAUUCCCCUCCUGUCUGUUUUGCAUGAGGUUCAGGCUUUCAUCAGUCCCCUCCAUGAUUGGACAAGAGCGGGAGAAAGUGUGCGAUUGUGAAGAAGGUUAUUUCCAGUCUCUAAUGUCAUCUGUCUUUUGUUCCCUGGAGCCCGUGACAGUCUUAGUUUGAAAAGACAGACAUAGUAAAUUUGUGACAGACCCAAGGCCAGCGUGGCAGUGACUUAGUCAUGUCCUGAAGAAGUUAUUCAGACAUUGUUCUAAACUGGGAACUUCUAAAGAUCUUUUGAUACUGAAUGAGGUAAAAAAAAAAAUCUUUUGAGUAUUGAGUGUUUUACAAACAAGUGUGUCGUAAAUUUCAUAUGUUGGUCAGAUGUUUUCCAUUGUGGAUGAUUGUGGCAGAGGUGUAGUGUGUAGUAACUGGCUGCAUUUAUCAAAACAUGUUAUAGAAACAGACUGUAAUGUUCACAAGCAUGAUAGAGCUAGCUUGUUUUGUUGAAGACAGUGAUAGUUGUGCAAAAGAACAUUUAGAAAUAAACAUUUUCAGCUGUAACAUUUUAGAAAUGGAGGAUCAUACCAUGUAUCACAGGAGCUUCGGGUCCUCCGAGGCCUUCACCGCUUCACCAACAGGGGGGGUUGGGCAGCCGUCCUGCAAACAGCUUUGAGCCAAAAACAUACAGGAUUCGCGUUGAGCACAUUCCGUCAGCGUCUGCUUCAUAGAGCAGCCCUGGGGAUCACACACAGGAUGCAUUUUUGGAGCCUAGCAGCAGCGUAGGGCAGCUCCAGUCAGCUGGGCUCAACUUUAUGUUGAGCCUCUACUUUAUGUGAAAAAGCAACGUGAUUUUACAGUUUCAGUUUUUUCAGGUUUACUCGUGUUUAGAAAAGUAAACUAUGUUCCUUUAUGCUGUGCUGUUACCUUCAGACAGAGUUAGCAGUUAAAGGUCCUGUUGAGGUCCACAUGGAUCAGGGAUUGACCAUCAGAUUCUUCUGUGGUACUGAUAAAUCCAUAACCAGGAAGUUUCUCAUCUACACGAACUGAUACACAAUUGGGAUUCCACAUAUGAUGUUUUAUUUUAAACUUUACCAGAUGACAUGCGGUUUUCUUACUUGACAUCCUGUCUAGAACGAUCUUGUCUGUGUAGAUUGACGAGUGUUGGAAGUGCAGAGCAGGAAAAAUAGAUAUUGGGCGUAUCUUCAGCAGAGCCGUGCUCGAUUCUCUCCCAAACAAGGAGCUGCGACGGUGUUGAUACACAUCCUGUAUGCGAUGCUGCAUUGAUUAGAAUGGGAACCUAUUUGCUGUGUGAUAUGUGAUGCUGACGUUACGCGCUAAAUACAGAUCCUGUAUGUUUAAGUCUUUUCAGUUAGCCUCCUCCAGAGUUCCUCUUUUCUGUGCCUGAUUUUCCAGUUGUCCAAUUGGUUUUCACAGGUGUACACUCUGUUUGCAGCAGCAAGCACCUGUGGGUCUUUGCUGCUGCUCUCCCUGUCUCAGGCUUUAGUAUUUUAAGUGUGCAGAGUAAAGGGCAGGGGGCGGAUAAAGCUGAUCUAAAGAACCUCUUCUUUGGUUUUGGUCUUUUUUUUAAAUAUAUAUCUAUAUGAUGUUUUGCCAAUUCAACUCUCUAAAAAACAACUUUGCAUCAGUCCCCUGUGAACCCUCUGGUGUUUUCUGUGUGGUUUCUAAUAAGGAUGAGGUCCAGAAAAGAAACAAUGACCACCAGUAGCAGACUGAAAAGAAAGAUAGUUCCCUAAACACCCCUCUUUUUUUCUUGUGCGCCCUGCCAAACAUCUGGACGUUGUCUGUUCUACGGCCUGCGAGUUGAGCUAAUGCGCUGUCUGAAUCCAGGAUACCGCAGCAUGAUUUGUAUUGUCAAGUUGUCUCCUAAAAACCUUUCCAAAAUACACAUUCCUCUUCAUCACAGUCUUUUUUUUUGUUAUAUUGUGUUUUUGUUUUAUAGCCAAGACUAAUGGAUAGAACAUGCUUCACAUCUUCAGUAAGAAUACAUCAUACUGGCGUAAGGAAAUCAAUGAUGGGUCAUGCAAACUUCACUUUGUGGGAGAUUUCACAGAUUGAUUUUGAUGUUAUGUCUGGACUUAACCCAGAGGACAAAAUCCUGAAAUCAUAAGUCAUCUCUCACACAGACUUUAAGAUCUGUUUUGAUUUCAAAGUCCAGAGAGAUGCCUUUAGUCUCGCUCCAGGGGCCAAUGUACAUUCAUCUGGAGUGUCUUGCCUUGACUUCUUUCCUUCUCCUGCAUCCUUUCUCUUAUUUAUCUGCCACCUGAAGAGCUCUUGUGGCUUCUGGAUCGAGCUUUCUCCACUCAUUGCAUUCUGGAGAUUUUUCUCAAGCUCGGUCCGUCUGAAUCACUGUAUAGUUUGCUUCCUGAUCUACAUCUAGUCACAUUCACAGUAUUGGUCAUAGCAGAAAAAUCUCCCAGCUUCCCCUUACAAGCAUGAUCUCCCUGCAUUCCUUUCAUGGUUUACAAUGUUAAAUAAAACUGAACGGUUCAACUUGUCGGUCAUUUGACUCCCUUAAAGAUGUUUUUUUUUUUCAUGAACUCUGAAACAAAGCUGUCAAAACUGGUUUCAUGAGAACCAACAGACUAAAACCGAACUUCGAGGGUUCACAAUCAUUAACCAGAAAUAUCAACAGAGCAUGACUGAUGGACUGUGAGAGUGAGGCAUUGCUAAGCUCAUCAGGGUUGGGUCGUGCAGCUGCAGUCACAAACCGUGUCCCAGUGGGAACUAAAGGUUGUCUAAUGAUUUACUGUACUGUGUUUAAUUCAAGUUAACACGCUUAUUUUAGUGUUUUUCUUUCAUCUAAAAGUUUGAUCACAUGGGUUUACUAUUUUCCAAACACUGAUCCGACUCUAGAAAGCCAGAAACAAGAUCAAGAAAAGAGGAGGUCGUAUUUCUGGCCCCAAGUCUUGUAAAUAGUUUCCCUUCUGUGACUUGUUGCCUUGACUUGUUUGAAGAAGUUGCCCUUCGAUUUGAGCUGUGUAACAGAACUAAAGCAUUUCCAGUUAUCAGCUGCAUAUCCGCCAUGCAACAGAGGAUGAAUGGAUAGUGUGAGAAACAGAAUUAUAGGCUGACAGACGGACAGAGGUUUGGUGUAAAGUUGACUCAUGUUUGGGUUCUGUUUGCCCUUUAUCUAUGAAGCAUCUGCGGAGAGUGGUAGAAAGUGGGAGGGCGUGCUGAGCAACUGUGUACAUUUGUUCCAGUUUGUCGGAGGUUUCUCCCAGACUGACAUGGGCGCACCAUUAGCAAGCCUCAUUAGGCUGAAUGCCAGCCAGCAGAGACAGACGACGCAGAGGUCCAAGGUCCAUGUCGGCAGUCUGUGCUAAUAGUCUGGCCCAGAGAGCGAGGGUAGUGGAGCGCACUGGUUUACGCUAAGACUGUACAAAUGGGUCUGGAGGAUACAUCUCAAAUGUGGUGUGGAGGAUUUCAAAAAGGGAGUUGUUCUUUUGCCGGAUGUUUCAUUGGACUCGCUCAUGAUGGGCGGUGUGAUGAAACUAAGCAGGGGACAAUAAGUGUCGAGUAAUCACUAAUGAUAAUGAAUCCAUUGAUUCGUGAAGUAAGCUACCGGACCGAAAAUCGAAAAAUCUGCUUAGGUUAACUUUGGAGAGAUUUUUUGAAGUAAUCUUCUUCAAAUCAUACCACUUCAUGUUUUUACCUCUCAGCUGGAUCAUUUUCUCUCUUUAAGACUGAAUCCAGCAGGUCCAAUUAAGCCCUCAGUCACAUCAAGUCAAGGCCGUACAGAUUGAGUUGUCAGAUGUGUCAGACUUUGGUGUGGGGAGCCGGGACUUACAGGCUGAUUCCUCAAUUGAUUAUAUCUGGUGGGAAGCAAAAUGUUAAAGUUGGUCGUUGAGAGAACACAUCACAUUUCAGGUCAAGUCGGAUGAAUUCACAGGGCCACACAGAUUGAAUCCAUAACGAGUGUCUUUUGCAGUCAGCAGAGUUGGCGGCCGCUGGCUCGCUUCUCCAGGAAAUCCAGCCAACCUCCUCAGAGAGGAACUGAAUAUACAUGUGGUGUGUGUGUGUGUGUGUGUUCAAAAACAGCUCCAGAUGACUUGUUUGAGCUGUGCACACUGUGGACAAUUGUCUUUCUAGCCUAAUGAAUGGUGUGCAUCUAACUAAUGAAAACCUGUAUUUCACCAGUCUUCAUAGUACAGCAGGUCUCUGAUGGAUCUGGAUCUAGGAUUUACCAUGCAGUGUUUAUGAGAACAGGCAUUUUGUGAUUGGUGCUUGACUGGUCCUGUCAAAAGUCACAUUAAACUGAAAAACAACUGUUGGUAUCAGAAAGUAUCUGUAUUGAUUUGCAGUAUGGGUAUCAAUAUCUGUAUACCAUAAACUCCUUACCCAACCCAUCCCCCACAUUGCAUCUUUGAGAUUUAAACCAUGACUCUCCUAUUUCCUGACAACAAGAGGUUUUCAUUUAGUUACUAACUUGCCAUCCUAGCCUUGGUUCAGAAUUUGCUUUAUCAAAAGACACGCCCACGCUUUUGUUGGUCCUCCUCCUGCCUCUUUAGUCGUUUUCAUCAGCAAGUGUUUGUUCACAGUGGGAUCCUCUUCUUUUUGGGAAAAAUGGUUUCAAAUUAAGACUUUUCUUUCAAAAAAAAAAGUUUUCUUCAAAAUCAAAAGAGAUAAAAAUUACUUGUCAGGCUUUUGGAAGUGUUUAUUCCUGAGAUCUAAAAGAAAAUAAACUGGCAUGCACUGAGAAAAAAAAAUAUGGCCUGACUGUCAAAGUUGAGAUCAUGUCAUGUUGCUGCUUUUAACUGACUUACAACUAUCUGAUUAUGCAGGAAGGCCUACACACAACUUCAUCCUUAUUUUCUAGAUCAGCAUUAUAGUGGUAAUCAUUGACUAUAGCCAGGGCUGCAGGAUUAAUUGAUUUUAAAUUGUAGUCAGAUUAUUUGAUUAUGAUGGUGUUAAAAAAAUUUAAAUCAUCGAAUUGAUUUUCCUCUCUAUCAUGUCUUGCCCCUCCAGGCCACCCCCUCUCUGAGGUAGCGCUCCCCAGUUCCCACGCACACCAGUAGUAACAAACAUGGCGUUUGCAAAAGAGGACGAUAUUUUCGUGGCUGAAAGGGGCAAGAGCAAGUCAGUCAUAUGGAAUUGGUACGACUUCACAGUUUCGUACGAAGAGCAAACCACUCCCCGCUGCAAAGUCUGUAUUUUAUUUUUGACCAAAAUCGUGCAGCCCUAACUGUACAGCUUAGACAAAAUAUAUGACGGCAGUAGCUCAGGAGGUAGAGCGGUCGGCCAAUAACUGGAAGGUUGGCGGUUCGAGUCCUGUUCUAUCCUUAGUCUGUCCGUUGUGUCCUUGGGCAAGACACUUAACCCACAUUGCUCCCAGUGUGUGUCCUCCACUGGUGUAUGAAUGUGAGUGGCGUGUGGUGGUGGCCGGAGACGCUGUAGGCGCAAACUGGCAGCCACGUUUCUGUCAGUCUGCCCCAGGGCAGCUGUGACCACUAAGGUGGUUUACCACCACCAGGUUGUGACUGUGUGAGCGAAUGAAUGAUGUAUCCAAUGUAAAGCGCUUUGAGGUCACUGACAAAAAGUGCUAUAAAAUCUGAUGCAUUAUUAUUACUAUUAUUAUGACCAGCAUUUUAAAUCACAAAAAUACAAACAAUAGAUAACCCACAGUUUUUAGUGCCAACCGGGAUAACUACAGUUAACAGUUUAGUCGACCAAAUGCUGAAACUUCUUAUUGUUCCGGAUCAGCACAAAUGUUAUCUGUAACUUUGACCAGAUCUAGUCUGGCCUUUUGGUGACAUUAUUGCAUCAUCAGGAUGUCCAGAAACACACUUAGAUGCUUUGAUUGAUUCAGAUCUGAUACAGGAGUCUAUUUCAAUGAUUAUCACACAAGACAUUGGCAAACAUCAGCUGUUACAUUUUCAUGGUUUUGAAUCUCUAAGUGAACACUGUUUUUUUCUUGUAAAUUAGACUUUAGGUCAUUGUUCAUACUGUGGUUAUUGUCUCAUUUCAGGGUCACUGGAGAGCUUCAGCCUGUGUCACUUCAGUUCACUGACCUCAUCAAGCCUCUGCAGACAUCAGUGAGUAGUCAGGUUUUUAUGAUGGGUUCAGUUCAGGUUCAACUCAUCUGGAGGUUUGUGCAGAACCAGUUAAGGGGACUGUUUUCCUGCCUUGAAAUGAAUGACCAUGUAUCACACAGCUUUCACUGAUGAAAGAACCUUUUAUAACCUCUGGUACUGUUGACCCCUGUAGUGAACUUUGCUGAUGAUGGAUAUUUGUCCUCCAUUAAGCUGUUAAAGACGAACAUGUUUUCCUGUUUUUUAAAUUAGCCUUUUAACUAAUGAUCAACCAAUAUUCUCACUCAAACCUACUUAGUGGAUAAUACUUUACUGCAUCAUUUCCCAACUUGAUAGAGGGUUCUUUUUGGUGGUGUGUUACUCUGUUUCUUCAUAGUUUGCUGUUAUUCUCAGGGCCUUCCUUCAGUGAUGGAGUUACACUAAACACACACUGAUGGUUGGUCUAUUGGCUAAACUGUGGUUCAGAUGGUGGCAAAAAGCCAGUGGACACUGUUUGUUUUGUUUGGGUAGAGUAAACUGAAGAAGUUUGCAUGAUAUGAUCUAAGACUUUAAAAACUUUGGAGGGAAUAAUAUUGAUUUUAGAAUAAGGAGUAAACUGCUUUGAGAUAAAAAGUUGUGAGGGGGCAGCUCUUAUCUUUAAGACUGAAACAGAAUGUUUUGUUCCAGUAAAUGCUUUGCUUCCCUCUCUCUCUCUCUGUGUCUCUCUCUCUCUCUCUUUCUCUCUCUCACCUCCUCCUCCGGCCAGCAAUGCUGCUCUCCUCUCCUCCCACACACACAAAGACACACAGCACUGUUACAGACACUACUAUAUUCUCACAAAUAUGGAGGGGAGAGGAGGAGGAGGAAGACAAGGAAUGACGGAUAGCAUGAAGAGUGGAAGAAAAACACACCAGAGGAAAGAGACAGGGACGAUAAUAGAAGGAGUAGAAGACACUUUUCUUAAGGCAACAAGGGGCUUGGAAGUUAUCUCUAAUUGUGCUGCUUAUAAUAAGGGAUGUGCACGUUUUGGUGACCAAGCGAUUACAUCCCAAAAUGCGAAAAUAAGAGUCAAUUAAGCAAAAAAUUAUUCAUAUUUCUACUGUUGUAGGUUCGAAAUGCAGGUCAAACUUUUCGUGUAAGCUGUUGAGCUACCAGCCAAAGAGGUAGCUGUGGUCAAAGUCCGCUGCCAUAAUGUCAUGAUGCUCUACUACUAGGAUGUAAAACAAGCAGAGAAGACACAUAUAACCACUCAGAUUGUGUGAUCAUGUGUUUAUGUAAGGAAAUUCACUCCUAUGUAGAUAUGAAAGGCUUAAAGUGAACAAAACAACAGGAUUUACAGAUGUAGGUGCUUAUACACAGGUUAAAACAAACUUGUGACUUUAAUAGUCCAUUUGUAUUGAAUCAAUUCCAUUCAAUGCCACUGAAUUUUACAUACUGUCCCUUGAAAUCUGUUUGAAAUCUCAAGCAAAACAGUUACCAAACCAUGUGUUUUUUUGCCAAAUAUGCCAGUAACUUUGACACAGCUGAGUUGAUCCCAUUUCAAAUAUUCCAUUUAAAGCCAUGUCUUUAAAAACACUCUUUACAGUCUCUGCUCAUCAAGUGUGUUUUUCUUCAUCAUGACGCCAUUCAGCUUCACAAAAAAAGAAUAACACUGUAUCCCCAAGCUGAAAACUACCUGCCUUUUCUGUUAUCUUAAACUCUAAGGGUGCUGCAUGAGUUUGAAACAGGUUACAUGUGGAUUUGAGCCUCGCUAAAUUCGAAGAGCACUGUAGCAUAAUAUCUUCCUAUCCCUCACAGCUCAGAAGACUCUCUCACUGCGCUGUGAGUGUCAGUUCAGAUGGCAUGGAGUUGCUGAGAGUGUCAGGAACUGUGGGGAAGUACCACAAAAUGUGGAGGGUUGUCAAGGGCUCACUUUGACUUCACUGUUGAAGAAACACAGGAUUUCUUCCACGAGAUCAUCUCUCAUACCUCUUUGUUACAGCUGUGUGUAGAGGUUGUUCCUAAUUUCUCCAAUACUAUGUAAGGAGGUUAAUUCCAUACACACCAAUUUAAAGCACCUUUGUUGUUCGGUUUAGUCCACCCAGUGCUGUCUCUGUCGUUUACAGACUGUGAUGGAUGGAUGCAGAGGAAGAAAAGAGAAAAAGGAUACAGCUGACUUGAUGGACUGACGACUCACUUACGUUCUGUAACCAUCUCUCUCUUAUUCCCACUCCCAGUCUCAGCUUCUCAUCUCCUCCCACAUGCUCUCACUUUGAGUGAGGAAUCAAUCCUUCUCACUUCCAUUAUCUCUCCCUAUCUAUCUCAAGCGCUCUCCCUGCCUCUUCAUUCUGGCCAUCCUCUACCAAUCGAACACGCUUCCAGUGGGCACAAAUCAACGUGAGGGUCUGCAGUCCCGCAGCAGUCACACCACAUCCUCAUUAGGUCGAUUCUAGUGGCCCACCUUACCCUGCCGCACCCCUCUCUUCCUGUAAUUGGGCAAAAACCUGAGCCUACCUGUCACUAGAGGCCCAAGUACAAAUGGUACAAUUUAUUCCUUACUGCCUCAGGCACUAUUAGCAGAGAGCAGGUUUUGACAUUGACCUCCAAGUAACUGUGGGUCACUGCUGCCGAGUGUCGGUGUCAGUAAUGGAUGUAUUCUGGGGAGUUGGAUCUUAUUCAAACCACCAUCACCUUUGCUACCUCAUCCAAUUUCUGUGCAGACAGUAAGAUAGAUGAAAUGUGAAUGUCUCUAGGUCAAACUCAGCUAUUUUUAGCUUAUUAUUAUUGCUUUGUUCUUUCUGCCAUGACUGGGGGCUUGACCAUGUGCAGAUAUCGCUAAGCUGUUAUGAAGAAGGGCUCAAUAAAUAGGAAGAUGUAGGUAUUGUGUUGCAUAUGAUUGGUUUAAGUAGGAGGUGAAGUAUUGACGGAAACAUCUUAGUAUUUGGAGGGAUUUUGCCUUCAACAGUAAUAAUAUGAAAAAAAGAAAAAGGUCUGGUAUUGUGCGAGUCUGCUUUUGUUAGUAGUGUAUUAAAUUGUGUUUGUGGUAAUUAUAAGAACAACUAAUGUGAGCAAAACAAGUCCUAAUUACUAAUUUCAAAUUGAGUCAUUGAAGUAAAAAUGAUCCAAAACCCCUGAAAUUACCAGAGCGAGUGUGGAGCUCAAACAGUACAAGUAUGAGCAAACCACUCUGAAGUGGCAACACAGUCAAAUAUCCCACAAAAAACAACAACAAAAAUCACUACAAGAUUAUCUGAUUCGUCACUGGAUGAGUACUUUUGUUUGUACAAAAACAGCCCCCUUAUUGAAAAUGACUGUGCAGAGUUUUACUGCGCUUUUUAAAGCUGCAAUGUCUUCUUCCUGCUGCUCUGCUGUCUGCACGUCAGGGCUUUUGGAGGUUGAGCUGACACUUGUAUAGGGCUGCAACUAACGACUAUCUCAAUAGUCGACUAGUCACCGACUAUUUAAACGAUUAGUCAAAUAUGUCGACAAUGGAAUUCAUUGUCUACUUUUUCAUUAUCAAUUUUUGUCAACGUUGAGGAAUUCUCGUAGCCCUACACUCAUACACAAACACACAAAUGUACACAUCAGCUUGUUUGCACAUGUGCACAAACAUGAUGGCUGCAGCCUCUCUCUCCUUGUGCUCAUCCUUCCCUCAGCUUUGUCAGACACGCCUGUCUCCUUCUGCUCCUCUCCCUGCUCUCCUCUCUUGACAUGUAGCUGCUGCUUUAUUCAAUGUAUAGAAUGUAACAGGGGUAAUAAGCAACUGACACCGUUCAGUCUCUAUUGUCAUAUUUUAAUGAUCAUUUGAGGCCAUAACUGUAAUCAAAAUUGGAAUAACCAUCCAGCGUUAACACGCAGUAAGUGCAUGAGCAUGUACACAGGUCAAUGCUAUGUGUGUUAGUCAGUUCAGCUCCUGUCGUAGAAAAAAAUUGGGCAGAGUACCAGCAGAAAAGCUCCGCUAUCCACCUGCUACUAACAGUUUAGACCUGAAUGCAGGUGUGAGUGUUUGCUGUCUAGAAACAUACCAGUCAGUAGCGGUUCUAGGCACGGGCGAACAGGGCAGCCGCCCGGGGCGGCAUUUGUGUCAUGACUCAUGGGGGGCGGCACGAGCACUUCCAAAAAAAUAAAAUAAAAGAUAAUAAUAAUAAAUCUUAACCGAAAAGCGGUUUUGUAUUAACUCUUGUUGUCAAAUUGGCACCCCCCGCUGCUGUAGGCGCCCCUGCUUGCUCCGAAGGUGCUGCACAGAGGCUGACAGACUGUAGGAGACGAGGCGGGGAGAGAGUCGCGGGGGGACAGCUCUGCUCUGUGUACGCAUGUCAGCAUAUCAGCGGGAGCGCGGAUACGUCAUUUUGUAGUUUUUUAAUCAUUUCUGGAGUCGCGGUGAAUGAAAUCACCGUACCCGUCUGCCUUUGAUAGGCGAAUAAAGCGCUCGGGUUCAUGCUCGGAUCUUGCUACGUGCUUGAUGAGCUUCAUGAGUGAAGUAAACAAAGACAGAGGCAAAGAGCAGCUUCAGAGGAGAAACAUCCAGCAGUGUGAACAACCUCUUCAUAUGGAGUGCUGUGGCUCACACUAUCAGCGUUUUCUCUGAGUGUUGCAUGACUUUGGGUGAGAACAGAGAUGAACACACUGUCAGCCACGUAUUUAUUUAUUCAUUUUUUAGUUUUUAGUUCUGCUUUUGUACUGGCACUAUACUGGGGCAGCUGUAUACCCUUUCAACACCUUAUUUUCUAUAUUUACAUUUGUAUUGAAUGGACACUUUGUCAUGACUGCCACUUGUUUUACAGAAAGCAAAUUAUUUGUCAUUCUCCAGUGCAGAGCCUCUACUUUUAUUUAUACAGCCGCUUUAUUUCAUUUGAGUUUGUUUGUUCAAGGUUUUCAAAAUGUGAUGAAGGUUCGCAAAACUAAAGGAGAGCUUUCUUGAAAGCCACGUGUUUAAGCUCUCAAAUACUUUUUGAAUUUUGUUUCUAUCUACUACAGAGGCCGAGAUAGCAUCUUUUUUGUAAACCUUAACACUUCAGAAAACCUCAGGAUCUGGGGGCCCUUCUCAAAAUGGCCCUCAGGAUUGUGUUUUUUUCUAUUGAAGGAUUUCUGCAAUUGAGAAAUAUUUUAUUUUUGUUGUUAUAAUAAUAAUAAUACUACAUAGUAAUACAAAACUAUCUGUUCAAAAUUCUAUCUCUUUUUGUGUUUGUGUGUGUGUGUGUGUGUGUGUGUGUGUGUGUGUGUGUGGGGGGGGGGGGGGGGGCACUUGGAGAGGUGCUCGCCCGGGGAGUAAUUUGGUCUAGAACCGCCACUGAUACCAGUGCUUCAUUUUACCAUCAGAAAGUCGCUUUGUUUCAGCUUCUACAUUUACAUGUUACAAUGACUCUGCAAGCAAAAGAGCGCAAACACUCACACUCCUAUUAUUGAUGUUUGUUUUUUCGUUUUAUGUAUUGACACCAACCUGCUAAUGGGACUGGGGAUGGAAAUUAGCUGUUUGGCUAUAAUCCCAUACAUUUACAUGUUAAUGUUAAUUAAUGCAUAUUGUCCCGUUUAAAAUUAAUAAAUGAUAAAUCCUAAAUCCUUUGUGAAUGAGAAUAGUGCCAAAAAGUGAGGAAACAUUUUGAGGAGAUUGAUCAUUGGAUUUACAGUUCAUAUUGUUUCUUUUGUUCUAUUUUUACAGCUUGUGUUUUGGUGCAAAAACUUGUUUGGGAAGUGGUAAAACCAGUUUUAGGUAAACCAGUUGAAUUCAUAGUUGAACUUAAUCCACUUCUCUUAUGCCACAUGUAAAUAAAGUGUAUUUGUAAAGCUUAUCUCACAAUGUACUCCACAAAAGAGUCAAUAGAAGGAACCUGUUUGGGAGCUUGAUUUGAAACCUGAAAGUUGAGGUCGAGCAUGUAACAAUACAGUUAUUUUGAGGCCUGUAAAAACACUCAUGAAUGAGAAUUUGGAAAGCCAGAGGGCAUUUAUAAACCUCGAUCUAGGAGUUAAAGUAUUGUAGCUCUAUACUUCAGCUCCUUAAACCCACAUUAGUGUAAUUUGCUAAUGCUGCUGCUGCCUCUGCAGAAGGCAGUCUUAAUGAAAGGAGAGCUUGAGGUGUAAUAGCAGCAGAGUAGUGUUAACUCACACCACAACACUCAAGCAGAUUAUCUGCUUUUAUUGAGCUAAUGCCAGACCUGUUUGUAAGCGGUUCAGUGUUUUUCCUGAAAAUGACUCCCAGCCCAGUUCCAGUCUGGAGUGUGACUGGCUCAGCCAUUCCCUGGCUGACCUGUCACUUCCUCCAGAGGAAACAGGAAGCGGCUGAGAUGUGCUCCCUUUUGGAGUAUGAGACAGCUUCCUCGGUUUAGAGGAAAGCUGGCGCAACAACAAAAAAAGUUUUCUUAACUUUUGAGAUCAAACUAUAAACAUCCACUCCUUCUUAGUUUAACUUGAAAUUUGGCUUCCUCCUCUCUUAACAAAAACAAACAGCACCAGGCUGAGAUGUAAACGAGUGUUUUUGCCACAGUGUCAACAGGUAAAGUAUUUACGUGGUCAGGUAAUACUCAUGUUGUGUUUUCAGACGUAUUUACACCUAGUAAAAGAACGUUGCAUUAGCUCACCUCAUUGUUUAGUUUAAGCUCUGUGCACACAAACCCAGUGUUUGUAAGAUUUACCCACUUUGGCAAGUGUUUGGGAAAAGCUCAGCCUUUGGGCGAGGAAUGCUUUGUAGCGUGGAUGAGGGCUGGAACAGAGGGAAACAGAUUGAACACGGAUGGUAAUAUAAGAUUGAGAGCUCAGGUGGGAGUGGGUUGAAUCCACAGAGGAUUCAUUCAUAUUUCUCCUCGGUAAUUGUAAUUUUUAUGCCUGUCACUGUCCCUCUGCUGUCCAUGUUUCUGUCUGCCUGUCUAUCCUCCACUCCUUGUUUAGAGUGAGCUGCUUUUCAGCCCUCAGUCCCACUCACUCCUCUUCUUACUGCAGUGCUGUUCAGCUCAGUGUUGCCCACGCAGAGCGGCGCCAUUUUGGAAAUCUGCAGCUUCUUUCUGAAGGCUGUGAAUCCAUGGAUUUCUCCCUGUGGUUACUACGGCAGUUUCAUGUGAAAAAGCAAAAAUGACAGUCAGCUAUCAGUAAAGAAAGACAAUAAUAUGACAGUGUUAAAGCAGCAUCAGAGAGACCUAUGUAGGCAUGAAACGUAAUUAUCUUCUACAUUCAUCUCUGACUGUACUAGUGUUUGUGAGGCUUUAAACAGACUUUCUUUUAAAGCAGCAGCUCAGACUUGUUUUUUUUUUCUUCUUUAGAUUUAAACAUAUAAUUGGUGAUUUGUACAUUGUCUGGACCUUGAACCAGGUCAUGUCAUUUAAAUAUAAAAGACACCCUGCUGCGGUUACCAGGAAUGUAUUCAUUUUUAGCCUUGAUAACAAGGCUGUGGUUUGCUUUGCCCUCACACUCACUUGAUGUUUUUUCUUCUUUCUUUUUUUUGCUUUCUUCCAAAUUGCUAUUUUCUUAAACUUUGCUCUGUAAUUAAUUGAAUUCAUCUCUACAUAUCCUCUCACCAUCCUCUGCCUCAGCACUCUCUCUUUUUUCCCUUUUCUUUAUCUCUUCCCAGAACAUCAGCUCUCGGCCACUGUGUUAAUUACACCACACUUAGGUUUCUUUCUCUAUUAUUCACCACUCUGCUAGUUCUCGUUGCUGGCUUUUCCCUUCACUGCCAGCAUUUCACUUGGGUCUGUUGGAAGGAGAAGGGGGCGUGUACUGGUGCCUGAUUCAAGAACAAAUGGCUGUUUAGCGUCAUCUGAUUGGCACAGAUUAGAGGGCUCUCACUGGUGGUGCGGAGGUGGCUUUUGCAGAGGAACAGGUGGCUGCAUUGCUGCUGUCUGAACACAGCUGACUGAGCCAUUCGCCCAGACUGUGUUUCUACUAUUUCUUAAUGACAAUUUGCUCUAGUUAAUGCAGCUGAAUGGAUGAAGACGGAAAAAUGGGUUCAAGUGCUGAUACGAAACCAGGUUUCAGCCUAAUUUGGUUUCAUUUUUGACUUGUCAGAGACACACACAUUGAUUAAAGUGCUAAUAAUGCGUUUUAUAUGGCGGCUUUAUAUGAAGUGUUACCAAAUGCUGUAACAGAAAUCACUACCAAUGGUGCACGAUAAACAAAAAGAAUUCUCAUUCUUUAGUUGUGAGCAGUUUUGUGACGGAUAAAGCCAAGCAUACUCUCUGGACUGAUGUCAGGAGAGUAUGUUGGGGGUAAAACUCAUGCUAUUACACUUGUUGCAGAUCAGGAUGUGAAUCUAUCAAGAGAUCACAUUCCACAGAGCAGAUGAGUGUACAUCUGGAAACUAGUGGUGACCUCAGCGCUGUGAAUGAGUGAUUUUGUCAAUCAUUGCUGUAGCUGCUGUAAACUUUCUGCAGCUCUCAGAUCUGCAGUAUGGUGCUUGCUGUUUUAAUGAUGCUAGCUCUAGCUGUGGCUGCAGCUGCUUCGUGUUCCUCAAGACAAGUUUGUACCGAUGAGUUCAAGAUUUGUGGAGUUAAAACUUUUGUUUCUCCUCUCAAAAAAACUGCAGCAUGUAAGCUUCAACUCCUCUGAUAAAACAGUAAAAUGGACACACACAGCUGACCUCAUAUUUACUGUGUGUGGCAGAUCAUGAACCUCCAACUAUUAUGUCAGAAAAAACAAACCAAAGGAACUUUUAUGGCUUGUUUUUAUCUGAUAAAAUGAUAAUGAUAAUAUCAUGAUAGAUCACAAUAUAUUUUGUCAUAUCAGCUAUUCUUUAUUAUUAUCACGCUAUUUUUUUGCAUUUUUUUAAACUGCCAGUUUUAAAGCAUCUGUACUAAAAACUAAAGAAACUAGAGAUUAGUUCAACAUUUUACUAAAAUACAAAGUAAAUAAAGCAAAUUGAAUAAAUUUGCCUGCCAUUGCUGUCAGCAGUGGCAGGCUGUACAGACUCCGCUCGCAUUUUCAUGCUUUCCACAUAAUCACUUGGGAAGUACUUCAUUCUGUUUAGUUCUCCUGUUUACUUCUCCGGCAACUCACAGAAGUGAGCAGGAAAAGCUCCACUCUGAUUGGCUGUUGUCAGGCACAUUUCUGCGAUGUUUGAUCAAGUUAAUAUGCUCACAGCUGAUCACUGUGAUCAAACUGAAAUUUAUCACGUUCAUUAAUCAUGAUCAUAUAAUUGCCCAGUCCUAGUUUUUAUUGAAACGCUUCCUUUGUCAGGCUGCAAACUAUUGUGGAUCCCUAUGAAAUCUACAUGAUUUUUCAGUGAAGCAGGACACUUUGUUUUUUAAUAUGAAGUUAGUUUUUGCUUCAGCCUCCAAACUGGAUUGUAAAAACCUUCACGAAAUGAAAGUGGAACUGUCCCUGCACCCACAUAUUUGUGGUAGGUGGCCUCUUCGGUGGGUGUGCCAUCAAAAUUGAAUAUAUUAAAAUCAUUUGGCUGGUGUAACUGAGCUCUUAAAAAGCUGUAAUUCUAUUUUUUGAGUGCUUAAAACUAGAUUUAAACUCUGUGGAGUGGUCCAAGCCACCAUAAGCUCUUGCCCUGCUUUGGCUAUGAAGGGAACGUGCAUGUAGAUGAUGGUUUCAUCAGCAAAGAAGUGUAUUUUGCUUAAUUAUCCUUUCCCAAAUCAUUUAAUUAUCUAUUAUUAACAUGCAAACAACACACAUGAGACUCACCGCUUAUUAUCAAAAUUAAAAUCCAUCCUCUCGUUGGUGUAUUUUUGCUGUAAGUGCACACCGCUGCCUAACACACACAAUUACUCACACUAUGCAGCGACUACAAACCCCCCUGAGUGUAAGAGGCCUGAGCAGUAUCCUUCAAACAUGGAGCCUGCAGCUUGGUUAGUUUCACCAGCUUAUUUUUAGGCACAGGAGGGCUUUGGUAAAUGGAUUGGAAACUCAUAGAUAGUCAAACCCCUGUGUGUGUGUGUGUGUGUGUGUGUGUGUGUUCCUUUGCUGUUUACUUAUUUAUUGUCCUAUGGAGACACAAGGGAGUGAACAAGGUGUGACAGCAUGUGUUAUGGCAGUAAAUGUCAGCCAAUGCAGAAGUAUUUCAGCGUGAAACUCCUCUGCGUUGUCGUGUGUCAGGCCCACCAUGCGGUGAUUCAAAUGACUUUCUCCCAGAUAAGCCUAAUUAGUAUUUUGAUGCUGAUUUUGUCAAGUGGGAUUUAAGACAGGAUGUGUGGAUGACGCUAGAGCGGGACGAGGUGUGUUAACUUAAAGCGAAAGCGUGACAGGCAUAAUCCAGGCAAACAGCUGUCAUUCACCGAUGCGCAUUAGUAAAGAGAAACUCACCCAACCUUUUUGAAGCGCCGCAGAUUUUUCUAAAAUCGAAAUAAAUUCUGCUUGUUUAGAAAAUGAAGCAGGAAGCAUGAAGGUGUUAGGAAUGAUGCGUCCUCCCUGCAGCUUCAUUCAGAUUGGAUGAGUGGAGCAGCAGUAGUGGUUUUUGGAUGUUUGUUAAUUUGACUUCAUUAAUAACACUCUUGUCAGAUUAAUUAUAAAGUUGCCCAGCCAAAAACAUUGGUUUACAAAAGCUCCUUUUUUAUGCAAAUUCAGCUCAGUGCUGUAUAUGUUGCACAAAUUUUGACCUGAUUUGAAGUAAACGGUGUAUGAUCUUUGACAUUAAAUUGUGUGUUUUUGAGCGCAGGAAGGGUUUGACAUCCUUAAUGCACACACACAAUGGAGGCCAUGCACUCAGCGGUUUGCCUCAUCGGUCCAUUUUGCAGCCAUCUGCUGUUCUCAUGGAUAGCUGGACAUGAUCUCUUUAAAUGUUAUUAUAUGAGAAGCUUUAAAAUAAAGAAUAAUGUGAGAUAACAUAGUUACAUCUAGGGGUGGGUGGUAUAGCCUCAAAAUGAUAUCACAGUAUUUCAAGGCAAUUUGCGAUAACGAUAUUUAUGACGAUAUGAAAAAAAAAAUAUAGAACAACAUAUUAUUGGUCACUGCUGCUUCUGAGCAACAGCAUUUUUAUUAUUAGUGUUAAAAAGAGGUUAAAUUACGAAAAUAAAUUCAGAUUUGCCAUACAUUAACAGGACAGGAGUGAAUGACCUCCCAAAAAAUAACUUUUUCCUGUUUUUAUUUUUAGAUAUGUCCUCAAACGUACGAUUACAAUGUUUAACAACAUUUACAACAUUAACCAAGUUGUUUGUUGUUACACACAUCUGUUUGUCUUCUUGUAGAUUUCAUGACUCAAGAAACUCCCUUAGUCCACUCGCAAUCCUCUGGAAAGUAGCUGGUUUCAAGACAGGAGUUGUGCAGCUUCCAGUUGUAGCCUAUGUAAUGGACUGUUGGGCUGAUAGAGGGUUUGGAGGUUUGGCUCGACCACGUCUGUUGUACAGACGAUUCUUUUAUUAGGUGUUUAAAGCCUUUGUCUGACAGCCUGAAUUGGCUUCAUGUAUUUGUCCUCACAAUAAGUGACCGCUUCGGCAACGUCCGAAAACAGCGUCUCUCUUUUUUAAUUGUGCAGAGGGCAGUGAGUGCUACAGCAACAAUGCUCUGUUAAGCCAUUUGUUUACUUUUACUCUGAACACCAGUAGCUGCUUUCAUGUCCUCAUCACGCCUGCUGAUAAUUGGCCGUUUGUUUCAGCUUUAGGUGGUAAAAUUUAUUAGCUGUGUUAGCCAAACCACAUCCACACCACAAAGGUAGCUCCCUUUUUGGUACUAGAUCUUUAUUUGAGGGAAAAGUUGAUGCUCCCCUCUAUUGCUGUUGUGUAUGUAGUAGGGAAUGCCAUACAUCAUUGCGUCCCUACAGUGUAAAUCCCAUGAUAUGACAAAUUUAUUUAACCAAAAAAUGUACACUGAUAUUAUCGUACACUGUAUGAUACGACACACCCCUAGUUACAUCACUCUCAAUGAUGUAUAAAUAACAGCCCAGCCCCACCGGGAAAACCACUCACAUCUCUAGCAACCAGCCAACCAUUUAACUAAAGAUCCCUUCUGCUCGCCAUGAAUAAUAAAUUUUACAGUCACAAAGGGCGAUCUGCCGUACAACCCUGAUUCAUAAGAGCUCACGCGACCCAGAUACAGCUGCUCUGUGUGAAUGGCUUCAAACCAGAAAAGUAGAGAGAUUUCACGUUUCUUUGGAUUUGCAUCGACGCAGCUUUAAAGUUUUCUUUCCUGAGCUAAGAGUGGCUUUUCAAAAACAACAGGAACACUGUGAGUAAUGCGCAAACCAGCACAACAACAAAACUCUUCACUUUAAUGACAGCCGAGCAUUGCCAGCUUGACAAAGGUAGUGCUAAAAUGAAGAGGCAGGUAUCUUUUUCGCUCUGUCUGACAGCUUCUUAUGUCUUUACUGUGUUUGUCGAACAAUCAGGAGGUAAAGGAAAGGAGAAAUACGACCCCUGAGAACAGUGAUUGUGCUGUUAAAUCAGGGUUUGUGGUGUUGAUUGAACCUCCUUCCUCACAAAAGAAGCAGGUAAACGUGUCAUUGUGGUUCACCCUCUUUUCUCGCUAUCUAUAUCUUUUAUAGUAUACCGACUCGUUUCCCAGCCCUUUGGUCGGAUUUGCUGUGUGAAACCAGCUAAACAAGCACACGCACAUACAUGCUGCACUCAGGGGGUGUAGCGGUUGAAGGCCACAGCUAUUUGUGUCAUUGUUGCACACCCUGAACCUGAAAAACUAAGUGGCACUUAUCCUCCCUCCCCAUCUCUCUUGCUGCUUCAAACCUCUGUCCUCUCCUCUAUUCCCCUCCAUUUCCUACCACUCCUAUCUGUUCUGGUCCCCAUAGAAAGAGGCAUCAUCACAGCUGUGAAUCCAGAGGGACAGAGAAAAGGUGUUUGGGCUGGUUUUUCACUGACAUGGGAUACUUAUGAAUAGAGCUGCACGAUAUAUCGUUUGAGCAUCGUCAUUGCAAUGUAUGUAUGUGCAAUAGUCACAUCGCACAGCCUGCGAUGUCGGAGGCGAAUGAACUUGGUUAAUUUCAAGGGUAACUGACUGAGAUACACUGCAUGUGACUCUGCAUGUGCUGUGCAGCGAUCCACCAAUCACCUUUGUCCUUUACUCAGUUGCCAAUCAGACUACUGUCAAUCAAAAUCAGAGAGGAGGAAACCACACCCCUGCACAUAGUCUGCACAUGGAGUGAGUCGCUGGCACUGCUGGUGUUGAGCCGAGAAACGUGUGUCCGCUGAGAAUUACUUUCUGAACUUUACUCAUAAGCCCAACAAAUAAGAAUUGCAUGGGUUUUAAGAUGUAUAUUUCCGUGGACCACUCUACUAUAAGCGGUGCACGUUUUGCGAGGUGCAUGCAAUUCUCGGAGGACAUGCGUUUCUCGGCACAACACCUCUAACAACAACAACGAUCGCAAACUGAGCAACAAUCAAAAGAAAACCACAGAAGAUGAUUUGUUGCCAAAAAGAAAAGAAAAGUCAGUUAUCUGGAAUUAUUUCGGUUAAAAGAAGGAUGAUGUCGACCAAAACAAGUUUUCUGUGAUUAUCUGUCGCUACUAUAACGUCCCAGCACAAUAAAAGCUAAAAAUAUCUCUGAGAAAGACAGAAGCCAUUCUACAAACAUUCACAAAAAGAGGUAAGAUCAGAGCAGAUUAACUGUCCUCAAGACUGCAGCGGUGCAGCAUUAGAUUAAAUGCUAUUCAGGUCAUCUGGUAAAAAUUCCUGUAUUUUUUAAUAUUGCAAUAUAUAUUGCAGGGUUGAAAAAAAUCGCAAUGUUAGUUUUUUCCUAUAUCGUGCAGCCUUACUUAUGAAUAUCUCAUAGAGACUAAAAGACAAGACGCAAGAGCGUUUUAGUGAAAACAUCCCCUGAAACAGUUUUAAUAAAGAUUUAACACUAAUAUCUGCAAGAGAGUGUAAUCUAAUUCUCUUUUUAUCUUUGAUAGGUAUAUUAACAAAUAGCAACAUAUAGAAAUGUACUGAAGAAGUUCCUCAACACCUUUUGGGCUUUUGACCCAACAAAUAAGACACAGGAUUGGGCCUCAAAUAAAGAAAACUAUGAUUACAAAAUUAAAAAUAAACAAGCAGCUUUUUAUGCAUUUUAUACAUUUAUAAUGCACAUAUGCAUGCACAGACACAAAACAACACAAGUUGAUACCAUUUAUCUACAUUUAUCUCUCCUUCUUUUUGCUUUUAGGUGCUUUGUGUUUUACAAAAGAUGGAAACAUCUACACCCCAAGGACAUCUGCUAUUCUUUUUCCUCACACCAAGGCCUGAUAAGAGUGUUUAAAAUUGAUAAAACGUUGGUUAAAAUAAACCGAGAAUAACACAGCAGAUCUAAGUUACAAUGAAAUCAAUAUAAGAGUCAGUGGUGUCAUGUAGUUGUGAGUCACGAGUAAAGUAAUUAGAUGUUAUGGUUUUGUGAGUCAGUCUAAAAAUAUCUGCAGUUGGAAAUUGCUGCUUAAAAAAGAGGGUGAAACAACAACAUAGACAUAAACAUAGACUUUUAACAAUCUGACUGCAGCUGUGUGCAUCUUACUUGCAUCAGUUUUUGGUGCAUCUUAUUUAGGCAAUGGCCAUCAUGGUUAAUGGUCGCUAAUGCUUUUCUAUCAGUAAACAAGCGUAGAUGGUAGGUGGUAUCUGUGACUGUGACAGUAUGGCACAUUCUGGUUAAACAGACAUAUUAACCCUCAACCAGAGCAACCUGCAAGGAGGACCAAAGGCUGUUUAUGCUAGCUUUGUUUACAUUAGCCAUCCAUCUGUCCAGUUGUUCAUCCAUUUGUCCAUCCAUUCAUCCAUCCACCCACCCAUCCAUCCAUCCAUCCAUCCAUCCAUCCAUCCAUCCAUCCAUCCAGCCAUCCAUCCAUUCAUUAUUAUCUCUCCAUGCAUUAUUAUCUUGUGUUUAACUGUAGUUCUCUACUCCUAAGGUUUGUUUUGAAGGCCUUUUGAAGACCUUUGUGUAUCAUUCAGCUCAUCUGAAAACUAUGUAAAUAAUUAAUGCUUUAGAAGUCCUAGCCCAAAUACAAACUAGACUACCAGGAAUAAGCUUGUUAAUGUUGGAAAGUGGAAGCUCAGCUUUCAGUCCCCCUCCAGGGUUAGUACCUGUUUCAGAGCAGUAAAACAAUGAAUGUUUUUCAAGGUGAAUAUUAUGUAUUCAGUACUUACUCAAGUUUAAAGAGCAGGAGAUGUCUUUGGAAAAUAGAGUUAUUGAAAAAAACUGCAAAACAAACUCAGCUUCUCCAUACACAGAUCGUGUAGUUUGACUCACUGCUCCAAAGAUAUGCUGUAUCAGCUGAAGGGCAUAAACUUUACUCUGAAGUAUGACUAUUCAACUCUCUGGUGUCUUCAAGACUCAAACUCAAGAUAACCCUCAAAUUAGGAUCACUACAUUACCUGUAUAUGUAAUAAGUUUCAAUAUGAGCGGAGACCUAUUUUACUCAUUUUUUUCUUGCUCUCCUCAAUCUGAAAAACCUACAGAGUAUCUCUGCAUGUUUUUUAGCUCAAAAACUCCUCACUUAUCCUGAACUGGAGUGAAAAGCCUUAUUUCAGCAUUAUUCAGACACUUUGUUUUGGCUGGUUUUCCUGUGAUACACAGCCUAAGGGUGAUACUUUUUACACAGCUUUGUAGUCAUGAAACUAGGGCUGGGUUCAAAAAAUAUGUUUUCCGAUUCAGAUCGUUUUUGUAUUUAAAUUUUUGAUAUCGAUUCAUUUCAUUGAAAGUGCGAUCUUUAAUACCCCCCACAGAUACUAAUGUACCUGGCAGUAAAGUCCUAGUCAACUGGUCGACUUAUUGUUCAAUAUUGAGUCGACCAACAUUCUGAUUGGUUGACUCGAUUUUUUUCCUCUGUCAAUUUACAGUCUAUAGUUAAUUUCAUCAGGAGGAACGUACCAAGUGCUAAUGGGGGUGUUUUCAGAGCACCCCUGUUUCACAGGUAACAGCGCUCCUCAGGACACCCCCUGGUUUUACCAUUUUGGAUUCGCCCAACCCACUGGAGACUGGCUGGAGACAGGAAGAUUGAAGAGCGUCCACGUUAAUCAACAUCCGGUGGUUUGCUGGAUAUACAGUGGGGCAAAAAGGCCUGUAAUUUUCAUCAUAUGUACACUUCAACUAUGAGAGGCCGAAUGGGGGGAAAGAAUCCAGGAAAUCACAUUGUAGGAUUUUUAAUGAAUUUUUUGGUAAAUUUCUUGGUAAAAUAAGUAUUUGGUCACCUACAAACAAGCAAGAUUUCUGGCUCUCACAGACCUGUAACUUCUUCUUUAAGAGGCUCCUCCCUCCUCCACUUGUUACCUGUAUCAAUGGCACCUGUUUGAACUCAUUAUCAAUAUAAAAGACACCUGUCACAACCUCAAAUAGUCAGACUCCAAACUCCACUAUGGCCAAGACCAAAGAGCUGUCGAAGGACACCAGAAACAAAAUUGUAGACCUGCACCAGGCUGGGAAGACUGAAUAUGCAAUAGGUAAGCAGCUUGGUGUAAAGAAAUCAACUGUGGGAGCAAUUAUAUUAUUAGAAAAUGGAAGAUCUACAAGACCACUGAUAAUCUCCCUCGAUCUGGGGCUCCAUGCAAGAUCUCAACCCGUGGGGUCAAAUGAUCACAAGAAUGGUGAGCAAAAAUCCCAGAGCCACACGGGGGGGACCUAAUGAAUAACCUGCAGAGAGCUGGGACCAAAGUAACAAAGGCCACCAUCAGUAACACACUACGCCACCAGGGACUCAAAUCCUGCACUGCCAGACGUGUUCCCCUGCUUAAGCCAGUACAUGUGGAGGCCUGUCUAAAGUUUGCUCGAGAUCAUUUGGAUGAUCCAGAAGAGGAUUGGGAGAAUGUCAUAUGGUCAGAUGAAACCAAAAUAGAACUUUUUGGUCAAAACUCAACUUGUCGUGUUUGGAGGAGAAAGAAUGCCAAGUUGCAUCCCAAGAACACCAUACCUACUGUGAAGCAUGGGGGUGGGAACAUCGUGCUUUGGGGCUGUUUUUCUGCAAAGGGACCAAGACGGCUGAUCCGUGUAAAGGGCCUUGAAGACGAGACGUGGCUGGGUCUUUCAGCAUGACAAUGAUCCCAAACACACUGCCUGGGCAACAAAGGAGUGGCCUCAUAAGAAGCAUGACAAGGUCCUGGAGUGGCCUAGCCAGUCUCCAGAUCUCAACCCCAUAGAAAAUCUUUGGAGGGAGUUGAAAGUCUGUGUUGCCCAGCAACAGCCCCAAAACAUCACUGCUCUAGAAGAGAUCUGCAUGGAGGAAUGGGCCAAAAUACCAGCAUCAGUGUGUGAAAACCUUGUGAAGACUUACAGAAAACGUUUGACCUCUGUUGUUGCCAACAAAGGGUAUAAAACAAAGUAUUGAGAUGAACUUUUGUUAUUGACCAAAUACUUGUUUUUCACCAUGAUUUACAAAUAAAUACGUUAAAAAUCAGACAACGUGAUAUUCUGGAUUUUUUUUUUCUCAUGUUGUCUCUCAUAGUUGAGGUGUACCAAUGAUGAAAAAAACUACUGAAACGUUAUUCCUUUAUUAAAAACAUCUGCAGGUAGCUGUAAGAACAUUUACUCCCUAUUAUAUGUUAUAUUGUCAUGCACUGAUAAAUGUUUUAAGGCCAGGGAAAGUUUGGAUGGGUGGGUCUUUCAAAGAUCUACCAGCAGGGCGCGUAUAUAAACAUCAUCCCAGAGGUUUAUUAUGAAAAUUCUACACUGCAGCAUUUUAAAUGUAUAUGGAUCAAUUCAGCACGCUAAGACUCCUUCAGUUAUUACUGGAAAACCCUCAGUUCCUCCUUAAUUGCAUCAGCUAGCCCUACUUUUCAUGUACCUUGAAUAAGAGCAUAAUUCAUGUGUUCCAGUAUUGCAGUGACAGCCUAUUACAGUGACUAUUGUUACAACCAACCACCCACCCACCCACACACACACACAGACACACACACACACACACACACACACUCACACGCAGACUCUCUUAUUGCUUGGUCAAAUCUCUAUGCUCAUCUCCUCCCACCGCCUGUAUUGUCGUUCUGUGAUAGCUGGAGAUAGGGGAGUGUGUGCUGUAAAACGCCUUCGCAAUUUCACACUCCAGAGAAAAAGGCAACAACGGCAGACUUCAGAGCGCCCAAAAAGCCCCUUUUUACAUUUCAGUGAGCCGGAGAGGAGACCCCACCCCACUUCCAAGCUGUGCAGAGGAAGAAAAGACACGAAGCACGUUUAUCUUUCCACACAAUUACCAUUUUAACUUUGAAAGGCUGUGAGCUGAAACUCUUACACAUUGGACUUCCUGCUGCCUGGCAGCUUUCAAAGAGAAUAAUGUUUGAUUUGUUUUUUUCCCCUCAACUUAUCUCCCGCCUGUGUGUUGGCCUGUCGUUUCGUCAUUUAAGCUGAGAUAAGCUGAGAUGAAAAGCUUGUUUGGCUUUCAAAUGGCUCAGAAGCAUUUGAUAACAGUGGGACACCACUGAUAUACUCUGACAUAUUGAAACACCUGCAUUUCAUUUCACUUGUUGUGGGAAUGUUGUUGGUGCAGAGCUGUCACUGGUGAUAAAUGUGUGAACAUUUGAAACUCUCAUUUACACUUUAACACUUUUCUCCAUGUGUUUUAUUUUUAAAAAAUCUGAAAAUGACUGCUCUGUUUUCGGCUUUUCCGUCAUCACUGAUACAAAUAAACUAGCUGAUGACAGACUGAUGCCUCAGAGCUUGGGAAGGAUGACUUGAGUGAGAAACAAGUAAUGUGGCACAACAUUUUCUCAUCUUCUGUGUCCUUUGUUUGGGUGUAUUACUGCGUGAGACUGAGAGAGACACUUGUUGGUGCGCACUGUUGACUGCCUGAGUCAUCAUCUGGAUCUUUUCCAUGUGUUUUAGGUCCCAAGGCUUUUUGUGGUACCUGCAGUGGCUUAACACUGACUAAAAAACACACACACACACACACACACACACACACACACACACACACACACACACACACACACACUUUCAACUGAUCUCUCACUUUGGCAGUCACACCUACGCCUGGCAGCCUGUUGGCAGCAGGUGUUUGAGAGGACACGCUGUCUAAGUUUGUGUCAGUUUUUCUCAUUGCCAUUUUACCACACACGCCUAUUUUCACCCAACAAGGUGGGCGAUAUUUGAAAUUCACCUUAAAGAGGCUCCUGCUCCUCCUUGAAUCCUCAUGAGGCUCGGGCUGUUCCUGAGAGACUUUGUGUGUUAAUAAAAAACAAGCCUUGACUUGACCUGACUCACCAGUCUGUGUGGUAAUGAUGUCUGUCUGCAGAAACAGGUGUAUAGUGUCAGAGACAGACAGCAGAAUUGACAUUAGUUAGUAGAUAUUUGUUUCUUCUUUCAAACUUGAUCAUUUUUUGGUCUCCUGCCUUUAGUCAUUUUGUAAUUCAACAAUAGCUCUGUGAUUGCACAGGGAGGCUCCUCGCUAAACACAGACUCAGAACAAACCAUUCUUCAAACACAAUGCAGGCUGAUUGAUGAAUGCAGAGCACUGAUUCACUCUGUAAUUUUCUAAAAGAUACAAACCUGCUCACAUUUACAGUAUUCUACAACGGAGGGAGAUGCUGCAUGCUAAAGAGUGGCAUCUAUGCAGAACCCCUGCUGAAAUUUGGUGCCCCAUCCUUUUAAGACAGUGUCCCCUUUCAUUGUUCAGCUUUAAGCUCUUGCAGUCGGUCAGUUAGUAACAGAGCCUGUCUGCUCUGUCAUUUUCAGGUGUCUGAGUCAUUGUGUAUUGGAGCAGAUUCACAGUCACUGUGCCCAUACCGGCACACCUGUGCUGCUUGACAACGACAACAACAGACUGUAUCACCCAGAAAUUUUAAACCAAAGUGGUGCUGUUGUUUACAAUUUUACCAGCAAUAAAGCAGUAAAAUCCUGUUUUUACCUUCUAGUUUUUGAUCAUUACUUUGGUGACACUGGACACAUUGCUGUUUACUAGGGCUGCCACAAACAAUUAAUCUGAUAAUCGACACCACUAUUUUUGCAAUUUAUCGGAUCGUAUAUUUAAAAUUUUUAUAUUUGGGUUUUUAAUCUCAAUGGGACCAACCUGGUUAAAUAAAGGUUAAAUUAUAUAUAUAUAUUUAUAUUGCAGAUUAUCGCACCAGCAUGCAGCUGCUGUUUUACUACCAUUAAAUAAUCUUUAUAUGAAAAUGUUUAACAGUGUGUGCUUACUAAAAAAAGAAGACAAUUAAGACUGUAGUUUAUUUCAACCUUUAAUAAAAAAUUGCUUUAUAAAAUAGUAUUAAAAUAAAAAUGGUAUCAAAAAUAAAUUACUGUAAACACACAAACUUCACUCUGACAGCGGCAUUUUACAUAGAAAAAUACAGAACCAUCAACAACAAACGAAUAAUCAGGGCAGCCCUACUGUUUACCAGUAGCUGAAGGCUAACCUCAAUUCUACCUCUUGCCGUCUCGCUAGAUCCACCAAGUUUGACAUGGAAUUGGCUUUUCUAGUAUUGCAACCGCCAUUGCUGGGCUAUAAUUAGCUGUUUCAGAUGACAUCACUGAAACUGCAUCCUUGUUUAUACGGUGUAUGGUGGUGGCAUGAGGAUGGUGCAGAAAGCAGGAGGUCAAAACCAAGUCUUGUUUUGUGUUUGUGUCUUUAGGAUUUAAUGUUGGAGGCUGUUUUCAUGGUCAGUGAAAGGCAGUCAUUUAGUCUCAGCCCCAGUUACCUCAGAGAUGUUAAUAAUUUCCUUUGUUGACAGUGUAUAGUCAAGUGAAUUUGCAGACAACCUUGGCAGCACUUUGCUGCAUUGAGACACGUUGCUACAUAUUUACCUGAAGAAUCGACCUCAUUUAGACACUGUUAAAGGUUACUGAGCAUCUUUCAGAGUAAUUGGCCCUUUGCGACUGCACCGAGCCAUGCCUGGCCACCUUCGUUUGUUUCAAUCUUCUCUCUCCAGCAACCCAACAUACAGCACAAUCCUCUCCCCGUCACUCUCUCUCUGUUUUUCACAUUCUCUCCAUCUCUCAUUAGGGAGCAGUGCUCAGCUCUCAGAGGAAAAGGGAAGGCACUCUGCAGCAGGUUGUUAUGUGGGGUACACUUUUGGAGUGUGUGCUGCAGAGGCGUCUUUGGCUCUUAGUGGAGGACAAUCCAGUGUUGUGACUUUGUGACUACUAGCAUCCUGCUUGAGCUUUUUCAGAAGAAAAACUGGAAAAAUGACUGUAUAUUUUGAUAUUUUCUUUGGCUUGAUUCAUUUUGAAAGAGUAAAAUUGUCUUUUACUGAUGCAAGAAGCCACUUGUGAACAGCUUCAGAGUCAGAGUCAUCAGUCUGUGAUGUUAUGCACAUCUGUGAUGAUGAGCCUCCUGAUUGGAUGUCGAGGAUGAGGACUCCACUUGUGCAAGAUGGGCUGUUAUCAGUGGUGCCGCAUUUUCGACUGUAAGAGGAAUUGAGAAAGAUGAUUUUAACUGUGAAUGAUUGUCAGAAAUCUGCAGCGUUUAGCAGCUGCUUUGAGUGAUGAGUUUGGUUGUGAGCACAACCAUGAAAUAUGCCUAUAUUUGGCCACUGACAUACCCUGGUUUAUUUUCUGUACUUCCCCUAAUGACCUCUCCAGUGUUGUUUUUGGCAGGCAUUUUAGAUUUAGUUUUAGUCUUAGUCAUUUUGACGAAACGCUUCUUCGUUUUAGUCCCAUUUUAGUCAUUUCUAUCCUUGAUAGUUUUCGUCUAGUUUUAGUCCGACGAAAACUCAAAAGGUUUUCGUCUAGUUUUAGUCGACGUAAAGGUGCCUUUUGAGGUUCGUGGUGUUCUUUCCCGACAGUUUGAAGCAUGAGGAAGCUGUGGCUCCACAACUGUCGUCUGUCUCGUCUCCCCGUCCCGUGUUUUAUUGUCACUUUUAUUUUAUUGUCACUUGAACUGUAUCUGAAGUAUGACCAAAAAUCAUCCCUCUUUUUUCGGCCACCGGGCACCGCUGCUGUGCCUGCCGCCACGGUGUGUGUGUGUGUGCGCGCCUCGUCCACCUGCCGCUCUGUGUAUGUGAAUGAGUGUGUGCGCGCAGCUGUGCGCGAGCGAGGCUUUUGGUGCGUGUGUGAUGGGGGCGUGACUGUUAGGACAAAAAAAAGCAUGUUUUGAAACUUUGUUCGUCCACCUAAUAACAAUUUAGUCUCGUCUCGUUCUCGUCUGACGAAAAUGAAUAUAAUUUUCGUCACAUUUUAGUCUUUACAGAGCUUUGGUGACGUUCGUCUUAGUCUCAUUUUCGUCAAGGAAAAAAGGGGUCUGACGUCGUCAUUUAAGUUUUCGUCCUGCCUGACGAAAACAACACUGGACCUCUCAAUGCCUGAUCUAAUGUGAGAGUUAUCAGAGGUGAAGCAGCUUUUUACUCAUUGUGCACAUACGAAGUACCUUGAUUUCCAGCCCCUAAAAGUCCUCACUCGUGUGUCCUACAUGCCACUUCAUGCUCAUUAUUACAGCUUUUAGGAACAGUCUGGAGUUCAGUGAAGAAAUGCAAGUUUAUUUAUUAAGCACCUUUAAAAAAGCAUAAAAAGGCAAUUCAAGAGCUUUACAGAGUAGUGAUGGGCAAGGCAGUUCUUUUAGAUGUACUGAAUCAUUAAAAUCAGUUCACUAAAAAGAUUCGUUCAAAAGAUUUGUUCACCGAAUCACUGAAUCAUUCAGAGCUUGGAGGGGGGAGCCUGUGACUCUGACCUCCUGAACUGAUACACAGCUGAACGGUUCAGGAUUCAGUUCAAUUCAUAGCUUCUGGGACCAGGAGAUGAGAGUGUUGUGGCUUUGUUGCUUUGGCAAACAGGUUUGUAAAAAAGAACUUGAUUAUAAGUCAUGAUAGGAUGCUGCGGGUUUAAUGCACUACUUGUUACAUGCUGUGUCUCAUUGUAUUCAAGUUGUUGUGGUGGCAAUUUAGCAGUGAAAAAUAAAAAAAGGUAGUUUUGUUUGGCAAAAAUGAAUCCAGAGAGUUUAGUUCAAUGCGUAAUUCAUUUACCAAGUGAUUCAGGCAUAGGUGCAUACAGUGCCUUGUUCGCUGGCUGCUUGCCUGGCAGUGCCGCGUGCUAUAGCAGUUGUGUGGCUAACAUCUUAACUGAAGUGAGAAACGAACGAAUCACUUAAGGAAGUGAUUCGGUUCAGUACGUUCACUUAAAAGAUUCAGUUCUUUUGAACGAAUCGUUUGUGAACGACACAACACUACAACACUAUUACAGAGUUACUAACAAAGCACUGACAUGAAGAAAUUUGACAUCAAGCAAAUACAAGCAUUGAAAUAAAAAUAUUUAUAGGUUUAGAAUUAGAAAACACAGAUGUAGAGUCCAAAAUACACAUCCCCUAAGUACCCAACGUGGGAAACUUCUCCUUUGUUGUGCAAAUUUCAGGGAGCUCUUUACCACGUUUGUAUUGAAAUUGUCACAUCCUCGAUAGAGUGACACUCAUGUUGGUGUAGCUGCAGCAUCUUUCACCUGAUCUGCUGCUGUAUGCAUGUCUGAGCUUUGCAGGGACGGAUCGAGACACACAAAAUCGGGAUUUUAUUUUUGACCAAAAUCGUGCAGCCCUACGCUCUGGUUUCCUAUUCCUGGUGUGUGUUAUUUUGGAUUACACAUAUGCUUGGCUGCUGAGUUUGGAUUGAUCAAUGAGCAAAUCUUUAGCCUCGGCCACCCUCACUCUUAAGUGUGGUUUAUUUAGGAUAGUGUGGUUUAUGAAGCCCUGUAUCUGUGUUUGGGUAUUAUGUGAAUUGAAGUGUUAUCAAAGGGGCAACAAAGAUAAUUUUGAAUCUCUGAUCUAACCUUGUUUGCUUACUAGUUUUCAGUUUUGACAGAUUUUGAAUACCUGCAAGUGGUGAUGAAAAGCUUGAGUAAAUUUGCAGACCUGGAGUAAACCUUUUGUGGGGGUUUAUCUUUAGUCACGCUCUGGCUGUCGUGUAUUUCAUGUCAUCUUUUAGACAACAAACCAAAAUUUUAUGUUCACCCACAUAGGGUUUUUCUAUAUCACUUCCUCUAACAUACAACUUGACACAGCAGCGCACAUAGUUGAAAGAGCUUUGAGGAAAAUUCACAGUACCCCUCCUUUUUAUCAUAGACCUCUGAAUACUAACAGGCAGAAAACUGGAAGACCUCUUUAACAUAUCAAAAACUCUUCCCCCAACACAACCCCUUUACAGUACGUGUGUGUGAUGCAGACGGAAAUUUCCUAGUCAGAAACACAUACACUCUCCACUACCUGGCCUCAUGUAGAUUCUACUUUGGAGUGUUUGCCUGAUAAACUUCAAACACUUGAGUCUCUAAAGCCAAAUCAGAGCACAGUGCAGGGUGUCAUGCUGCUCAAACAGACCGUCUGAACAACUGACAAACAUGGAUAUAGUGCUUUGGACUGCAGUGUCCUGAAUAGUGUCCUUAAACAAAGCCCCUCAGAUUUGUCUGAAAUGGUCCGUGGCAAAAAGCAUCCUCUCAAAUGCAUUGUAUUGAUCCACACUGACAUCUUUACUGUACAAGAAAACCAAACCUGCAGCCCUGACAUGACGGGCAGCUCUGCUUAAGGUUUGAAAAAACCACAGUACAAUACUGAGCUUUAAGAAACCGCUUAGAGCCAGGUCUGUGCUUGCUCCAAUUCUUCCUCUCACACAUUAACACUCUUAAAGCAGCAUGCCCUGAACGAGCCCUUAUCUCCAUGGUGAUACUGCAGACAAAUAAGACAGCAAACACAACUUUAAUACAUCCAAGUCUUUCUGCCUCUCUUUCUUCUUUUCUGUAUUAGCUACCACUGACUUUUUGACUGACUUAAUGACUCUCAUCAGCUGUUCACUAACUCUACAUUUGAGCUUAUUCUUCUGUAUUUCAUCAAUACCCUAAGCCCCUUUAGGGGUUGUUCAAACAGUCUUUACAUGUGCAAAGUUUUUGAUUGUGACCUAAGAGAACAAGAAGCUCCUGUGAUGCAUGAUGAGCUUUGUAUGAACCUCUAACCCUUUGCUGCUACUCGCUAAAGACAAAAAAGCACAUGUAAGGCAGAUAUCUGUUUUUUUGUUGAUGCUGCAGGAUGUCUUUCUCCCUUGACAGGGAUCUUACACGAUGUAAACAGAGAAGCCUCAUUUAAACACUCGACUAAAACAAAAUGAUUUGUAGAUUCUGGUUAUUGUACAAUAGGGCUGCACGAUUUGGGCCAAAAAUUAAAUCCUGAUUUUUUUUUCUCUGAAAACCCAAUUUUAGAUUUAGACUCCAUUUUUUUAUUCAGUGACUUCACCAAACUUCACUGUAAAAAUAAAAGUUUUUCUAUCAUUUCUCAAAACAAAACCAUUGAUAACGAUGAGACAGAAGAGGAGUACAGAGCAUGUGUAUAAGGUUUGUUUGGCUAGACAGGCACAGCUGCCAUAAAAGAGUUACGCUGUGUGUGAGAGAUGCAGAUAGGGAUCCACAUGGAGAUGAAAUAGUAGUCGUUUACGGAUUUUUGCACUCUCUGACUCGUUUUCAAAAAGUAACGCCAUGACUUGCACAGGGUAAUGCAGGGUUUGGGAGAUGCGUUAACUCCUUUUGCGUUUACUCCUGAAUUCAUUUCCGUUUGGACGGAUUGAUACUGCCUUCAGACAGACUUUGCAGCAGGGAGUGGUUUGCUCUUUAUCUAAAACUGUGAAGCCGUACCAGUUCCACAUGACUGACUUGCUCUUGCCCUACUUAGCCACAAAAUUAUGGCCUUCUUUUGCAAACGCUGUGUUUGUUUGGUGUGUGGGAACUGGGGAGCUCUCCCGCAGGAGGGGGAAGCCUAUGGUGGCAUGAAGGCACAAGACAUGAUAGAGAACAAAAUCAAUUUUAACAUUGUCAUAAUCAAAUAAUCAGAUUACGAUUUAAAAUCGAUUAAUCGUGCAGACCUAUUGUACACUAAUUUCAGCACACUUAUUAACAUUAUGGUCAUUUCUUCCAAGUCUAGUUUGCUAAAUGCGGCCAAGUUCUUCUUGUUUUGUAUUUUAACUUGACUUAUUCAGCAUUCACGUCACCGUAAAAAGAAAUUCAAAUAAAAAUGUUAACAAAAAAAGGUCACGUUUUCUGCAGCGGGAGACUCCUCAAAAGAAAAAUGAACAUAUUUUCCCUAAACAGUCGUCCCUGGGAUCUUGAAUUCAACUCAACAGCCUCUUUUAAAUGCAGCCUUUCUCCCUGAAUGCCUCUCUACUUUUGAAUGCCUCCAUUUCAGUCAAAUCUCUCUCUGUAAACUUAGUUUGCUGAAGCCAAAGCUCGAUCACAUUACUGCUGUAGUUUCAGUGACCACAGGCAGUUUGAUUCAAUGACUUGUAAACAGAUCUUGUGAGUUAUUUUGGCAAACUCUUGGUGAGCAUUAAAGUAUUGAUCUAAAAACCAAAUACCUGGCAGUAAAACAGGAUAGUUUCUCUCAAAUUUGAGCUGACUAUUCUUGAUCAACUCUUAAUUGCAGCCUCUUUUCUCCUGUUGGUUUUGCUUGUUUGUCACAGGGAUAAACAGAAAAUUGUGUCCCACUGUUUGUGAUUUUUCCUUUUGAGUUUAUAAAAUGAAGACUGAAUUUUGUCGUAAUAACAGUUCUCCCCUGACUUGAUUUUGCUGCUCUUCCUCCUCUCAUUUCCUCUCCCUCUCUUUUUUACCUGUCCUGUUUUUCUUAGUUGCUGAGAUGACUCCAUCUGGCCCAGCUGCAAUACAGACUGCUUUUUAGAGACUUCAGUGGCAAUAGUUCACCUUCAUCACAUUUCUUUUCUUCAGGCUUCAGCAAAGGUACAGAGUGGCUCAAUUUUUUCAAGACAAAUGCCAGGAUUUAGAGCUUAUUUUCUGUUUCAUUUGACCUGUUUUACUCAUAGAAUUAGUUUUUUUCAAAGGUUAGGCAGCCAUCUUUGCCUUUCAUAAGCUGGAGUGUGUUCGACAAUUCAACUUGAACAUGUUUGUUGCAUUUGAACCUUGAAUCCUGUUCACCUUUUUUCCUCUUUGCUAUCCCUCCAGCACCAAAUGUGCCUGUGAGAGUCAUCACUUCUUUCCGAGGGAAUUAUGUUGAUCCUAAUCUAAACCCUUGAAGAACCCGUCCCCGCCUUCCCUUCCCGUCUCCCCUCCCCAACAUCCCGUCCUUCCUCCAGGAUGACCAGUCUGAAGCGUUCUCAGACAGAGCGCUCUGUGGGGGGCUCAGUGCCAGCCUCUGAUGAGUUUUACACCCGCCGCUUACGGCUGCCUAAUGGAGGGGCACCUCCUCCCCGCAGUGAAAGCGCCCACAUUUCCUCCUCCUCCACCACCGGCACCAACCCAGGUGUCCCCAAAAUGGGCGUCCGGGCUCGUGUGGCUGAUUGGCCUCCCAGGAAAGAUGGAGGAGGAGGAGGUGUUUGGCAUAUCACUGUGGAAACAGACUCACCCAGUUCUACCAAUACCACCAGCUCCUCGGGUUCAGGGAGUGGAGAUAGAGAGAGACUUGGUCUCGGGGAAAGAAGUGGAGGAGGAGGAGGAGGAGGAGGGGGAGGAGGGGGAGGAAGUGGUGGUAGUGGUAGUGGUGGCAGUGGAGGAGGAGGGGUGUCAGCCGUCACAGCCCACAGCAAUCUGUCAGCCAAGCUGGGCCACCUGAUAAGCCCACAGGACUCAUCUAUGCUGCGCAACAUCCACAACACGCUAAAGAAUAAGAUGCAGAGCAAAGGGAAGGACAACCGCUUCCUGUCGCCGGAUGGUUAUCUGGGAUCACCUCGCAAAGGCAUGAGAAGAAUCCGCCAGCGCAGCAACAGUGACAUCACUAUCAGUGAGCUGGAUGGAGACGGCAACGAGGGCUGGUCCUUCUCAGGGUGGACACCCAUGCACCGCGAGUACGGCAGCACUUCCUCCAUAGACAAACAUGGAGUGUCUGGAGAGAGCUUCUUUGACAUGCUGAAGGGCUACCAGUCUGCUGAGGCCCCUGAUCAUCGGAGUCCAGUCCCAGAGAGGCUAUCAGAGCUGCUCACUGUGGCACCAAUAAAACAGGCUGCUCUAGACCUGCCAGAUGGACCUCUAGGCCCCGUCAGAGGCAGUCCUGCAAGUCGACUGAAGGAGCGUGAGAAGCACUUGAAGAGGAGGUCCAAGUCAGAGACAGGAGGGGAGUCUAUUUUCCGCAAGCUGCGCAGUGUGAAGGUUGAUGGUGACACAUCGAGGGCGGGCUCGGAUGCCGAGGAUGGGGGAAAAGGGGAUGAGAGUGGCCCACCUCCCAAACCCUGGGUCUGCCAAAAAGGCUUUGCUCACUUUGAUGUCCAGUCCCUUCUCUUUGACCUCAAUGAGGCGGUCCACAGCCGGCAUUCUGGGUCCAAACGUAAGAACACCACAACAGGUGCCUCAGCUGCUGCUGCUGCGUCCGCUUCAGCCACAUCCUCCCUCGCUUCAAAUCAGAGUGGGAUUUAUGGAUCACCCUGCGGCUCUCAAGAGGAGCUGAGUAAGGACGGGACGGGGCACAGCAGCAACCCUGCUCUGGACCCUGGUGAUGACAAGAGCAACGACCUGGUUCUCAGCUGCCCUUGCUUCAGAAAUGAGAUUGGCGGCGAGGGUGAGAGGAACAUCUCACCUGUCAAACAGGUAGGUUUUUUUUUCUUUUCCAAAUGAAAACUCUUUAACAUCUGCAGUCUGAGAUUUAUCCAUGAAGCCAAGGUUUAACGAAUCUCCUCUUUCAGUGGUUUUUAUUUUACUUGCUUUACUUUCCUUGUCCUAAAUCCUCCAGCAGGGCAGCAUUGGCAGUGGUGGAGGCUCCAGCAGUUCUUCAGGCAGUACAGAAGAAGGCCCCUUAGACGCCACGCUGACAACUCAUUUUACCAACGCUGGUGUGGCUGUGUUGGAGGCUGCCAAGGAUGGGCCGAGCCAACAUUCAGACAGGUCCAAAAGAUACAUAGUGGAGCAUGUCGACCUUGGUGCAUACUAUUACAGAAAAUACUUCUACCUCAGAGGUGAGCAAAGAAGGGUCAUCCCAGAAGCUGUUUUCCCAUCUCACUGAUCACUCACUAUCUCCUCUUGGCAGUGCUGGCCUCUUAUUGACCAUCUUCCCUUCAUGUCUCCUACUUCAUUCCUCAAUUCCUGUCCCCUUCCUGGGAUCACGGUUCCAUUAAAUAUUCAGAACAUUGGAACUACCUGGGGGUAGAUGAGAACCUGGGCCCGGUGGCCGUGAGUCUGAGGAGGGAGAAGUUGGAAGAACACAAGGAGCACGGCCAGCAGUACAACUUCAGAGUCAUCUUCAGAACCAGUGAGGUAAAUUAAACCAGACAUAUGGACCUGUAUGACUUUACAGGGAAAUUCCGGUGUAAAAUUAAGUUAUGGUCAAACAAACAGUAACACAAAGUUAGACACCCCCUUGAGAGAUGAAUGUUGCCGACCGCUUGCUUCUCUAGUUAUACCAACUUUAGUCAUGACCGCACGAUAGUAAUACACAGCGAUCUACGUCUUCAUGCGCAAACCUCAACCAAAAAGCCACUCUAUAGCCACAAAUAAUGCUCAGAACAGCACCUAACAUCAUCAACAGUACAUAUAGGGUCCGAGCCAUAGUACUAGCCAUCAAACAACUUUUUAGCUUGCCUGAUUUCUUUAGCAAAGAGACCAAACACAACUCACCCACUCUCCUCCAGCAGCUGCUUGUUUGUGGGGGAGCCCUGACGAGUCGUUUACCGAGUGCAGUGGAAAAUUUAUGAUUAGUUCUGAAUAGAAAUGCAAUCAGACCGAGAUGCUAAGGCAGAAGACCUACCGCAUCUGAAGUGCAAAAUGAUGAUUAUGAUGAUUAUUACUUUAUGGAAAUGAUCCGCUGCACUCUGUGAUCGACUCGUCAGGGCUCUCUCCACAGAACAAGCAGUGGGGGUGUCUAACUCAGUGUUACAGUGUGUUAGACCAUGACUUAAUUUUAUGCCGGAAUAUCCCUUUGAAACUGCUUUAAUUUUUAGUGCAUUUCAACACAAGGACAUGCUUGAGAGAGAGAGAAGUUUGUAUUACUUUUAUAGUAGAAAGUAUCAUGAAGCAUGAAGAGAUCUCGAGUCAUCAGUCAGGCUUAUGGAAAUCAGAAAUUUGAUUACUCUUUUUCUAAAUUUAAGCAUUAUGAACCAAAAAUACCAAAAUUAACAUGAAAAUAGAUUUGACAUUUUUCUGUUUAGAUGCCACAAAUAUAAGAAUCUAUUAAAACUUACUUUUUGAUUGAAUAAAAUGUACUUUUCCACGAUUAUUGACCUGUAUAUAUAAAACUCUAAAAAUAAAAACAGAACCAGAAUGUUAUUUAUCAGGUUUGUUUUUAAUAAUAGUCUGUUUUCCUGAACAAGCACUAUUUCUAGUAGAGGGCUUAGGGUGGCCCAGGCGUUAAAUUGUUGUUGCUGUUGUACUGAAAUAGUUUCUGAUAUUGUUUGAUUCCUACCAGCACUAUAUUAAGGUUUAACAUUUUGGCAUCCUUUUUACAUCCAAACUGAAUUUAUCACCUUUAUUUUCCUCAUUCAUCAGGAUGUUCUGUUUUUAUAGUUUUUCCUGAGAUAGCUUUAAAUGCUAAUGUGGACAAAGCCUCUGUAUUUAGUGCUCUGUGUGCAGAGUGAUGCCACUGAAAAGCUCUGAUGAGGUCACACUGUGUAGGAGUAAGCAUAUAGGAUUCAUGCUCAGACUCUCCUAUUAUAAAUCCCAGCUGGGGGGAGCUUCAUCUCGAUGUUGUCAGAUGUAGCUCUAGCACUUUGAUGCUAUCGCCUGUGUGCCUUAACAUCGCUGUAAAUUACUGGAUGCGAGAUUCACUUUGUGAUGUUUUCACCCGGUUGUCUCCUCGUAAUCUGCAUCUUAAAGUGAUUGUGAAUCUUUCUGAAUCCCUUUAGCUGUGCUGCCAUCUCUUCCUAUAGACAGACUAAAGCAACAGAUCCAUGUCCUCAUUCUCCGAGCCGAACGCCCACCUACCAUCUUUGUCAGCCUUCAUCUGUGAAGGACUGAGCCGUGCCAUUUCGCAGCUAAGCGAGACUAAAAUAGCGCCAAAGGUAUUUGAGUAGAGGAGGAGAAGCAUUGCUCUUGUAUUCAAGCGCACCAUGAGUAAUAGCCCUUUCCAAUCUCUUGGGAUGACGCACAACCCUCCGUGCUCUGUUUUCCACUAUUCUCUCCCAUUUUCUUGCCUCACUCCCUCCUCUUUAAUUGCUAUUUUAAGAGCAGGGAGCCGGGAAGGUAUGGAUACAUGUGUAUAUCUGUGUAGGAGUGGAUAGCAUGGACUGUUGUUGGAGAGAGAAGUCCAGUGUCCACUGAGGACAGGCUCAUGGCCUCUCUUGAGUUUGAGUGCCUCUCCACAGCAUAUUUAACCUUGAAGGUGUUUCCACCAGCGUUAGUCGACAAACACACAUGCUCAGGCUAAGUGUCCACCAUAGCUUUGGGACCACUGAGGACAUCUGACUGUGUUUGUUUCUUUAUGAUAGAAAUGGAAGUUCUGGUCCUUCUAGGCUCCUUUUGAUUUAUUUAUAGACAUUGGACACCCUUCUUGUUCUGAAGAGCAGAAUCUUAAUUUUUUUCUCUCAUGUAGCUAGAUUGUCCUCCAACAUUUGUUUUUCCCUGCACUGACAGAGAAUGUAUUUGGUAGCCUAGAUUUUGUAGAAAAAAAAAAAUAUUCCAUGACCCAACCUGAGUCCGUGAUGCAGUGAUGGCCAUUAUUAUCCAUUUGAAAAAGAAAAAAAAAACCUUUUAUGCUGAAAAUUGAAUUGAAUGGCCUCAUCAGAGGCUGGCUGGGUUUCCAAACAUAGACUUACAGUAGUAGUGUCCUGCUGAUGGCUGGGCAGCUAGUUUUUAGUUUGGUAGAUGCCAGUAAUAAGGGGAUUUUGAAAAACGAACACACAAACAAACACAUUGCAUGCACAAAGCAGAAUGGGAGAGUACUCUGCUAAAGAUGCCCUUAAAUGAACCAGAGAAAGAAUUCUACGAGCAGAAAACAUCAAUCUUUUCUAAAACUGGUUUUGGUUGCUGUUACUAAAGGCAGGAAAAUGAGUUGCGGUGAAACUUUUUGCUUUAUGAAGCGUGGAAGGAAUAAAAGGAAUGAAUUUGGCUCUGCUGGAUUUUUUGGUUGUCUUAAACACACAGCUUUGGUAGAAAAUUAAAGGACAACUUUGAAAUUUUUCCCCAAAUCAACAUCUUCACAUGAAUAGAGGAUAGUCUGUCCUGUUCUCUGUUUUAUUUCAACCUCAUCCUCAAAAACACAGAGUGAAGAAUUUAGCAGAACAGACUUGUUAGAAAUGAUAUAAUACUCAUAAGCAUGUUUAAACCAGAGCUUAACUACCUCGAAAUCUGUUUAAUUCACAUAGAAGUGGGUCCUCUUCCAUUCAGGCUCUAGUUUUGUACCACCAUGUCUCUGCAGUAGCACUGAACAGCUAACAUUUUGCGAAAUGAAGACAAAGAUGUAGAAGAAGAAGAAGAAGAAAGUGUUUGCUGUGCACAAAAGAACCAAAUUAGAUCUAUUCAAUAACUGUCUUUAAUUGGUGACACUUGACGUAUGUAAGGAGCUUCUUAUCCUGAAAGUUGCUGAGUUAGUUUGAGGGGGGGGGCUGGAAUCUAACUGCUAAAUAUCAUUAAAUGUUUUCAUUUCUCGAACUGUUCCUGUAGUAAGGCACUGGUCUAAUGUUAACCUUACAAACCACCAAAGAAGUCCUGAUUUAACGCUCAAAUGUAGGUAUCAAAAGUGGCAUGAAGUUACCCAUUAGGUGUGUUUAAGACAUGAGAGCUGUGAAUACAAAUCUGCGUUUUUGAUUUCUGAAUUUGUUUUGAAUUUAAAUGACCACAACUUGCUUUGUCUUAGCAUAAUUCUGCGUCAGAUAAAUACUGCAUCUCUUUGUUUCCUCAGCUGUUCUGCAAAAAAAAGACCAAAGUGAGAAAGUUUAUUGGCAGUUGGGGAAAUAAAUGUUGUAAAUGCAGUAAUAACAGAAGAAUGUUAAUUUGACUUAAACACAAACCUGGGAGAAGUAGAAGCAAAUAAACAUAGGCUGUUACUGUGAGACUCUCUUUUUUUUUUUUGCUGUUUUCAGUCACAUUUUUAGAUUCUCCUGGAGUGGGUAUUUUUUAAGAUUUCUGUCUGUUUGAUCUAAAUUCAUCAUGGAAGUCGCACACAGCUGCUAUAAAAACACCACAGCAAAAUUAAAUCUGAUGUAAUAUUGUACAGUACAGGAGGGAUACAUUCAGAAGAAGGUUUAGUUUGUAUGUAAUUUAAAUAUAUCUGAAGUCUUUGGUUUGUUUGGUUACUUGCUCAAAAAGAAAACAUUCCCCUCUUGAUUCUUGAGUCUCUUCUCUGCCUUUGUCCUUACCAGCUGAACACCCUGAGAGGCUCCAUCUUGGAGGAUGCUGUCCCCUCCACAUCCAAACACGGUCUGACCAGAGGCCUGCCCCUCAAGGAAGUGUUGGAAUACCUGGUACCUGAGCUCAAUGUCCACUGCCUGCGUCUGGCUCUCAACACGCCCAAGGUCACGGAUCAGCUGAUGAAGCUGGAUGAGCAAGGGGUAAGGAGUCAGAAGGUUGCGCUGGCCUUGGAUUAAUCAAUUGGUGAAUCUUUUUAGUCCAUUUAUAAACAUCUUGAAUCACUCAGACUUCUACGGUGUUAUCAUCAAAAUAUCAGCCGUUCAGCAUCAGUGGUUGAACUAAAGACACACACUCCCAAGACAUUAUCCUGUAGUAUGAACAGCAUAUUAUUUUCAUUUUGUGUGAUUAUGAAUCAUUUAAUGUGUAGGUGUUGCUCUUCCAAAAGGGGGUUGCCUCAUUGUGAAGCAGUAUUAUUUAUUUCAACAGUCUUGUAUUUGCUCUUUUUAUCUUUCCACUCCCACGGACGAUCAUGAGGGAUUUAUGUGGGGAAACUCCCUCCUAUAUACGCACGCACGCACGCACACACGCACGUACACCCACUCAGACACCUUGACCUUAAAAAGGAAGAAAAAUACAAAAUAAGCUCUUUGACACUCAUGUUCCCAGCUGCAAUCAUCAAAAACUCAACCUCCGAAAAUGUCAGCAUGAUUUCUUAGGAAAAUGGCAUCGCGAUCACCGCAGAACAACCUGAGGUGCUUAUUCCUAAAAUGCCAACAUGGUGACUCUGACAUGGUUUCUAAUCAGUAAUAUACCUCUGUGUCUCCUUGUCUGUGUUACAAUCCUCUCCCCAGCUGAGUUUCCAGAGGAAAGUGGGGGUGAUGUACUGCAUGGCGGGCCAGAGCAGUGAGGAGGAGAUGUAUAAUAACGAGUCCGCUGGGCCUGCGAUGGAGGAGUUCCUUCAUUUGCUCGGGGAGAGAGUCCGACUCAAAGGCUUCACUAAGUACCGGGCUCAGCUGGACACCAAGAGUAUGUGCUCUCACAAAAAGGUUCAGAUGGAGACACUGAGAGUGAAACUAGUUUGAGCAGUGAUAGGGGUGAUUAAGACGCACUGAGUCGUGGCUCUUGAUUGAUAGGUGGGCUUCACUCCUUUAAAAAGUCACGACCUGCUUAAUGUAUGAAUCUUAGCGAGUCAGAAAAUGGUGAAAAAGUACACUUGCAUGUUAAAGGAAAACUUAGAUUUAUUCUUUUAUAUAUGACAAGACAAGUUCAACAUUUUAAGUCUUUUUUUUAUUUUGACCUGCAGCUCAUGAAAACCAGCAUCUCCACUCACUGAAAUACUUCCUGAGAUCAAUCAAAACAAAGAUUUAAAUUAUAAUAAUGUCAGAACUUUGAGAUGUUCACUCAUAUGUUUAGUCACUGGAUGCAGCUCCUUUACCAUGAACUCCUGUAUCAGUGCAAAGUGACAUGACGAUGAUCUUGCUGAUGAGUUACAGAAGUUUUGGUUGAAGCUCUCAGCUCCAUCACAUUUUAACAAACCUUACAAAUCCUCCAUGUUUUUUCAGUGGGUCCAGGUCAGGCCUGUUUGCUGGCCACGGUCUCUUUGAUUGUAGUUUUGGCACUGUGGGCAGGUGCUAGGUGCAGCUAGAAAAGGAAACUGACAUUGUCAUGAAGCUUGUCAUGAUGUGCGAUGAGAUGCCAAACUGUCUUAGAUGUGAAGAGGAUUUGAUCAUUAAGAAACAGUCCUGUUUUUUCCUGUACCGAGAGGUUGUCUCUGGUUCAGAAGUGCCUUGAUAUCAAGAAUGACAGUCAGAUUUGUUGCCCUUGUUCAAAAACGAAUGGGUGGCAUCACUGAGAUCACGCCUAUGUUUUAUACUGUCUCUAGUGUCGCAGUAUCACUGCAGCAAACAGUGCCAGUCUAGAGAUUCAAACAAUGUCAUAAAUGAAUAAAAAGUGUAAAAAGUACAAGUGUAUGUUUCUGCUUCCUCCCAGAUUUGACCCCCUUAGGAGACCAAAGUAUUCUGGAACAUUCUCUUCUAGGGAAGCAUGCAGCCUCAAUAAUUGCUGUUGCUUAGAGACACAGAUCUUUCAGUCUUUCAUGGAAGUGAAUUGGCCACCCUGUCGUAUGGGCACAGAAAACAUCAAAUAAUUCCUUGUCACCUUAUCUACAAUCAGGAACACAAGAAAUAAACACAAGAAAGUGAAACGUGAGGAGCAAAAGAAAUCACUGAAACUGGUUUUAAAAGAAAAAGGAUCAAACUUUUCAACCAAUGGUUUUUACUAGUUUUUCAGUCUUCAAAAUGUUUUCUUUCCCCCCCUCAGUCUAAGCAUCUUAUACCCUCUGUCGUCCCCUCUUUGCAAUGUCUUAUAAUCUUAAGGUGCUUUAAUUUCAAGUGUGUCAGUUUAUUCAUACUGUGCGUCUCUAAGGAAAAGGUUGAAGUCCUUAGUUUGUCUGCUUUCUGAGCUCUUGUUUGACUACAUGCUUACCUUUUAAUCCCUCAAGUCAUACCCCAUAAUGCUCUUUGACUGAAGCCCUCCUCGUCAUAUUUUUCUGUACAUGUAGAAAAAACCUUCAGGAGCCUCUAAUAAAUUAGAUACAGCCGUGCAAAGGACUCCCUGUAGUGCAAUUAACUGAGGUAACCUGCCCACAUGAAAUAGAGCCUUUUAAACACCUUGUGACUGUUUUAUCCUCAGAGUAGAGAGCAUCAAUAAACUGCGGAGGUGGUUGUUAACGUGUAGUGGCUCUCUUUAGGGCCAGAGCCUGUUAAGAGUUCAGGGACUAACAAGCUGCCAGAUCAGCAUUAGAGGAAGAAAAAGGUGAUUGUUCAGGACUGUUGCUCGUCUGUGAGUUAAAGAUGGAUUUAUUGCUCUUACACUGUUACCAACACUUAACCUUUAUAUGUACCUCUAAAUUUGACCAUCAAACCUGUCCAGCCUUCAACUUUUUCUUGUGCCCCAGUGCAUCAGAGGUUUACAUAUGUUUGUUUCUCCUCAGCUGACUCGACAGGCACCCACUCCUUAUACACCACUUACAAGGACUAUGAGAUUAUGUUCCAUGUGUCCACUAUGCUGCCCUACACACCCAACAACAAGCAACAGGUGAGCUACAAAGAAAAUUGCUGGUCCCCACGAGCAAACUUUAUGCUUUAUAUUUGUAAAAAAUUAUGCAGAAAACAACAAGUAGGGAAUGUCUUUCAGAUUAUUACAACAUACACUGAGCAGAUUACACGAGCACAUUAGCCACUAUGCUCAUGUGGUAGUUUCCUUUAGAUAAAGCCUUUAGUUUCUUUAAAACUCCCCAGUGUCAACAUUAAGAGUACCCUUAAACAUUGUUAUGUUACAGUAGAGGAUUAGGGCCAUAUUAAGAACAAAACUCUUGAGAUUUUAGAGUAUAAAAUAAUCAUAUUACAGGAUUAAAGACGUACAUUUCCGAGAAUAAAUUUUUAAAGCUCCUGUGAGGAACUUUUGGUUUGUUUCGGCCAUAGACUGUAUAUAAAUUGGACAGAGUCUGCCUCCUCGCUGGGUGAAGCCACUCCGAGAACAGCACUCUCUGAUGGUGGGCUGCAGUACAGCUCAUAAAUCAGCCUCCGCCAGCAAAGCUUAUGGGACUGUGGACAAACUUUAGAAAUUUAUUACACAGAACAUAAUUUUUUCUCCCCCCUGCUUGUGAUGUUGACAUGUAGUUACAGUAAGACUGGUUUGUGCCCAAGUCCUUUUUUUUCUGUACAGCUCCGUUUUUAAAAGUUAUUAGGGGGUUCAUGUUUUCUAUGAUUGACACCUGGUACAGCCUAUGGGCGUUCAGGGAUUGCGUAGCUCUUCCGGGGGAAUACGCUGUUUGAGCCGAGCGUCAUCACAGGGACUCUCGGCGACUGCGCGGCCGAAUGCGCACAACGCUACUGCACAGCUCUGGUUUCAAGAAAGUGGAGAAAAACCCGGAAUUACCGAGAGCUUUUUGGCUUCAAAUCCGCAUACAGGCGGAAGGCGGAACCACGGUGUCCAUCUUAUAUACAGUCUAUGGUUGCGGCUCUGUUGUUUUGCCCCUCUGUGGACAAAGUGAUACCUCUUAUCUCUUGUCCUGUACCUUUAAAAGUAAUCUUUCAGACAGAAAAUUUGCAACUUUAUAAGAAAGAAGUUGUAUGAGGAAAAUAAGGAACAUUUAACUUCUUUUAAAGUGAUAUUUAAAAGGUUGAGGAAGAGUGCACAGGCUGACUAUUUUCAGAGUAGACUCAGUUUCUUUCAAUGACUGCUUCUAUGCAAACAGAAUCAGUAUUCAGUUAUUGAUAGAACUUAAAUUGUAACUCACAAAGAUGCUUCACGUUGUCAAACCAGUGCAGGCAGCUGGCCGCUCUUUUGAUUUUCCUUUUCACAGUUAGAUUUAAGCCAGAGACAAAACUAAUGACUUAUUUUCUCAUAGAUUUACAGCCAUAUUCAUUCCUCUACAUUCUGACUCUAUUCUCUACAAUAUCUUGUAAAUUUCCAAUUAAAUGACAAAAUUUUCACAAUGUUGUCUUAAUACUCUGUCCUUAUAUGUAGAUAUAAUUGUUCUGUUCAAUUCAUAAUGUGAAUGAACUUAAUAUCUAAUGCUUGUUAUUUUGUUUCUCUAGUUACUGCGAAAGCGUCAUAUUGGGAAUGACAUCGUCACCAUCGUGUUCCAGGAACCAGGGGCUCUUCCUUUCACCCCUAAAAACAUCCGCUCCCACUUCCAGCAUGUCUUUGUGAUCGUGCGAGCUCAUAACCCCUGCUCUGAAAACAGCUCCUACAGGUAAGCCAUACUUCACACUCCAACUGUACCCUUUCUUGUUGUUGUAGGUUGUUCUCACUCAGUCAUUGCUGCUUUGAUGGAUGUUGUCUAAAUGUCUUUUCUACACCUCUACGUUACAAACGUGAAUUGUCACUCCAGUUAACUUACAGAGGAGGUGAAGUAUUUCUGGCUGAAGAAAAAGCUAAAACUGUAAUCCGCAGAUUUGGCAGGAUAGUGUGUAUAUUUAUGUGAGAACAGAACAAAAGGGGUCUGUUAAUGAAGCUAUUUUACACCUGAUGGGUUUGGAAAUGUUCCUGUCUCUGAACAGUUUAUUGAGAAACUGUUUUUGUUCAGCAGUGGGCUGUUCAUAAUGUGUCAUCUCAAACCCAAGCCAACGCAGUAGAUUGGAAAAAAAAAAAAAAAAAGUCUAGAUAAAUAAUUUUCCACUUAGUUUUACAUAAAGUGUGCCUCUUAGUUUUCCUCAUAAAUCAUUUUUCCCACACUCUUCAAACAAUAAUGCUCUCAUCUCGUCCCACCAGAAGUUGUACAUCUAUCUCUCUUAUUGCCUUUGCUGCUCCAUCACUCCAUCACAGAGUAGGCUGGGAGCUCUGAGAGGCCUCUCCAUGUCUCACGAUUUAUAACCACGUUGUCGGAAAAGUGUACUGUGAAACACAAAGUGUUAUCAUGGACCCAUUUUCAAGAAUAAUGAACAUUUUGCCUUUUUUCCUCUGCCUGUUGCUAACUGUUGAGUUUCAGCGGGCAUCUAGCUCUCUAUUUAUUCCCGCCUCUGUCUUGUUAUCUAUUUUUUCUGUCACUCUCUCUUAUCUUGCUCUCUAUGACUCUCCCUUCCUCUCCUACAAAUGUCUGUUUUAAUUGCCGUCUUGGUGCAUUGUGUAAGGCCUUAAUUGUCCCCCAUGGGGCUCAUUCGUUACUGAGUUACAACACAUGAACAAAGAGCCCAGAAAAAGGAUGAAUGUGGAGCAAAUACUAUGUACACACAUCUGCUGUGAUUCACAAAUGUGAAUGAAGUUUUCUGAGGUGAAAACUAAAUUUCCACACAGAGUAGAGGUGAAACAUUAGGUUUCAGAAAGUGAAUUACGAUUCACAGACACCACAGGGAAUUUGACUGUGAGUCAGAUGAUGUAUUAAGUAAGGACGCUUUGAAGCUUCGGAGUGUUUACUGAGACUCUAGAGGAUGUUCACACACUCAGGGCAGAGAAAUGAAGUGCACAACACUGCUCUUUGAAAUCUGACGUGGAAUAAAAAGAUGUGGUUCCCUGAGUUCUUUUGGAGCUGCCACAGCUUCUUAAAGGACAUUUUAUUUUAUUUUUUCACAAGUAUUAAAGCUACAAUGAGGAGUUUUUGACUGAUUUUUGGGCUUUCAAUACAGAUUCCUCAAUAUGUAUAACCUAUGUAGCAAAACAGAGGAAUGGUGACAGUAUUCACUGUGGUAUUAUUGACCUUGGUAAAAGAAUUGUUUCCUCAAAGUACUUCUAAGAAAAGUGCAAAUAUUGAGUGUUUGAUGGCUUAACAUCUAUUAUUAGACACAACAGACAUCGCAGCCUAUCUAUGAAGGAAGUGUGCCUCGCAUAGCUUGUAGGGGUGGAAGAAAAAUCCGAUACAGCAUAGUAUUGCAAUAUUUUGUCUGGUGAUAUAUCGUAUCGUCUCAUUAACAAAGUGUCGAUUUUUCAAGUCAAAUCCAUGAUAAUGGAAAAAUAAAAUCAACUAUUUGUCCAGUGAAGUUGGCAGAGGUGACAUCAUAGAGCAGGAGAAAAUUAGUACAACAAAUAUAUAUAAAUAUACAUAAGGUUUGCAAGAUGUGCUACAUGAAAAUAAAAUACUGUGUUAAUAAGACAAACAAAAAGAAAGACAAAUGCUAAAUUUGCUUAACAGUUGAAAAAAAUUGUAUAAAUUGCAAUGACUCACAAUACUCACUGUAUUGCAAAAUGUUAAAAAUCGCAAUAACGUCGUAUCGUGGCCCAAGUAUUGUGAUAAUAUUGUAUUGUGGGGCCACUGGUGAUUCCCCCCCCCAAUGGCUCGUGUCAACAGUGAUUUACUGCAACGAUAUCAGGGGGAUGAAACUUGGAGAGACAGUAAACAAAUUUGGUUAAAACCAGGAUGAGAAGAGAACAUCUAUCUGUUUUGCAGAGAAAUUAACCUUGUAAUCACCAACCUAUUACCACUGGUGACAGGAUUUGUCAAGCCUACUUCUCAUUUCCAUAACUCCUCAACAGUUUAUAGAGCUGGAAAAUUCAAAAACCAAUAGAAAGCUGAGAACUAGAGCGCUGCACUCAUAUUCAAGGCAUUACAGUAGCACUCAGGACAGCUGCAGGAAUCCAUCCAAUCACAGAGAAGAAUGACCAGCUUUAGUGUCUGCAUCACCAGAUCAAACAGAAGCUUCUCUGUACCGUAACUCCUGAACUCUAAGCGCAAUUCAAAAAAUUCCUGAAAGUAGACAACAGUAGCUCUGUUAUAAUGUAUAGCAUGAUAUAUCUAUCAUUACGGUAAAGUGGAUGAACUGAAUAUAACGAUGGCCAUAACUGUCAAACAGCCAAGAAAUAUAUUUGAGUAUGUUCUUGCAAAACAGCAAAGAAACACCAGUUCACUGACCUGUCAUUCAUCUGAUACUUCAUUCAUACCAUAACUUCCUUAUUUACUCAUGCAAUCAUAUUUCAAUCAGUUUAAAUGUGAAUAAUUAAAUUUUUCAAGAUCUGGUUUAUAAAAUUCUAAUUCUUCCCAAAAAUCGGUCUUAAAAGGAGAGUGGUCUUAUGUGAUCUGUUGGGAUCCAGGAUAUGUUCGUAUUUUCCACAGAGAAGUUAAGCAGUGAGUAGUCAGCUAACAGGUGGAGAUUUUUAUUGGCAAAUACUUUAAUUCGAACACAGCGGAGCCAGCACAGAGAUGAAUGAAAAGGUUAAUAGAAAAUGCUGAAGUGGACAGGGAUAAAGCCAUGCUAAGAAAGAGAAGUCAAAGCUGCUCAGUCUUUCAACAGCUGGUUCUGAAAGGAUUUAAAGCCUGAAUAUAACCUCGUCAAGGGAAACAUGCAAACCAUGCUGUUGGUUUGGAGAAAGUGAAGCCUCAAACUGCCAACAUUCAGUUUAUUUUCUAAUUUCUUAUAAACCAAGGAUAAGAAACCAAGAUGACUAAUGAGACUUCUGCAAAUGUGCGAUCGUAAGAUGAUGUUUAUCUGCUUCCAGCUGCUAAGCUGAGAGUGAAGACGUCGUGUUCAGUUGGAUUUUUGGUGCAAGUUCAGUUUAGUCGAACUCUGUGGGGGCAAAAGAUUUAUCUCUUUAUAUCUCAGGAUUUGUGGUAAACCAGGGUGUGUUAAUGUUAGCUUAAUGGACUCUUGUUGACCUGUGAGAAUAUAAUAAAGCUAAAUAUAGAUGGCUUUUCAUCACAGUUACCUAAAAACCUCAAAUAAGGAAGGUCUCGUCCAAACUACUACAGUUCAAACUAAAGAGCUACUCAUGGGUAGCAUCUGUGUGAAGUGUUUGCUAAUGUGUUUUGAACUGUCUCUUAGUGCUGUUAUCUUUUUAAUUCACACUUUUUGCACAGGCUGAUGUUCGUCUGUUUCAACAUGUUGUCCUCUGACAUAUCCUGUAACAUUCCAGAGGUGCAAUUUAUUCCUCUCUGUGAAUUCUACUGUACAUUACAAGUGUUGCUCUCAUCACGAAAAUAGAAAACAAAAUCCUAUUACACUCGAUCAGAGAGUCUGUGGGUGGUAGCUUGAUAGAAAAAUGAACAGUGGCUGGAAUUUCCAUCCUAAAUCUUUGUCAAUUUAUUCAUCUUGUUUCUGUUUACAGUCGGUAUCAUAGGAGGUUAAUUCCCUUAUAUUUUAUUUCUGUCUAUAAAACAUCCUUACAUGUGCCCUGUGUAGCAGGAUAUAACCAGAACACAACCUAAGACACCGCAGAACUCAAACGGUUCCUUCUCCGAGGAUUUGAUGUAACAAAUAGACAAAAACAAGUUACAUGUACCUCUCUUACAUCCGCGCACACACCUACAGUACACCUCAGAGCCACCCACUCCAAUAGCUAUUGACAUGUUCUUUUUCUUGCCCCGGCUCAGUGGGCAGCAGGUCGUAGAUGCUGGGAAAACGGAGCUGCCCACACACUGGAUAUUUAUAAGACCACAAAUCACUGAAACCACAGGAAUGGGCUCUUUCAUUUCCACUGCCAAACCUGCUGCCAUGUGGAUCACACAGCAGCCACUCAGCCCUGCAAUCCGCAACGCACUAUAUUCUCCUUUUCCCUCUCUCCCUUAGCCUUUGUCAACUCUUUUCCCAUCCGCUCCCUCUUUUUACUCAUUCAUCUUUUUCUCUUUUGCUCUUAAUACAUCUGCUUUUCUCCCCUCUGUCAUUCCCCACUGUCCUGUAUGAGUCAUAGGACUUUGGUUGACUGACUCACACAGGUGUUUGAGAUCAGCACAAGAGCUUUUAGAGCUCCACUGUAAUGUAGUGAGUGAUGUUUUUUGUGAUGUAAAGGAAUAAGAAUAAAAGGUCACAUUUUAUUUUAAUCAGCCAUUCAGCCUGUUUCGAACCACUUUAGCUGCUCCUCUCUGAAACACUGGGCAUGAUUCAUUGGUUAUCCACAGGAAAAGUAGCAGAUAUUACCUUGGGAGUAGUCACUUUGUUAAAUAUGCAGCAGUGUUAUUGUUAGGGUUAAACUCCUCACUUCAAUACUUUUACACUUGUGGCUACAGCCUGAUAUGCAUGUAAAAUGUUAUUAAAAGCAGAAUUUGGUAAUUUGAAAGUUAUUCAAACCUUUUAUUCAAAUGGAAAUAGUGCAGUGACAUCAACUUUCUUUUCCCCAAGAACACCCAUAUAUGCUCAUAAAGUGACGCUGAGCCUAUGCAGUGAUAUCCACUACAGAAUCAUGCCAGUUUUCACCUGAGGCCUUAGGUCAGAGCCAUCCAGUCUUGGUAGAUGACAAAAUCCCCAAGUUCUUUUAUUUUAGACCAAGAGCAUUAAUCUGAAAUUGUUGAACUAUUUGCUCACACAGUCUCUCACAGAGAGACACUUAGAGCCGUGUCAAUAACCUGUAAGCAAUGUAACCACAUUAGUUGGGAGAUGUUCUUCAAUGUGAUUUUUUUUUUUAGCAUCACAGUGCUUUUUUUUUUGUUUUGUUGUCCCGAUCCAAACACUUUUGGAGACGCUCUCUUUUUAAUCAACAUUUUUACACCACGGCCCAACUGUUUUUGGAGUUAAAGCUGUAGUGUAUUGAGCACCAGAUGCACAUACACUCUGAAUAAUUAGGAGGGAGAGCUCUCUCUUCAAAGAUGGAAAUGAACUUCAAGUGCAUCAAACAUUUGUAAAAUCACACUUUUGCUCCCACUGACACCUGCUUUUCCCCCCAUUAUACGUUUAUAACAAAUUUCUGCAAGUCAAGAUGUGUUUGAAAGGUAUCAAAUAAUCCAAAUUAUAGUUUAUGUUAAAGCAACACAACCUCUAUUUGUGUUCACUGCCUGAAGUAUUCAGUGCACUGAGCUUUAAAUAGCAACCAAAAAGCUUUUCAGUUGUAAGCAAAAUAGUCAUUCUUUGUCAAUACAAGGAAAUAUUUAAUAUUUUAUUCCACUAUUCCUGUAUAGCGCACUUUGAUGAUAAGGUCGUACGUGAAAAGUAAUUGAUUUUCAUAAAGUACCUUUCAAGGACAAAGAGUAAUUAGUUUCAGAAUAAAAGAUAAAAAAAUUAAUAAACCAAAUUCCAUAAAACAAGGUUACAAUAAAGGCACAAAUGGGUCCUCACCUGAUUUUUUUUUAAAUGCCCACAGAGUCGAUAAUUAUCUUUAAAAGAAGACCUAGAAAUUCAGAUACAACAACCUUAAAUGCACAGUCUCGUUAGGUUCCCACUCUGAUCCGUUUUUAUUUUUUUAUUUAUUUUUUUUUAUUACUACUUAAAGUGUUAUCAUUGGUCUUGUGAUUAUGAAAUUUUAAGCCAUAAUUACAUUACCUGAGUCAUUCUCAAGAGUUUUUCUUCUGCAGAGCUCCAGUAGCUCAUAAGCAAUUCACCUCUGAGUUGUGGGCAGGGACGGCGCUGCUCUGCACACUCCUCUUCAUGCUAGCUUGUAGCCUAACAUUGCCGGUGUAAUUGAAGAAGCAGGUAUCAUAGGAGCUAUUCAGCUCUUGGACACAAAUGUCUUUAGGGACAUGAUAAAAGCUAUCAGUAUUAACUUUUUUACGAGCAUUGCAAUCCGCUAAUGCACACGCUUGUUCCGCGAUUGUCCUCUUAGUUUUUUCUGAGUCUGGCCUACAUAGCGGGGCUCCAGGGACGGAGCUUGGAAUUGUGACCAAGGAAAUCUCACUGUGUCUGAACCUGCUGUUUUGGUCUGUUAGAGAUUUACAGUGAUUUGAAUACAGAAGUAAUUAAAAAAUACACUUAUUGGUCUCAUGAUAUGUUCUGUAGCUUCAAAAAAAAAUGCUAUAUGAACUUGUAAAAAACAAGAAAAACACGAUUUUUAUUGGUAUGGGUCUUAAAGCAAACCCCUCAGAGUCCUGCUGGACUUAACACAGCCUAAGCAGCUCUUGAACAUCAGCAGGUUCUUCACCAUUCAACUCUUCAAACACAGUCAUCAGAGUUAUUCUGAAUCUAAUCAGAGGCAAGUGCAAAGACAUGAAGAUUGGUGUGACGUGAAACUUUUCAGGAGGAUUUUGUUAGAAGCGUAGCGGCAGCGUUUUUAGCUGCUUGUGGGUGGUUCAAAGAAGUGUUGCUGAGACUGGUGAAAGGAGAACUGCAACACUCUAGCCCCGAUAAAACAAAAGCAUAAAAAAUCAUUAUUAACUCAACACCAGGCCCACUGUGAUAGAACAGCUGUGUUAGUCAGGGCAGGUUAAACAGCAGAUGAAAGAAAACAAAGACUCAGAAUUCAAAAGAUUUGGUUAAUACUAAUACUAAUAUUGAUAAAUCUUAAUCACUUCCUCUAUACAGGUUUUCCUGUCUGUUUAUGUUGCCUCCUCUGCUUUACAACCCACUUCCACCCCAGUUCCUCCUUUUUUGCUGUGUCUGAUCUUACCGGUGUCAAAUGCAUUGUCAGAGAUGUCUACUCUGUUCUGGGUUUUUGCUGCUGCUCUCCCUGAAAUCCUGAUUUUGCCCUUCCGUGUGCUUACGUGGAAGGACAAGAAGUUGUCAGAGCAGAGCCAUACCUCCAAAUAUAACUACUGCAUGCAAAUAAUUCUUUUGAUGAAAGUGGUCCUGACUGAUAAAUGAGUUUUAUUUUCUUCUCUUAUCUGCCGGAGAAGUUUGUCUUAUAGCUGGACUUGCAGAUUAUAAUUGUAGCUGACUAGCUAACUGUUCAUAACAAAUAUGGCAUCCUCAUAUUAGCAUAAUUAGCAACAACAGAAUUGACAGUGAUUUGCAAAGAUCAGGACAACUUCUUAAAAUACACUCUGUGAGAUUGAAAUGUUGCAGAAAUGUACAGAGAGGAAGGCUACCACUCUCAUGGAGCAAGUGGAUUUUACAGCAAGCCAGUAUGUCCUGCCAGAGUUGGUAACUCAACUCCCAUCCCUACAAAAUACAGCCAUUCAGAGUUCAUUGAUGUGAAGGUUUAGGAGGAAAAUGAGGUGUUUGUGAAAAAGAUAAAAGAAGUGAAAUAAACAUGGUACAAUAUCCUUCCACAAGAGCUACAAGGAUGUUGAUGUUUGUGAGUCUUUAUGACUUUGCAGCUCCACAUGUGCACACACAACACUUUCUUCCAUGUUUGCUGUCAUGUCCUUGAGAGUUCAUAGGCUGAACAGGGUAUGCAUGUAGCAUUUUGAAAUACAAGCAACUACUGAGGGUAUUACCAGCUUUCAUUUGUCAGGGUUAUUCUGUUGUUGUUUUUUUCACUCUCCAAGGCCAGGAAAAAGGUUUCUUUUCUUACCUCUGUGCGUCACUCACAAGGAAAGGUGGGAAAUGAGGUGUCAACAAUUUGAUGGUUAGUGUAAUUGAACACCACAUGUCCCUGGUGAUGUCUCUGAGGUAUGUUUAGAAAUAUGUGGGUGACAUAUUAUUGACUUUAGUUGCUUAUUAGACAAAGUGAUUAAUCCCAGAGUCAACAUGCAUGUCAGCAGGGAAGCGUGUGGGACAGAGGGCCAUGACUUCCAGGGCCGCUUUUGUCAGCUGGUAAUUAUCACCUAAGGCGGUCUGUGACGUGGACAGGUGGUCCACGUUAAGAUAAAAUAACCAUAUAAAAAGCCAUUUAAGGACAGUGUUUGGCUUUUUUGCCAGCUGCCUCAGACUUUGACUUUCAACAGACCAGGUUGUAAGUCUGUUUGUCUCACGCAUCAGAGGAAAAUUCUGUUUCUUUUCCAGUAAGCUAUAAUCCUCGCUGAGUCUCCCACACAGCCUUCCUUCCUCAGCCACAUUUUCCUUUUCCCUCACUCAGGGUUUUCAGGGCUUUUUGGGCAUGAUAUUUGGAGCAGCGCUCUCCCCUCAUCCUCCUCCACGACUCUUCUUUCUCUCCAUGGCUGUAAAGCUGAGUUCCUGACAUACCAGACAGGGUGAAGAGCCUCAAAUGGCCAUUCCAGGGGAUUAAUGAAAGGAAUGAGGGGAUGAGGAGAGCAGAGGUAGAAAAACAGAGAAGAUAAAGACGUAACCAGCAAGUGUUCACUGCAAUCUUGAGAAAGGCAAAUCAGAAUUUUUAGGGGGCUGUUAAAGCAGAGCAACUUAUUGAAGCAGAAGACUCAAAUGAGUAUUUUCAAGAGGAGAACAGAUGAGAGUCAUUGUCUUUUUUUUCUGUUUUGCCUUGACAGAUGAUCUACCAGUCAGGAGUCGUGCCUUUUUCUUCUCAUACUUGACUGAGCAAACAGCAUGAGGCUUUUUAUCAAAGAUAAACUCUGCUGCCGAGUCUGGCAACUCUUUCCCCUGCCUCUAAAUCUUAAUGACAUAAGUACUUCAAGCUUGUAUGUGAUGUGACAUUGUGGGGAGAUUUACUGUGUAGUAGAGGAUCAAAUCGAAAACACAGGGUCGAUGAGGUCUGAGUGAAGCACCCAUCCUUAAGUUGGCAAAGUACUAGGUCUCAACUUGCUUACCAUUGAUUUCUCUUUCUCUGCUGUUUUGCCCUUGUAGUGUGUCCGUCACUCGCUCCAAAGACAUGCCCUCUUUUGGACCCCCAAUCCCAGAAGGCGUGACGUUCCCAAAGUCCUCAGUGUUCCGGGACUUCCUCUUAGCGAAAGUCAUCAAUGCAGAAAACGCCGCCCACAAGUCACACAAGUUCCGUGCCAUGGCCACCCGCACUCGCCAGGAGUACCUGCGGGACCUAGCCGAGCGCCACACAACCAGCACACCCAUAGACCCCUCUGGGAAGUUCCCCUUCAUCUCACUGGCGCACAAAAAGAAAGAAAAGAGUAAGCCGUACACGGGGGCGGAGCUGCGCAGCUUGGGGGGGGUGACCUGGCCGGUUUACGUUGAGGAUCAUGGGACUGGAGGGGAACUGGAGGCUCUUUUGACCAUCUCUAAUGACUUCCUGAUCCUGUUGGAUCGGGAGGCCAAAGCUGUGGUGUUCAAUUGUGCCACCAAGGAUGUGAUUGGCUGGACUCUGAGCAGCCCGGCAUCUUUGCGGAUUUUCUACGAGAGGGGCGAGAAUGUGUCUCUGAGGAGUAUCAGCAACAACACCGAGGACUUCAAAGAGGUGGUCAAACGACUGGAGGUGAGAACACACACUCAGAAACACAUGACAUAAGCUCCCUUUACACAGGAUGACUCACAUUUAGAUCAUUUCAGAACUGCUGGGACCUGAAUUUUCAGUAUUGACUCAAACGUGUGUGCCUGACACAGCUGGAUGAAAUCAGAAUAACUUUUCUGGCCCAAGUCAAGUGUUUGCCAAGAAAGUGACAUGCAGGGGUUAAUCAGUGAGUCGAAUCCUUUUGGUCCCACUAUUAAUUCAGCAAGAUGGAACUAGACUAAUUGAUGUUGUUGUUUGGAGGCUCCGUGGAGACGGCAGAUCAAUAGAUCAAAAUGAUCAACAGCCCACACCCACCCAGUCCCACUCACUACGAACUGUCGGCUGUCAGUCUGCCAGAAUGACAACACUCUUUCUCUCCAUCUACAUGCCAGAGACGCUGUCUCAUUACUCCUCCUCAGCUUAUUGAGGGAGUUUCAUAAACACCUCUGGACAACAUACUCCUUAAUAGCUCACAUAUCUACACAUACAGCCAAGUGGUGCUAGCUCUUCCUUAGCUGUUUCCAUGGCAACUGGUGAGGAAAAAAAGUGUUUUCUUAUGUAAUCAUCAGCGCUUUAGAAUAGAUUCAUUUCCCCAGCCUCUCCCAGCCUUCAAACUGUGUGUAUGUGUGUGUGUGUGUGUGUGUGUGUGCGCGUGUGUGUGUGUGUGUGUGUGUGUGUGGGUUUGAUGGUUUUUAUCAUGUAACCUGGAUCGAGUCCACUGCCUUUGAUUUGCACACGGGCACAUAAUGAACACACAAGCACAUCAUGAUGAUGAUUCGGUCCAAGAUUCAGAGAUGUAUCACUUUCAUGUUGCAUUUUAUGCAUCUGGCGUUAAUCUUCAAUCGUUUGGACUCCUUAAGUGCCAGCGAGAGGAAGAGAAGUGGCCUUGGGCCCUUCGCUUGUUUGGAACUCUCCUCUCUUCCCCUCUUUGUAUCUCUUCUCCCUCUCUCUCUCUCUCACUGUCUCUCCUCUCUCUUCACCUCCUGCUUUUUUCCAUUUCGUUUCUUUCUUGUACUCUCUUCCUCACCCACGCACACUUCCUGAAGCAUCAGAGAGCAUCAUAACAAUUCCUAUCAGGUGCACGUCUGCGGUAUGAUUUAUUCACACUACCUUGUGAGUUUGACUUCUAUAGACGCCCUCGUACAGACGGGGGAGAUGGAAGGUGCCCUGAAGUCACUGAGCGCAUCACUCGAGGGAAAGACAGAGGAGUAAGAUUAAACCAACCAUGAUGAGAAGUUGUCAGGAAGGAGGAAAUUUUUUUUUAUAAUCUUUUAUUAGUUGGUGGGAGUCCUUUCUAAUGUGACAGGUGAUCCCCCUUAAACUUUUACCAGUUCUUUAUUUAUCUUCCUCACCGCCGGUGAUUAAAACGUCUGACUGCUUUCCUGUACCCCCCUGCCCCGCCUAACUUUUUAGAGCCACUUUUUUUUUUACUAAAAAUAUGACAUGUAGAGGUGUUUUUGAUGCGUCUCUACGUGAACACAGCCUGAAGCGUCACAGCAAGAGACGCCUGCUUUCAUUCUGUCAACUGUUGAUGAGUACACACAUGAAGUUAAAGGUGAACCCCUCACACUACAGUACUCCUACAUAUUCAUGUGUUCCAGCUUCUUCUUUUAAGUACCCUAAGUGAUCCCUGAGAGAUUUGUGUACAUAUAGACUUAACUUAUGCAGACCCUCACAUAUGCAGAUAAUCCCAUAAGUUGUUCUGGUUCUCAGCUAAAAAAACCAUUUCAGGAUGAAAAUGCAUGUCAGGCCUGAUUCUUCUUUUUCCCUGCUCUCACCAUCUCUCCAUGUCUAUGGUCACAUUGCUCUGGUCACCUUCUGACCCUCUGUGUACCUUUUUCAUCUUCUCUCUUCUGAUUACUCCUGCCACUUAAUCUUUGAACGGUCCUUGGCUCACCUCUCUGCCCUUCCUCUGUCCAGUUCCUGACUAAAGGCUGUGAGACGUCAGAGAUGACGCUACGUCGAAAUGGCCUGGGGCAGCUCGGCUUCCAUGUGAACUAUGAGGGCAUCGUGGCUGAGGUAUUUGACUUUGAGUCACUGAACUCCACAACAGUCUAGUUAUUUCAGUAUUUGAAAUGAUCCAGAUUAAAACAGCAGAUACAGGCUUCAGUCUACCUCUUCAUGCUGACUUUGUGUUCUGCUCCUCAGCCUUACUUUGCUGUGAAAAAACUACAUAGAUCAUACCAGUAUAUCCACAUUUACACACUUUAUCCUCCUCCACACAUUCUUGGAUAUUACCGUCUAGUAAAAGAGUCAUUUCUCAGCUGCAGCUGUGAUUCAGUCAAACUUCUCCUCACACAGGUGGAGCCGUACGGUUUCGCCUGGCAGGCAGGAUUGCGACAGGGAAGCAGAUUGGUCGAAAUCUGCAAAGUUGCCGUGGCAACGCUGACACAUGAGCAGAUGAUUGACCUCCUGCGGACCUCAGUGUCUGUGCGUGUUGUCAUCAUCCCACCACAUGAUGACGCCACCCCGCGCAGGUUGGUUUGGAUGAUACAUGUGUUGUGUUCUCUUACCAUCUGCUGUGGAAGUGUUUAUUGUGAAAUUAAUUUGGUUGAGAAGAGUCAGUCAACAAAACCACCAUUUUUUCAUAUAAGAAAAUCAGUGGUGCAGCUGAACCCAGAUAACGUUACACCUUAUCAGAGGAAUGCAAAUUCAAAAGCACUUGUUUUUUUGAUUCAUUAGUGUCUUUGGAAACUAUAAAAGUCACACAACUAAAGCUUAACAGUGAUCAGUCUGAAAUGUGUGACAGGUGUACCUCAAGGAUCUUUGUUGGGCCCCCUACAGUUUCAAUAACAUGCAAAAACAGCUGAGCCUGUCCUACAGAUGAAAUCAAAUUCAGCUCGGUUAAAACAAACAAACCUUUUUCAUUUCAGUACUCUGAACUCUCAUGCCUUGUACCUUUUCUUUCACCAUAGGGGCUGCUCAGAGCUCUAUAGGAUGCCAGUGUCUGAUUAUAAGGGCAGCAGCAGUGACAGCGGCUCCUUUGAGUACAAGUUCCCCUUCAGGAGCAACAACAACAAGUGGCAGAGGACAUCCAGCAGCCCUCAGCAGUCGCUGACUGCCUCACCACAGCCCCACCAACCAAACCGAGCCAUCAGCCUGGGCAGCUCGGUCGGAAAGACCCUGUCAGCUGAGAGGCUGGAGAGGGGCGCCGUCAUCCCACGCAGUGUCAGCAGCGAUGGACGACCCCUUGACCCAAAAAGGUCAGAGUUCACCAGCUUUUGAAAUGUGGGUCAGUGGAGUAGAUUGUUGGGAUGUGGGGGAGGGUGUCUUGUAGUGUCAUUUCCAAAUAAAAGCUUUAAUUGUUGGAUAGCUAUUGUAGUUUUAAGUAUGCGUUUGAGCUGGGACUGCUGUAAAUGGUGUAAGUUUAUCUACAAAGCACACAAAAGGCAGCUUUGGGACCGGGGAGGAUUUUUAGGAAGACUUCUCUAAAUAUUCAUCUUAUUUUUUUCACCCAGACUGUGUGGGAACUGCACUAACAAUGUAGUAAUCAAUGGCAUUUCCUCUGCAGGAAGAGCUUAGAACAAUUUGCACCUACAAGGCUUUGCUGUGUUUAUUUCAUCCUCCUUUAUUUCCCUCACUCACACAUGCCUCUUAAUUCUUACAGUUCCUGUGUGUGAAUGUGUUUGUGUGUAAACCAGGAUGUCCCCGGGCAGCGAGAGCUAUAGCCUGGCCUCCUCCCUGGCGUUGGGUCGUUCGCCUCACAAUCGCAGCUCGCCAAGCAACCUGUCAUGUUCCAGCGACGCCUCCGGAGGCUCGGCUCACUGGAGACAGAAGUCCAUGCCUGAGCAGUAAGGAGUCUGGGGAUGAGGGAUUAUGUUAGUCUGUGGGAGCCGUUGUUUCAGAGCAUUUCUUUUGUGCAAGCUACAAUGAAUUGUAUCAGAAAGCCUGUAUGUCCUUUGUUUGACAGAGAAAUGUUUUCGCUGCAUUAGGCACUCGUAUUGUGUUGGAUUGGAAAUGUUCCUCAUGCAAUUCUCAAGUUAGUAACUUUUUAUGUUGCACUUUUGAAAUAAAAUACACUUACCAGGGUGCAAGGACACACAGAUACAAUGAAUGUGUGAAAUAAGCAGCAACAAACUUUACAGAUAUAAGAAAGCCUCUAUUCAGAAACAAGUUUUCACAAGAUACUAAAAGCAGCCUGAGGAUAAGUGAACUGCAAGAGACAGUGAUAAACUCUUCGUGGUCACAGGUGGUUCAAUGUGAGUUUUUUUUUUACGUGCAAUGUAACAAUGUUUAGUAUCAGUAUUUUGACCAGAUUUUAUUUCAAAAUUGCAUUCACAGAUGGGGAAAGUACACACAAGAUGAUCACCGGCCAAAACAUUAGGCAGUCAAAUUUAAUCACAUGACUGCCUUGGCUGCUAUCUAUUACCAUCAGUCUUCGACAUCGUCAGCUGCAUAAUUGAAGUACCUACGCAUGCAUUAAGUUACCUUUUAACCCUUUCUAGAGAGUUUUAGAUUUACUCCUUUUAAAAUAUAUCUAAGCUGACUUCUUAAAUCAACAGAGCCCAUAAAUUGAUGUAUUUAUGGCAUCAUACGGGAAAUAUUUUAAAAUUAUGAUUAUUUUUCAAUUUAAACAGAUGCUUGAAAAUUGCUUGAAACACCAAUACAGUUGUCAUUUUGGUCCUUCUUUCACCCUUGAAAUGAUCAAUUCAUUCCAACCAUUACACCAAAUAGAUUUUAGAAGAGUGUUUUAUCUGGUUGGAAAGUUAUGGAUAUUCUCACCUGAAUUUGUUCUGGUUUCAUUCAUAUUUUAACAGUGACGGUUAGAGCUUAUUGAGUAUAUAGGAAAAGUUUGCGAUCUUUACAGAACAAAUUACGUCUUUUUUUAACCCUAACUGUAUCAACUGGACAAUAGGGGGAGGGGAAGCUUGGUGGCAUGAUUUAAAAUAAUGCAAGUCAAAGAUGAUGAUGAUGAGAUUCUUCAUGGUAAAUUUGAAAAGCAUUUAAUAUUGACCAGAAAAAGUCAAAAGUGCAUGGUAAAAUCCUCACAUCAUGAGAGCUAGGGCUUAAUAUUAAGACAUUGUCACUUUUUGACAACAGCACAAUGAUCUUGAAAGGUACUGUUGAUUGAGGCUCUUUGGUUUGACUCAUAAACAGAUCUGUGUAUCAUCAGCGUAACAGCGAAAUGGUAUUUAUAGUAUAAAUGUAUUAAGCUGUUUUAAGUGCAUUUAUCAGUUUUUUCUUACCAGUCCUGUAAUAUUUUUUAGCUGGAGUCCUUGUUUGACGUUAGUGAUUUAUUCAUUCCAUCCAAAUAAAAACUGAUUAGUCACUUUCAUGUUGAAUUUAUUGUAUUAUAAUGCAGCAGAGCCUGGCUUCAGAUUAGCUUCAUCUGACAGUUGUAACAGUGUGUGACGCUGGUGUAGGAGAGUGAGGUGAUAGCAUUUGUGUGUCUUUGUCUUUGAUAAUGGUCUUGACAGACUGUCUUUUUCCACCCACUGCAGCCUGUGGGAAAAAAAAUCAUUGUGCUUCAAACUCUUUCCAUUGUGUCAUUUCUAGCUCUGCAUUUUUUAUCAGGGAAAACACAUUUGGACGAUUUAAAAGCUGAAUAAAAUGUUCAUUUUUUUGUGUCUGUGUGCUCAUUUGCCAGGUUUGCAGGCAGUCGCCACUCUCCCAUGUCUGGGGAGAGACGGGAGGUGGCAGGAGAGGGAGCGUCCAGCGGGAAGUCCACUCCCAAUUGGUCGAGGAUGGAUGAUGGGGGAGGAGCUGAAAGAGGAUCAACAGGUGAAUUGAGACACAGAGUGAAAACAACAAUCUUCGGUAAUGCAGAAAGGUGCUGGGGGAAGGUAUGGGGCACCUGACUCCUAAAAAAGUGUCCAAAAAAGGGCCAAACCAGGAAAGGAACCAUCCAUAUUUACACAUACUGUACAACCUUUUAAACUGACAGCUAUCCCAAAGUGUGCAGCGUGUUUGUGUGUGCCUCCUCAGCUGCUGGUGACACUUUUUUCACAGCUAAGGUACAAACUCUGACAGCUUCCACACUUCUUCUUCUGAACAGCACUUCUCCUCCCCUCUCUCCCCCUCUUCCUCCCCUGCCUCUUCACAGAGAAGAUCUUAAUGUCUCUGUAAACAGACAAAGAGGUGGAAAGAUAAUGAGACAAACAGUCACUUUUCUCUCUACUCUAUAAAGUUUAAUAAAAAAAGAGAGAAUCGGAUUGACUGACCUUUCCUCCCCUCCAUCCCUUCAGUUUUUUCCCCUUUCACCACGGCUGCUCAUGUUUGCCUCUCAUUCAUCUUUUUGAUUCUUCUGUACAUUGGUUUUCAUUUAAUUACAAGUAUCCUCAAAUGCAAUGUUGUUUUUCUGGAGUUUUCUUCUUGUUUUCCAGCUCAGAUUCAGAAAAACCGCAAAAACUAAACGCUCCUCUGCCACUGCCCUGAUUUCCAGCAGGAUAUUGCUUUGGUUAAAUGUUUACCAGCCUGCUCUCUGCCGUGCCCUCAACCUGUUCUUAACCACCACAAUCACAGAGAAUAAAACCCAACUCUCUCAUUUCGUGGUUGUUUACAGCGCUUAAGUCUUUAUUGGUCAGGGUGGAACAAUGCAUGCUGGGCCAGCUUAGCCUGUGUCAGCCAAGUGUCCAGUUCUGCACAGUCUGCUCUGCUGUCUCUGUGGUUUAAAGUUCUGUCCUUUCCUUCCCCCUCCCUUUUUUUUUUUUUUACCCCCUUGACCCUCUAGUCCUCAGCCAUGAUGAUGUGGCCGCUGUGUGCUGUCCAGAAAUAACAUGAGUCACGCAGAGGACAGGAGACUCACUUUUGCUCUUACUUUUUGUUUCACAAAUAGGACUGUAAGUGCUCAAUGUAGCCUUUAACUCCCCUGCAGCCGCCAUUUAACUCAACGUUUACUCCACUCUCUUUUGAUGUCCAGUAUCUUCUUUAAGAUGAAUUCAUGCAGUGGCUGGUGAGGUGCAGAAAAUUUGUCAUGACUUUCUUUCUUCUGCACAACAAAGCCAACAGGAAUGUAAACAAAGAAAAGCUGCCAGAAUAAUGCAGGGAUUAAAGUUCACUGUCAGAAACGGAGAAGGGCGAGUUCACCACUGCCCCCCAGGGAAAGAUCUGAACUUACUUGUCAGACCCCGCCGGCAGCAUCAUCGUCACUGCUGAUGUGGGCUUCAGCAUCAUGAUCAGUAGCCCGCUAGAGGUUCUCUCAGCCAUUCUGCUCCAGUGUCAAAAAAAACAAACAAACUUAAAUGGAUCCCCUGGUAUGACCACUGGUAUGGACAAUGUAACCAGAAAAUAAAAAAUAAGAUACAAAAAAAAAGCACCCCCUCCACAGCUGGCUGGGGGGGAAGAGGGGUGUUGGUGCCUCUCGCUGCGACAGUGCACAGAUAAGUGAGAAACGUCCCCUCAUGUCAUGAUAUAGCUAGUGGGCGGUGGCGGCGGCUAGUAGGUGCACCUGGCUGCGGGAUUCGGGUUGGCCUUUGCUGGCGGUGGCGUCCACCACCAUCCAUGCCUGCUGUCUGUCCUGCUUGCACUCAACUGGCUGCCCGCUUUCCCACGACACAGUCGCCAUAGCAACAGCCGGAAAGGAUUGCACGGUAUAAAGGUGCCAUUGCGGGGGAAUAUGAACUGGCCAGAAAAAAUUUAAUUCAAGUUUUUUUUGGGUCUAAUCCCCAAUCGCGGUAUGCACUUAGUUAUGAAAUAUCAGAGCUGCAUAAAAUGAUAAUAAAAACAAAGUUCAGGCACAUCUGGUACACUCAUCCCAACAACAUGUUACACACACACACGUGUACUUGCAUAUACUUUAUAGACAGCGGUACUCAAACCAGCAAACAUGCACUCAUACAACCAUGUCUAAUUAGCGCAGCAAGCCCUGUGGGCCGCUCUGAGAAAACUCUGCAGAGUCAUGAAUAUUCUAAGUAAGAUAAGGAAGAGUUCACUAUAUUACAAGAUUCACACCAGCAGAUGUGAUGAUACCUCCCUUACCUUUUCCUCUCAUGUUGCUGGGGUCAUUAGCUGCCUACUUAGUAUGUCCUGUUGCAUAAGGAUUACACAACAGCCCCAUUUAUACCCCAAGUUUCUCUUCAGGACACGAAACGCAUCACCUCACGCAUCACAGCCUGCCCUGAACAAACAGAGCCAGCAGGGACAAGUCUGGGGACAACUUUGUGUUUGAAUGGUGUUGGUUUGAGAUGACAAGUGAUCCAGGUUUAUUGUUUAUGGACACGACAGAGGCAGAGUAAAAAGCAACUGUCAGCUUUGUAAGUCUCCUGGAAGCAUGAGUGCUGGAGCUGCAAAAUACACAUAAGAGAGCACAGAUUAGACGAGAACAACUUCUCUGUUGAAUCAUCAACAAGUCAUCUGUUUGUGCCGCAGGCAGGCAGCCUCUGUCUCAGUGCAUGUGUUUGUCACCAAUUCCAGCUGUGUUUAUUGCUCUCUUUAUUGCAGAAGCACCAGUUUCAAAGUCUGGUCAGGGCUACUCCGGGGCUCCCCGGAUCCAGAGGCAGGAGCAGGUCAUCCAUCUGUCUCCGAAGAAAGGAAGCCAGGUCAGAUUUCACAUCUGUCUUACACUAUUAUUUUAUUAUAUACAUUUUUUUUAACUUUUGGAGCUCUGAAAGAGUGAAUCACUCACUGCAGCUGCAUCUGUUCCAUAACCUGACUGUGCCACUUCCUGUUUGCUCCAGCAGUCUGACGGCCCUUACUCUGGACACUCCAGCAGUAACACCCUCUCCAGCACAGCCUCCAGUGGGGGCCACAGCGACAGCGACAAAUGGUACGAAAUGGGUGCAGGCGGAGGCUCCAGUGGUGACCAGGGUGAGUCAGAGCCCAACGGCCUUGGAGGAGGGGGCUACCUCCAGGGGGCGUCGGCUGACAGCGGCAUCGACACCAGCUCUUACGGUGCUCCUCAUCACAACCACCCUCAUUCUCAUCAUGGCAGCACCACCUCCCUGCUGGCCCCCAGUGGAAGCAGGGAGAACAGGGACCGAUCAGUGUCUCCAUGGCACAGCCCCACAGAGGGAGGCCGCAGGAUGCUGGAGAGGUCGCCUGCUGCAGCUGAGUCCCCCGGACCUCCAGCAGAGAGGAGUAUGGACGGGACAGGUAGAACCCCACCUACUCACCUCCUGGUUAGAGACAGCAGCACCUACAGUCUGAGCGACCAAGGAUCACACUCCAGGUCUGUCUGUGUGACUUUGUUGUUUAUUUAAACAUCUCUAGGAGUUAAUGCAUUAUUCACAUAGAGUUUGAAUGAAUGUCUAAACCAGCUUGAAGAAGAAAAUAUAGCAGCAACCCCAAGUUCUUCGCUUGUAGGUCCUGUGCAUCAUGAGGGAGAGGCCUGGUAAUUUGAGAAAUGAAAAACUUUAUUUACCACUGACAACAGGACAAGUAAACAUUAUCUCAUGUUUACUGGACGGACUGAACUCACUGAAUUAAAAAAAUGAGUGUCUAUUUUCAUAUCAUGGGGAUAUAAAGCAAGUGUGCAUGUAAAAUUCCAUCUAAAUAUUUAAAGCGAAGGGUUACAAACCAACUGUGGAUAUAUUUGCAUAAAAUUGAGAUUUUUCUCCUUUUUUAUUUUGGAAAAGGAUUCAUUUAGACCUUUUAUGAUUCAAAAACAAAAGUCUGAAAAUCAUGCAACUGGGUGACAUCUCCAAAACAUAAGCAACUUGUGGUGCCUGAACAAGAGAAGAUUUUGAGGGUUUUUUUAGAGGUCAGGAGCCAAACAUUUGGGGAACUUUGCCUAAAAUGUUCUCUGUUGAACCCAAAAAAAAAUCACCAGACCAUAAAACUUGAUCUUGAGGUCCCACAAACACAAAUCGAGCACAGACCUUCUGCAAACUCUCAUCUUGAAAAACUGUUGACUGUUAAAUGUAAAAUAUCAUUUAACAUCUGAUGCAUGAUCAGUGUCCUGUCUUAAAUAAAUAAAUACUUGUAUAUUUGUUCUGGUUACCCUAACUUCAACUACAUCCUUACACCUGUGGACACUGAUCUCCUCAGCACUAAAGUACUGGUGACCCAGUGUCUGAUUUUUACAUUGCUUUUACCCCACAGCUGGAGCUCCACACACAAAAAGCUGUUCUAUCCCUCCAGCUCUGGUGCCACAAUUUUUUACCUAUUACAAGUCAGUCUCUACUUCUGAUGGCAAAUAAGAGAAGAAGAAAAGAAAAGAAAAACUUGACUCCUCCAUUCUGCCACCGUGCAUUACACAGUACAGACAUAUUUGGCUUUAAUAUUCAGCCUUGGUCUGACAAGCAGCUUAAAGCUAGACACAACCACAGAACCAACUGCAUAAAACUACAGUGUCAAAUAAGCACACACAAAAACAGAGUGAGGAGGUUAUUCAGCAGUGAAAGUGCAAAGUUUAAUGAAUGAAGUACAAAUCUGGUAUCUGAAUGAAAUCUCCCCCGUCCCUCUUUGACUGUUACCUGACCCCGAUAGUAUGUUUCCAAUUCUCAUCACUUAAACCAAUGAACUUCGCCCAUGGAGAACACUCACUAGACCACCUCCCUUUCAAUGAGAUUUUCCUGGAAUCAAGCAUGGGAGUAAUUUUACUUCCCUCUUAUCUUUCCGCAUUAGGCCUCAGGAAAUGUGGAACACGUGUCCAAGUCCUCAUAGCUGUACUGGUGUCUGCAGAGGGGAAAACUCCAGUGUCAUGCUCUUUCUGAUCUCAACAGUUCAUGACCUGGGCAUCACCUGUGCGGCAUUCAAGCUAUAUUUGUAUUUUGUUCUAGUUCUGAUGGCAGGAGGGCGUCUGAAAAGAGUUUGUUUGACCCCAGGUGAUACUUGAAUACAGUUUUCCAUCUUUAAUUUAAUCAUUUAUGCCCUCUGGUAAGCCUAGCAGACAAUAAAAAAUGAUUAUCAGUAAUCUCUAAUUAGUGGUCAAAUAUUGAUUUCUUCAGGGGCAAACUGGUUAGUAAGAUUAAAAAAGAGUGUUACUGCCUCAUGGUUGAAUCCUUAUCAGGACUCUGAUGCCUGUUUUAUUGUCAGCCCAUGAACAUGAAGAGAAAACCCCCUAAAUUCUGCUGUGUGCCCUCUUCUCUCUGUCAGGCAUUCAGGCCACAGUUCCCCAAGAGAUGAGUCCUCCUCCUCAGCCACCUCGCCUUCAUCCCAGUCCACUGCGUCCCCCGGGCCCAAGACCUUCUACCCCCGCCAGGGAGCUCAGUCCAAGUUCCUGAUUGGCUGGAGGAAACCUGGUUCCACGAUAAACUCUGUCGACUUCGGAGACACCCGCAAGUAAGACCAAAAAAGAGGAGGGGGGGAAGACAGUGUAGCAACGUUAAAGUGUCUUUAAUUACCAGCUCUUUGCCUGGGAGUGGAUUUUUAUUGCACAGGGUUGCACAAAUUGAAGUGAAAUGGUAUUAGUGGUGCAGCCAGAGUUUGUGGAGUUGCAGCAGCUUUGCUCAAAGGUGUAAUAGGUGGUCCUUAAAACAAGGGCCAUCAUUUCUCCUGCAGUUAAGUCCUAGUGGAAGCUGGUUUAUGUGCUUUUGUACAAUUUUAACUCAAGUGCUUGAAGAAGAUGGUAGUUGCUGUAGUUUAGGACUCCAGAAUGAUGUAAUCGACCUAUUACCACAAAGCAUGGAUGUAGAUUAUGCUACUAUCAAAAUCCCAGUAGAGCUCGAUAUAUAACAUCUUUGUAAAUGUUAGACUUGCAGUGUUAUAUCACACUCUACCUCCCUGUAUGUACAGUAUUCUGUGUUGACAAAAUCAGGCCUCAGCAGCUUUGUAAUGGUAGUAUUUCUACUAAAGCUGCCUGUAUUUGAUCCCAUUACUUGUCCUCCCACUGUGUUUUCCCAUUAAUGUCUUGUUUGAAUAAAAAUAUGCACGCUACUUGAUUACCCCCUUGUGGUGGAAGAGGAUAUUACACUCAUGGGCUUUAAAUAAGAAUGUUUUGGCAAUAACAAGCCCCACUGCCAAAUCUGUCUUUGUUAUUUAACAGUUUAGUAUUAGACUAUCAUCAUGGUAAUUGUUCAUCUUUGUCCUCGUGUGUUUCAGGAAGUCCCCAGGAGAAGGUGGAGUUGAAGUUGUACCCACACCUGCAGCCAGGCCCUCUCUCCGGGACAUGCACUCGCCUCAGUCUCACGCCAAGUCCACCAUGGAGGAGGAUGUAAAGAGACACAGCGCUCCAGACAGCCCUCCAGCCCCACGCAGACACAAGGAGAAGACACGACUGCAGGCACGUUUAUGAAUCUUCAGACCAAGAACCUCUUUAUGGACACGUUAUACUUCAGUACAGCCGUGUGAUGAAUGGAGUGAACUAAUGAAAGACAGUUAAAUGCAGUUAUUGUCAUUUAGAUCCUAUAUGAUCCAGCCUGGGCUGUUACACACAAAUGAUUCUGAUGUAAAACAAACAAACAAACAAAAAAACAUGAUUUAACACUGUUGUGGCUAGUAGUUGUGGCUAGUUCACAAAAACAGUCAAUGCAAAGCUCCCUGUGAAUGAAAAUGCACUUAAACAAGUCAGCAGAACACAGAUUUCAUGGAGUGAAUCGGGGCGAUAACAGAGGGGAAGUUGAAGAAAAUAAACUUGUUGAUACAGGCUACAGAGUUCAGAGAAAGUCAUCUCUGUUUUUGUGUUCACCUGUGGAUCUUUUUUUCAUUCAUGUUUAAGUAAAACACGUCUCCAUCUUUCUCGUAACUUUUAUACAGCAUGGGCAGAAAUCCCCGCCGAGUCAUCCCCCUCUGAGCCACCGUCGCUCACUCCAUCGCACCCUGUCGGACGAGAGCAUCUACCGCGGUCAGCGCCUACCUUCUCUGGGCGACACUGUGACCGAUCCCACUCUCGGUGCCGAUUCUCUCUUCAGCUGCUCUACCCUCCCACGCUCACCCACCACCCGGGGUGUUCCUCUGCGACGGCCUUCGUACAAGCUGGGAGUCAAACUGCACGGUGAGUGGGAGGCUGAAAAUUGGAGGUGUUUGAAGUACAGAUGUCAUGCAUGCAUAUUCAGAUAUGUUAUUAGGAGCACCUCUCAGUUGGUGGAAUACUUUCUGAAGGUAGCUUUUUUAGAAUCAUUCAAAAAAGGUUUACACAGCCACACUGUGACAUGUUUGUUUCUCUCUCUGGUCAUGUGAUUAAUCAGACGUAGAUGAAGCUCUAGAGAUGAAGAUCUACUGCCCCCUUCUGACUGAAAAUAUGCACAGGAUUGGUCACAGAUUGAAUAUAACUUUGGUUUGCAGGUGACCUUUCUGCCUCUGACACCUCAUUGGUGGACCUGGUGGAGCGUCAUCGCGGGCCCCUCCCUCAGGAGCUGAUGCCCCUCCCGUCCUCAGGCAGGGACAGCCCUCUGGAGUGGACACACCUGGUGGAUGUGGCCAAUACCUUUGAGACUGAAAGAAGCACACACUACGGUAUCACUAAGAACUUCUAAUGUGAUUAUUGUCUCUGGAAGUGGAAGUGGAAAUUUACUGACAAACUUGAAUUGACCCUCCAACUAAGCUAAAAAGCUGCCUCAGCACCCCUCACCCUACCUGGGUAUUAUAACAUUAAUUUACAUGUUCCAAAGUUAAAGGAUGUUUUGCAUUUCUCUGGUGUUUGCCAGGGCACUGCUUUCAUAUUUUAUUCUGCAUCUACCUGCUGAUUCAGCUUUGUUUAUAUCUGUGUCCGUUUCCCUCCUCUAGUCCAGAGAAGCUACGUGUUUGGAGAUGCAAACCACAGAAGCAGUGGCGCCUCCAGCCCCCAGCAGCCCCACAUAGAGCUGCAGCCUGCUCCUCUGUCACGGCCUUCAUCCAGGUAACAUCUCACACACACACACACACACACACACAAACACAAACACAAAGAGAAGAGUUGAAGAAAGUCCACAACCACCACAGCUGAAAGAUCAAUCCUUUCCACUGUGGCUCUCCUGCUUUUCUCUGUGUUUUAUUUAUACUCUUUAUUCAUGUCCUUGGGUUCAUGUUUGAUUGGUUGCGGAUUAUUACAAGUGAAUAUUAUUUUCACCCUCUUUGUAGUGUGUUUACAAAGCCUAACAAUGCUGUGUGCUUCGCUCUUGUCCGCAGUGAGGGUCACAUAGGGCUGGAGAGGAAGGUGACAAAGCUGGAGGCCAUGGUGAAGAUGCUCCAGGAGGACCUGAAGAAGGUACUUCCCUCUGGAGUGGAACGACUCCAUCUCUGCACAGUGAUAGACUUUUCCUGCUGUAUAAGGAGAACCUUCACUUAGUGUUAUACUCACCGAUAAAUCUCAAGCCUCUUUCCUGUAUUCAAAUUUUAGAAAGGAUGGAAAAUGAUUUACAUACAGCGUCUGUGAAAUGAAUAUACAUCUGUCUUGAAAUGAAAGCACACAGUCAGCAGUUAUGUGCUGCCAUUGCUGUUGUUUUGGUUCCACUCUGUAGCUUAUAUCAUUGUUACCUGUAGACUCAGAUCUCACUGUAAUCACUCAGACCAGUUUUCUGUGGAGUCACUUUGAAGGAGUGGAGCUUUUUAAAGGAACUCUGAGGGUUUCCCUUGUACCUCCACACACCAUGCCUAUUUUUCUCUGCCUGACUCUUAUAGCCUCUCUCCUAGACAGCAAAAGAAUAUUAGUAUCUGUCUUUCUCCAUAUUUACUCUGAAGCAUUGAGAAAUACUUGCAGAUUAAAAAUGCAGAAGUGGAAAAGCUUCUAGGGCUCUGAAUGUGUUUGCUUGAGAGAGGAAUAAGUUUAGACUUGAAAAUAAAUUGUAAGGAAUUUAGAGGGACGUUAUUUCACUCCUUGAAGUCUCCCGAUGUAGGAUUUAAGCACAAGAUCAAACUGAGAAAAAACUGGUUUAGACAACUUUAGAGUGAAAAUGCCAAGUCACUGGAGGAUAUGAAGGACUGGACAGAAACCAGAGGAUGUAAAACAUCGGUGAGAAAGAUUGUCCAGGUUAUUCUUCACCAUAUCUUUCAAUAUUCAUCUCAUAUUGGAUGUUAUAUGUUUUAGUGAGGGUUUGCAGCAGCUUUGUCUCAUUAUUUAGCAGCAGAGACAGGAAAAAAAGCCCCUGUUAUGCUGUUUCCUCUGCCUCUUUGAGUAUUUUUAGAUUUGGUAGUUCAAGGUGAAGAUAUCUGAACAUUAGUGAGGCAGAGGAGAGAGAUUUUCCCCCAAAUAGCUGCUGUCCAGGUGCUAUUUAUUUCUUACGCAACUCUCCGUAAGUUCUCUGUGGUCUGUGAAAUACUGGAGAGUGUCUGAAUUUCUCAUUUCGAACACAGCGGUGCAUCAGCUUGACACCUGCAAAAAUAAUAUACCUCACUGUCACCUCCUUAUCCCAGCCUCGAGCCAGCAGCUUUCAGCUGAUUGACAGCAUGGGCCGAGACUCCCUGCUUUUUCAGUGUUUUCUUCAAGACUUGUCAGGCACACAAGUCGGGCUUUUGGCUGACUCAAAAUGCCACCAACUGAUAUUCUUCCUACAGGUUGAAUCUGGCUGUGAGUCACUGUCUGCAGGCCUGGGAGGUUUAUGUCAACACGAACAGAUACUGACUUAAUUAAAUGGUAAUGUGGUGGAUUUCUGACACUCAUUCCAUUACUUUUCGUCUAAUAACUUCUCUCUUUGUGCUCAACUUUGUUUCACAGGAGCGCGAGGAAAAAGUGAGGCUUCAGGCUCAGAUCAAGAGGCUCUGGGAGGACAACCAGAGACUGCAGGAGGAGUCUCAGACCUCCGCCGCCAAGCUCAAGAAGUUCACAGAGUGGGUCUUCAACACCAUUGACAUGAACUGAAUCUGACCCGCACAUAUAAACCCACUCACGCACAACCACAAUCGCAUUAAACUACACACACAGUCUGGAUGGGGGAAGCAGAGGGACGGCAACACUGAAGAGAGACAAGAAAGAUGGAGAGUAGCCUGAUGCUGAACCCUCUGGGCUUUAUUAUUAGCUCCUUACAUCAAGCAGGUAAUUCUGUCGACCCUCUGCGAAACUUCUCAGGAUGAGUCUCAAGAAGAACAAGCAUCAGAUUUGGACAAAUCCACUUGUACACUCCAAAGGGACCUGGGCAGCAUUGCUCAGUUUUUUUCCAACUUCUUGUACCAAAACUACAUUUUCAAGUUGCUGGAAAAGAGGAACCCCCUCAAGACGCCAGCUUUCCCUUUUCUCCUGAUUCGAUCACUUUAAUGCCCCCUACGGAAUGUUUUUCUCUUUUAAUCUUUUUUUGUGGAAAACCUACAGGAAAAUAUCCGGCCUUUUUUUUCCCUCCUUUUCCUUUUUGCCUGAUCUUUUUGUGAAGGAAUCUUUUGUGCCAAACUCGGCUGAGCAGAAGCCAGAAGAGGCGUCAUUUCUCCUUCAAAACACCACAAAGACAGACAAACAAUGACCCACCUCCGCCUGGAGUUUGCUCUAAUAAAAACAAACACAAAACAAAUCUGAAGCCACAUCUCUAAGAGAGAAUCCUCGGACACACCUGAAGGGUUGCAGCAGCUAAAAACCACUAACAUGAGAGCAGUUCAUCUGCCUCUGAACAGGAGGGGAACCUGGAUUUGUACAGUGAUUUUCUUUGUUUUGUCAUUUCUUUCUCCUCAGUGACACUCAGAUGUGGAUUACAGCACCCUGCCUAUCUCUACAACACAAACUUAUACCUGAAAAUAAAAAAAGGAGGAAUAAAUUUAUAAGCCAUCGGCAUGCGAUGCCAUAAAGGGAGAUCUCCAGAGUGCUUUGGUCCAUCUAGAUUGUACGUGUCUUACAAGCAAUAGGGAGCAGUUUCAGCUCUCUCGAGAGAGAGAGAAGAGGGGAAGCUCGAUGCGGGAAAAAGAAGUUUGAGAGAGCGCACACUGAAGCAGGGAACAACAUGUGGAUCAAGGAAGAAGAGCACUGAUUGGAUAAUACAGAGAGCCAAUGACAGAGACAUUUCCAGGACGGACAGUAGAGAAGGGACGUUUUUUUCCAGGUUAAUUUAUUUCCUUGUAUUAUAAUUCCAAUAAAUAAGUUGUUCUCUUCGUACAGUACAACUGACAUCAGUGUUUAGUUCCUCAAGAAAAAGCUCACUAGCUAUAUUAUUUAAAUGGCUUUCUUUCUUCAUUCUGGCUAAAGACUGACUAUAUUGCUUUUUUCUUCUGUAUUCUGUUGUACUUUGUGGUGCCCGAGCCUGCUGUCGUAUUGCUUACAGUGCCCUCUAGUGAUGACCAGUGGAAAUGUCAUGAUUAUUAAAUGUGCUGCCAGUCACUCUGUAUUUUUUCCAACGCCUCCAUCUGACGUCGACUCAGGAGGCCAAACAAAACUCAGAAAAAGAAAGGAACAAACAAAAUGCCAGCUUUGAGAGACAAUCAGAGGUUGGAUUUUGAUAAAGGGAGCAGACCUUAGGUGUACUCAUACGUGUGUAUGUGUGUGUGUGUGCUUACAUUUCAACUUCUAUCGUUUCCUCAGGUUCAGUAUUAUUAGUAAAAACAGGAUAUUUAGAGGAAGUAACUCAACAGAAAAUGACUAUUUAUGGAUGAUAUUGAAAUAGAAAUUAUAAAACCGAAGCUGCUGCUGCUCCAGUGGCGGUGUGUGUGCUGUCAUUGUGUGAAUGUACAUCAGUCUAUCCAGCUGUGCCUACAGUCACUUCUUUUGGUCAUUACUCCCAGGCAGAGCAGGGAUGUGCCUUUGAAACAGCACCUGGGGAGCAGAUGAAAGAGAAAGGCUCUUCAUCAGCAUCAUCAUCAUCCUGACAAAUAAACACACCUGGUAACACACUGUCACACACUCAUAUCACACUACUUCUCGUUCCAGCCCGACUUCACAUUUAAAGUUGUCGACUCAGCCUCAUGAAAGUUUGAACCUGCUGUGAGGUUUCAGCCUUUUUCUGCUCCGUAUGAAUAUUUUUACCGAACACAAUCACGGCUGCUCAGCCUCCAGACACAGGGACCAGAGUGUGUGUGUGUGUGAGUGUGUGCGUGAUGUGCAUGGAAAUGUGUCCAUAUGUGAGUGUGCCUUUGCAUUCAGUUACAUGCAGUAUAUCUCUCAGUGCAGCUUUCCCCUGAAAAAGAGCGUAGAAGAAGAGUAUCACAAAGUUGUUGGUGUUUAAAGCUCCUGUGAGGAGUUUGACAGACUGAUAUGAAUAUUUUCUAUUGAAAUCCUGAUACUGGUGCCUCUUUUUGACCUGCAAAAGCAAACAAUACCAUCACAGAGAGGAUUUCUUAAUUAUUUCACUGCCUUGGAGUAGGUUAAAGAUGAAGAAUACAGUGGGACGACUUAGGGACUAAACAGGAGCUAAAAAGUUCCUCACAGGAGCUUUAACAAGACAAAAGUGCUGGGCUUAAGUCAGGUCGCAAACAUGAGCGUGCAUGACAAUAAUGUUUUUCAUUAAUGUGGUGAAAGCCUUAAAUCCCCUCUGAUGGAAGAAAUACAACUUUCAUGUUGAAACUGAUCCAGCUACGACUCUACAGCGUGUGACACAAAACAGCGCCCGGUCUGAAUGUAAAGAGAAUAAACAAAAGGCUAAAAAUUCUAUUAUGUUAACUUAAAGGUGACAUUCAUCCCUUAAGUCCUGCAGGGAGAUGAGUGAACGUGUAUUAAUAAUGUUAAGUGGUGGUUCUGUUUUAAGAAUCUCUGAUAAAUCGGGCGGUAACCACUCUCAGUGCAUCGUGAAAAAGCUUGGGUUUGUUGCUUUGUGACAUGAUUUCAUUGUUUGAACAGUUUAUGAAGUUGGCCAGUAGUGAAAUGCACUCAAGUAGUCAUCCAAUAAUGUGAAAACCUCCAAAAUAAACACAAAAUAAGAGUCCAAAUCUGUGUACAUGUUAGCCACUAACAUGGAGUUUGUAGAUCCACAGAAAUAACCAAGAGGAAAUGUUUCAUAUUUUAUUGUAUAUUGAAAGUGCUCUAGAUUUUUGUAUCUUAAAUGAAGUAUGGCCAAAUGACAAACUGUGCAGUGCAGAUGUUUUGCUCGCAUCUUUAAAAGUGUGCAUCAAGUUGGAUGUUAGAUGAACACGAAGACAUAAAGUCACACGUGAGUCCAGUUAUUUUCAGUGUGAAUGUCAACUCCUUGUACAGAUACGCAGAUAGUUUCAUUUUUCUUCUCCAGCUUUUGUUUUUUUUGGUGUUCUGUGGAAGGGAAACAUGAUUGCUCCGACGUUUAAACGUCCCAUUUUGUAAAGAUCUUUUAUUUUGAGGAAACUUUGCACAGUGUUUUAUAAAAAGGAUUGUGUCAACAGGUUUUGGAUAAGAAGGGUGGCCUGAUCCAUUCCUGUGCAACUGUGUCUUGGUGUUGCUCCAUAGUUUUGCUGCCGGUUUAGUUGCUGAAAAAAACAAGAGGAAGGUGCUUGACUUAAUUCAAAUAAUCCGAACCCUUCAUCUUCUCGAGAAUCAGGUGAAAGCUGGAUUUAGUUCAUGUGCUGGUUUUUCAGUCAAGCACAGCUCAUGGUGUUAGUGAUUGGAGCAGGGGAUGAGGGUUUCACACAGCUCUGUGUCACAGCUUCAGCUGCUGCUGUGGACUGAUCAGUCCAGUUUCCUUCUGUCUGAGGUGCAAACUGAACAUAGAAGUGAUCCGCAGAUCUGACUGCAGAUAAAGCACACUAUUUCAACCACAGAACUACAAGUACUGUUUACAUUCCAGAUCCAUUGUCUUUGUAAAUGUAAAGGUAUGAAAAGACAUUUGCAGUGAUCACAGUAUUAAAGUUUCUGAAAUAAAUAAAUGCUGUAUUGAUUUGUGAU